CCUUCCUUCCCUUUCCCUUUCCCAGGCUCCGCAGCCCCGGAGCGGAGCGUGGGAGAGGCCAAGCCGGGCCGCCCGGAGCGCAGCCAGAGCCACGAAAGCGGCUCCUCCUGUUGCAGCGGGUCUUCCUCGGCCAGAGCCCGGGCGAGGGCCACCCCGGAGGCGGCGCGGGCCGGCGAAGCCCGGCGGCUCAGCCUCCUCCGACGGAGCCCCGAGGCCGUUGCAGCUGCGGCAGAGGCGCCUUCCCAAACAGCGCGCGUUGGCUGGGUAGCCAAGGGGACCUCCUCUCUCCCCCUCUCCCUUCCUGGCCUGGAGAGUCUUAGUUCGGCAUCGUCUGGCCUGGGUUCCUUGGGAAACCCAACCUCUCCCUCCCUCCGUCGCCGCUAACCACUAGGCGCUGCUGCCUCUACCUUUUUCUGCUGGAGAAAUCGCCCUCCAUCAGUUGCAGCUGCGCCCGGGCGCACGCACCCACACGUGCGCCUCCGGCUUUCCCCUUGCACUUGUUUGAGUUCGUUUCUCCUUCUCUCCACCCUCUGCCGUCUCCCGCACGGAGGCCUCGCUUUGCUCCUCCUUCUCCCUCCUCUUUAUUAUUUUUUUUGCCUCGCGCACACAGACUUUUGGCGUUGCGCUGGGGAGGAGAUUUCUGCCUCGCUCCCUCCUUCCCUUUCCAUCCAUCCGCGCAUUUCUCCUCCGCCUGCGACGCGCGCCAGGCGCAGCCGCCCGACCUAGGCGCUCCGCGGGUCUUCCAGGCGACGGGAAGAAACCCCCCCAGGCCCGGAAGAGAGGCAGGGGAGCCGGCAGAGCCAACCCGUCGAGGCUGGGGUCCGAGACGCCAGCGAGGCACAACCGGGCGGAGAGGGAUGCGAUGAGCAAGGGAGCCUGAAGGAGCCGGGCCGUUCUGCUGGCAAAGGAAACGUGGCUCUUUGGGAAAGAUGCUCCUUUAGUUUGGGAGUCCGGAUAGAGGUGGCGGCGUCGGUUUCCCUUCUGCUGGAUGCCAGCUCCGUCGCUGGCGCCCCAUUUCUUCCAGCUGGCAGACGGGGAAGAGAUGCCGGAGGAAGCUUGAAUGGAGCCUGCGCGCAUCCCCGCCGCUCCCUCUCUCCGUGGGAAAGAGCUGGCCGGCUGUGCCAGCCCUCCGGGUCAUUUUGACGGGGCCUGAGCCCAAGACUUGACCCACACCGGCUUGGAGACACGCCCUUGGGGAAGAUGGUAAGGAGGGAGAAGGGGCUUUUGGGGGCGAGGGACGCUGGGGGUCGGUCGGUGGGGAAACCGAGGGAGACAGCAGGGUGGCGAAGGGUGCAGGGGUGCCAACUUGAAUCAAAUAUUGGGAGCCCCAAGUAGGCCCCACCCUGCUUAAUCGAUCACACACACCAUUUGAAUGGCAAUGUCCAUCAUCUUUGGGGAGGCCAGGCCCCCUCAAGUAUUUUAUUGGGGGGGUCCGAAGACCCCUUGGCUCUUACGGAAGGGAGCGUGCUCCCUCUGGGGACCAACUUGUUGACCACUAGUCCUGCUUGCCUUUUCUAACCACAUCUGGAUGCUGAAACCUUCACGGCCUGAAGGGGCAGUGGAAGGGCGGGAGAUGUUCAACAUCUGCCCAAGAAUUUUGCUAAAGCCGAGCUGAUAGGGAUCGAUUUGCCACUGGAAUGAUUUGCCAGCACCUUUCCCGUCUCCCUUCUGUGUUUGAGGGGGUGGUCUGCAGUUCCAUUUCUUCAGACUUUGCAGGAACAGCCCCUCGACUCAUCGGCUUCUUGAACCGUUUUCCGAUGAAAGUUCCUCUGGCGCUUGGCCAGCUAUUUCUCCACCUUCCCGCAUGUGAAUUCUCUCAGCACAAAAACAUUCAUUUGGGUGGGGUUCGGAUGAAAGCAGAGAGAAGCGUGCUUUUGGGUGCAGCCGGUUUGUGGCGAUCUUCUGCUUGCUUUGGGGGGGGGGGUUUGCUGCACUAGGCCGGAGGUUGGCAUUAAAAUGGAGGCCAUGUGCGUUUUGGGUGACCAACACAUUUCCCCCUCCCUCUCUCUUUCUGCCAGGGGUCUGCGCACGCUGGACUGUGAGAGACAUCGCUUCACACUGGCCUUGGAAGGAGGUGCUGAAUAAUUGCUCCGGAAGCUUCCGCGCCUGUGUCCCGCUUUUAAUGGGAGCUGGACCACUGCUGAGGUAACUUUGUCAGCAGAUCCUCUUCGCAGAUUGACGGUCGGCCACAGCGAGCGAGAUGCCUCGGAACAGGGCCUUUUCCGAGCCUGAGUACUCGGCCGAGUACUCGGCCGAUUACUCGGUCAGCUUGCCGUCCGACCCUGAGCAUGGGGUCGGCCGCACCCACGAGGUGACGGUGAGGAACUCUGGCUCCUGCCUCUGCCUGCCGCGAUUCAUGCGCCUGACGUUCGCCCCGGAAUCCCUGGAGAACCUCUACCAGACUUACUUCCGCAGGCAGCGCCACGAGACCCUGCUGGUCUUGGUGGUCUUUGCUGCCCUCUUCGACUGCUACGUCGUCGUCAUGUGCACGGUGGUCUACACCGCCGAGAAGCUGCCCACCACCCUGGCGGCCUCGGUGGGCCUGGCUGCCCAGAUCCUCCUCUUCGUCCUAUGCAAGUACCAGCUCCUCCCGGACCGCGUCACCCGCAAAUUCAUGCCCUACAUCCUGUGGAUCCUCAUAGCCGCCCAGAUCUUCUGCUACCUGGGCCUGAACUACGCCCGCUACCACGAGGCCAGCGACACGGUGGGCUGGCAGGCCUUCUUCGUCUUCUCCUUCUUCCUCACCCUCCCUCUGCGCCUCACGCCCAUCGUCCUCAUCUCGGCCGUCUCCUGCGCCAUCCACACCCUGGUGCUGGGGGUCACCAUAGCGCAGCAGCAGCAGCUGCAGCUGAGUCAAGAAUCCAUCCUGGGAGGGUAUUUGCUGUGGCAGGUAAGGAGCCAGCAUUUGCGGGGGAGGCAACCCAGAGGCCAUCCAAUCAACCCCCAUGCCCGAUAAUAAUAAUAAUUAAUAAUAAUUUUAUUAUUUGUACCCCGCCCAUCUGGCUGUGUUUCCCCAGCCGCUCUGGGCGGCUUCCAACAAAGAUUAAAAAUACAUUAAAAUGUCACACAUUAAAAACUUCCCUGAACAGGGCUGCCUUCAGAUGUUUUCUGAAUGUCAGGUAGUUGUUUAUUCCUUAACAUCUGAUGGGAGGGCGGGCGCCACCACCGAGAAGGCCCUCUGCCUGGUUCCCUGUAACUUGGCUUCUCGCAGUGAGGGAACCGCCAGAAGGCCCUCAGCAUUGGACCUCAGUGUCCAGGCUGGACGAUGGGGGGUGGAGACGCUCCUUCAGGUCUACUGGACCGAGGCCGUUUAGGGCUUUAAAGGUCAGCACCAACACUUUGAAUUGUGCUCGGAAACGUACUGGGAGCCAAUGUAGGUUUUUCAAGACCGGUGUUAUGUGGUCUCGGCAGCCGCUCCCAGUCACCAGUCUAGCUGCCGCAUUCUGGAUUAGUUGUAGUUUUAUAAAGAUUACUUUAUUGGUGGCCAGUCGGCCUCUGCUUAAAGACCCUCUCUAACCGACACUGUAUGCCCACUCCUGUUUACUCUGCUUUGAGUGUGGUUCCUUUGCUGGCUUGGGUAAUGGUUGUGCGCAUGGCAUUCUCCAAAGCCCAUCGUUCUCUUUCCUGUUGUUUCUAAUGAAAUACUGAAUUGCGAUGGAUUGCACACACACACACCGCCAUCAGCUUCGGUCCAAAUUGGGGGAAAUGAAUGACCUAGGUGUGUUCUGUAAUUGAGUACAUAACCUGAGAGCCCCCACCCCCCCGUCUUCCGAAGCAGUCUGCUCGGAUUCCUGCAUUGCGGCGGGGGGUUGGUCUAGAUGUCCUUUGGGGGUCCCUUUCAACUCUGUGAUUCUCUGAUUGUCGUGGAACGCUAAGCAAAAGGAAAAGGGUUUUUGGGGCGGUGCGUGAUUGAACUUGCGCAGGCAGGGAAGGGCUUUUGCAGGCGUGAGAGCUGUAUCCGUUUGGAGGCCAGUUGAAUUGAAUGGGCAUGACUAACUGAAGUCCCUCGAUUUGAGUGGAUUUGCUAUGAAUAUGACGUAGUUUGAUCCAACCGGCAUGUUUCAGCAGGGCGGUGGAAUACCCUCGCCCUUUGCUUCUGCUCAGGCACGUUAACGGAGGAGAUAGUGGGGUUUUUUUUUAUCAGCAAGGAUGGAUAUUACAGGAAUUUCUACCUAUAUCCGGCGUUUUUAAGACUUUUACUUCCUCGCCUGUGUGGCAUCCCUGGCUUAAUGUAGUCGGGAACUGUGCAGUUUUUGGAUUGCCAGGAAGCAGAGUUUUCCAUUCUUAAAAACCUCUCUGCUGCCACUUAAUAAACUAAACUUCGUGCUGGCUUCCUAGUCCUCAUGACUGUAUGGCGGUUCAGUAGUGUUGGAGGCACAGAGUUCUGUGUGUCCCUAAUUAUCUCCCCUUUUUCGUAAUGGUCCCUCUUGCACCUGCUCUAAUGACUUAAAGCGCCCCCCACCCUCAGACAUCCCCUGUGAUUUGGUUGCUGAGAAAUUGGCACUGUGUGCGUUUGCAUGCGGCAUCCAGUGCCGGAUUUAUGUAUAAGCUAAACGAGCUAUAGCUUAGGGCCCCACACUCUUGGGGCCCCACAAAAAAUUAAAUAAAAAAACCUGGAUGUACAUUUCCAAAAUAUAAGAUAAAAAACAAAUAAAAUAAAACCUACAUACAGCAACAGUGUUUUGUGUUGUGUAGGCUCCUAUGAUGUAAAUAUCACUGGUUUGCUCCUUUCUAUAUAUAGGGUGCCUACAUUCUGCAUGGACCUUGCAUUCUGCAUGCACUUUUCAACAAUUACUUUGAUAUAAUGCAUAUUUUGUUAUGUGCAAAUGGCUUGAGAUACCUAUUAGGUCCAUAAAUGACCGUAUAGCAUAUAUUCAACACAAAAAACAGCGACAAUUUGUUGUUGACAAAGGAGAGCUGGACAUAUAAAGGGCCCCAUUGCCUUCAGGAGCUUAGGGAUUCAUCAAACCUAAAUCCGGCCCUCAUGGCAUCCCAGCAAAUAUUAGGUCCAUAGGGAAGCAGGCAGUUUCUACAGGUCCGCCUUGAACUUUUUAAGAAAGGUGAGAUCUAAAUGUUUGAAACAAAUAAAUAAAUAUUGGUGGGCAUAAUUUAUGUGAACUCCACGAUUCAAUUGGUGAAAGAUGAAGGGCCUUUGCGAAACCCCUGGGUGUAAUAAUAAUAAUAAUAAUAAUAAUAAUAAUAAUAAUUUAUUUCUACCCCACCCAUCUGGCUGUGUUUCCCCAGCCACUCUGGGCAGCAUCCAGAAAAGUAUUAAAAUACAAUAAUUCAUCAAAUACUAAAAGCUUCCCUAAACAGGGCUGCCUUCAGAUGUCUUCUAAAAGUCCACUGUUUCAGAUAUUUUGGGCACAGAAUGAUGCACUGGAGAGCAGCACAAGGUCUGUAAACAGUAUAAACAGUAUGCUCUGCUCUUUAUCCCAGGAGAUUGCAUAUAAUUCAGGGAUGGCUUCCUCCUUUAGGGGAGCAGCUGAGAUUUCCCCUUGAGUAAUAGCUCUUGCAAAGAGAGUCCACUAUGCUAGUCCAGUUGUCUGCGUUGGGAAGCGGGGGAAAGAUCCUUGGUUUAGACAACGCGGUGCCUUCUGGAUUUUUUAAAAAAUAUAUUUUUAUUGGGAUUUUUAUGAAAGUGAUAGAAAGCAGUUCCAAGAACAAGUCAAUGACCAAACAGUAAAGAACAGUCAAACCAGAUGGGAUCAGGGUGGAGGCAUAAAGUAAACAGUAGGAAAAAUUAUAUCAGGUAUAUACAAUAUGAAUCACAUUUUUUUUUGAAGUUGUAUUGAAAGGAAAAGAUGGUCAGAAGUUGAAAAGGCAUGCAACUCAAAGACUUUAUUUUCCAUAUGUCCAGUGAUGAAAAUGGAAGUGGUUGUUGCAGUUGGUCAUUAAAGGUAAAGGUAAAGGGACCCCUGACCAUUAGGUCCAGUCGUGACCGACUCUGGGGUUGCGGCGCUCAUCUCGCUUUAUUGGCCGAGGGAGCCGGCGUACAACUUCCGGGUCAUGUGGCCAGCAUGACUAAGCCACUUCUGGCGAACCAGAGCAGUGCACGGAAACGCCGUUUACCUUCCCGCUGGAGUGGUACCUAUUUAUCUCCUUGCACUUUGAUGUGCUUUUGAACUGCUAGGUUGGCAGGAGCAAGGGACUGAGCAACGGGAGCUCACCCUGUUGCAGGGAUUCGAACCGCCGACCUUCUGAUUGGCAAGCCCUAGGCUCUGUGGUUUAACCCACAGUGCCACCCGCGUCCCGUAGUUGGUCAUUACCAAUGUUUAAAAUGAAGCCUUACCAUCCAGCAAUGAAAGAGGCCAGUUUAGCUUUUCCCAUCCACUUGUUGUUGAACUACAACCCCCAUCAUCCUUGACCAGUAGCCUUGCUGGCUGGGGGCUUAUGGGAGUUGUAGUCCAAAAUAUUGACAAAAGCUGGUGUGGACACAGGUGUAGAUGGGCUAGUGAUCUGGCUCUUGAAGAGGGAGCUUCAUAUUUUUAAGUAAAAUAUAAGAUGAUAACAAGAUAAAAUCCGCUAACCUCCUCUCCACCCUCCUCAUCUGAGAUCAAACCACAUUUAGACCACACCUGGAGUUCUGGCUUGGGAAAAAGCUUGUCUUGUUCUUUGACUAGCCAGGAUGAAUUUCCAUGCUUUUCCUAAACCUGCAUUUUUUGGCUAAUGAAAUCAAAUAAAGCAGAAGAAACGAAAGGGCUGUUCCAUGGAUGAGGCUUAGACUUCCUAUGUUAAAGCUAAAUUUGCUCGUAGCAAAUAGAAAGAAGAAAGGAAGAAGUCGACUCUUGAGGACUGUUGGAUAUAUCCAACUUGGGGCAUUUGGGGAAGAGCUUAUAGCUGAAAUAUAAAAGAACGUUUUAAUACCAGCCCCAAAUGAAAGAGAUCCUUUAUGCACAGAGAAAGCUGACGAGGUAAGAAUCGGAAGGGCCACCUGCAUGUUGUACUCGCACAAUCCUUGGGAAAUAAAUAUUUUCACUGGGCUUUCCUUCAGAGUAGAGUCAAAAGGUGAGGCAGGGUGACUGGGCCUGCAAAUUCUCAGCUAUGGGUAGUAAGGCUGCAAGCCUCUUCACUUACCUGAGAGUAGGGGCGUGAGGCAAAUUAAUCUGCAUUUAAAGCAUGGGUAGGCAAACUAAGGCCCGGGGGCCGGAUCCGGCCCAAUCGCCUUCUAAAUCCAGCCUAUGGACAGUCUGGGAACCAGCGUGUUUCUACAUGAGUAGAAUCCGUCCUUUUAUUUAAAAUGCAUCUCUGGGUUAUUUGUGGGGCCUGCCUGGUGUUUUUACAUGAGUAGAAUGUGUGCUUUUAUUUAAAGUGCAUCUCUGGGUUAUUUGUGGGGCAUAGGAAUUUGUUCAUUCCCCCCCCCCCAAAAAAAAUAUAGUCCGGCCCCCCACAAGGUCUGAGGGACAGUGGACCGGCCCCCUGCUGAAAAAGUUUGCUGACCCCUGAUUUAAAGGCAACACUACUCGAUUCACACUUUCCAAAAUAAUGCAAUAACCGAGACAGGCAUAAAUAUGUAUCUUUACGUGAAAGCAACCUACAAGUGCGUUAUGUUCGUGAAGAUUGCUUUGCAAGAAUGUGCAUGUAAGGCAAAACGGUAUACAAAUGUGUAUAUAUUCGGAGAGGUUUGUGCGAUGAUGCAGAUGAAUUUUCACGAGGACCUUUCAGAAAACAGUUUUCAGGCCGAUGUGCAAAUGCGGAGAACUUAAGAUGGGGAAAAUAAGAAACUGAGUGAAGCAAAGAUGGGCAGGUUUUUCUCAUCCCUACCGGAGAGUAACCUCCGUCGAACAUAAAGGAGGCUUGUAUUCAAGUCAACGGACGUAGGGCUAUGCUGCAAGAGACCUACAACCUUUUCUAUCUUCCCAUCCACAGAAUUAGCUCAUUUAUCCUUACCCUUGCUAAGAAGCUAUGCUGAUUGUCAGGAGGCUGGCUUGUGGGUACAUUAGGAAACCGAGCGGUUUGCAAGGAAGUUGUGCCACUUCAGGCUGUAAUUGGAGAAUCUAAUUUUUCUUUUUUUCAAACACUUCCUUACACUGAAACUCCCAGCAAAUAGAAAACCAACAGAGUAGUGUGUGUGUGUGUGUGUGUGUGUGUGUGUGUGUGUAUAGAGCCUUUCUCCCUGAUGUGCUCAUUCUCUAUCAGCAGAGAUAUUGUCUUAGGCAGCAGGGCAUUCAAAACGUUGUGUUCUCACCAUCGUGCCUGUAUGAUGAGCCACUGCUUCAGCUGCCUGCCUGUAUAGCCAAGGCCAACAGGUCUUGGAAUUACUGAAACCUUGUAAACUGGGAAGGAGCAGGUGCCUAAAAUGUAUAGAAAGCAAGUACAGGUAGCCAGUGGCUUCAAGUCAGCAGUUCUUUACCUGGACUUAAGCGGCCUUAGAGCAUGCAUGGUGUUCACAGGAACCGGAUUUGCUCAGGAAUGUUUCUCCCGACUGCAUUUCUGAAUUUCUUGUUAUUCACGUUUUAUACUGUAUUUUAUGCUUCUUUUUUGUUGCAUCAAUUAAGUGUUUUAAAUUUGUUGUUAGCAACCUUAAGCCUGGUUUUCUGAACUGGGAAGGGCGGGGUAUAAAUAAAAAAUUAUUACUAUUCUUAUUAUGUAAAAGCACGCUGAUUCCCGGGCCAUCCGCAGGCUGGAUUUAGAAGGCGAUUGGACCAGAUCUGGCCCCCGGGCCUUAGUUUGCCUACCCAUGGCUUAGUGCAUCAUCUGAACGCAAGCUCACAGUUUAGCUCUUGCCAGACAAAAUAUGAGCUGCAACCCAAGUUUCUCCAGUGGUUUGUGGCUUCAGCCUAGAUUGGGAUGCUAAGCUAAACCGUGGCUUGACUCAGGGUAGCAGUAAGAAAACCAAAGAGGAAGAAGGGGAGUGCUAGCUCCUCUGGCAGAACUCGCAUGCGUGGUUUUGACUUAGCAUGAUGUGCAAACCAUGCCACUGUUGGCAUGAAAUAAAGAUUAGCUCGCAAUCCCCGCAGACUUGCUUGCUCACCACGCAGUUAAAUGCCAUUGUGAACAUUUGCUUUCAAGACGUAAAGCAAGGGCAAAGUUCACGUGUUAACACUUCCGUGUGUUUAUCUUGUGUUGAUUUGAAGCUUCUUUCCAAUGGAUGGGAAUAAAGGAUUUGGACACACUGAAGCAAGCAAAUAAAUACUUUUUUUUUUUUUUUUUAAAGAGAGUGCUUUCCAGAGUAACUAAUUGCAGUCACAAACAAAUGAGGCCAUUAAGAGCUCUAUGGAUUUCACCACAAGCCACUGGGAAAGUGAACUCGAGGUGUCUGUCAGACAAGCCUCUUCAGAGGUCAGGAUGACAUCUCUCAUAAAUAUAGCUCUCCCCCCCCCCCGUAGUGGGGGAUUUCUCCCGCCAGAUCUGCGUAGAGAGCCCUGCUGCAUCAUAGCAAAGUCUCACCCUGUUUUCCCACAGUGACCAGCCAGUGACCUGACUUACAAAGCCUAGGCUGUGUGGCUCAGGGACCAGAGUGCCAAAGGCCUGGUAGGCAAGAUACGCAGGUCCCCUGAACACCUUAAAUAAUAAUAAUAAUAAUAAUAAUAAUAAUAAUAAUAAUAAUAAUACAGUGGUGCCUCGCAAGACGAAAUUAAUCCGUUCUGCGAGUCUCUUCGUCUUGCGGUUUUUUCGUCUUGCGAAGCACGGCUAUUAGCGGCUUAGCGGCUAUUAACGGCUUAGCGGCUUUAAGAAAAAGGAAACAAACUCGCAAGACGUUUCGUCUUGCGAAGCAAGCCCAUAGGGAAAUUCGUCUUGCGGAACGACUCAAAAAACGGAAAACUCUUUCGUCUUGCGCGUUUUUCGUCUUGCGAGGCAUUCGUCUUGCGAGGUACCACUGUAUAUUAUUUGUACCCCGCCCAUCUGGCUGGCCGCUUCCAACAAAGAUUAAAAAUACAUUAAAAUGUCACACAUUAAAAACUUCCCUGAACAGGGCUGCCUUCAGAUGUCUUCUAAACAUCAGAUAGUUGUUUAUUUCCUUGACAUCUGCUGGGAGGGCGUUCCACAGGGCGGGCGCCACCACCAAGAAGGCCCUAUGCCUGGUUCCCUGUAGCUUCCCUUCACGCAGUGAGGGAACCACCAGAAGGCCCUUGGCGCUGGACCUCAGCGUCCGGGCAGAACAAUGGGGGUGGAGACACUCCUUCAGGUAAACAACCUUACACCAGGGUUAGCCAAUACAGUGUGCUCCAGAUGUUGUUGUACUACAUCUCCCAUCAUCCCCAGUUGGUAUGGCCAAUGGAGUUGUCAUCUGCAACGCCUGGAUAGCGUCACGUUGGCUACAGAUGCCUUAACGCCAAACCAUGGUUUCCAGAAUCUUGCUUGCUGGGUGGUCACAAACUGUGACUUGCCGAUUCAGAAGCUUCUGGCAAGCCAUGGCUAAAAUGCUUGCACUGUGGCUUGGCGUCAUGUCCUCUCUGCAACCAAGGCAGGGGUGGUUUGUAGCAUAGCUGUGAAUGGUAGCUUUGGAGGUCUGAGCAGCAGCAGAGGAAGCCGCCCGGGCUCCUGGGGUGGCAUGCCCAGGGGCGGAGCAAGCAGCCCAUAGGAGCAGGGCAAGGCGAGGGCGGAGCAAGCGAGGGCGGAGCAAGCUGCCCAUAGGGGCGGGGCAAGGUGAGGGUGGGGCUAACCACCCAUAGGGGCGGGGCAAGGUGAGGGUGGAGGAAGCCGCCCAUAGGGGUGGGGCAAGGUGGGAUGAGGGUGGGGCGAGCCAGCCAUAGGGGCGGGGCAAGGCGAGGGCGGGACGAGUCACCCAAAGGGGCAGGGCAAGGUGAGGGCGGGGCGAGCUACCCAUAGGGGUGGGGCACACCGUGGGGCUUCUGGAGUCUGCCUGCCUCCUCCCAUUCAGUCGCCCCACUGCUGGGGAGGGAGGCAAUGGAUGGACCAUUUGGGCACCGUGCAGCCUGCGCAUGCCCGAGCCGCGUGUCUCUCCCAGGAGAGACGUGUGGCUCGGGCACGCUGCAGGCCUCGCGGUGAGUGCCGCCCAGCAUUUUGUCACCCCCUCAGUGGUGCCACCCAGGGCGGCCCACACCCCCCUUCCUCUGCCCCCCCGGGGUCUGAGUGUGUCAUUCAGAAAGGAUGGAGUGUGUGUUUAUCAUGUCGCUAUUUCUGGGCCUUUGGCGAAGGAGGAAGCACAUGCGCCUGUUCUCCCUCCAGAGCUUCAUAUACAGUGGUGCCCCGCAAGACGAAUGCCUCGCAAGACGGAAAACCCGCUAGACGAAAGGGUUUUCCGUUUUGGAGGUGCUUCGCAAAACGAAUUUCCUAUGGGCUUGCUUCGCAAGACGAAAAUGUCUUGCGAGUUCCUGCCGGUUUUUUUCCCCUCCCCCCCCUUUUCCCCAAGCCGCUAAGCCGCUUAUCAGCUGAUCCACUAAGCCGCUAAGCCGCUAAUCAGCUUGCUUCGCAAGACGAAAAAACCGCAAGACGAAGAGACUUGUGGAACGGAUUCUUUUCGUCUUGCGAGGCACCACUGUAUGUGUUUUUCUGUAUGUGUGCUUAGUAUUCAGAAAAGCCAGCCUUUUGAAACGGUGUAGCCUGGCUGCAGAACACGGCUGGCAGGCCACAUCCUGAAGGGUCUCAUGAAUCUGGAAACAGCCAACAUCUGUUUCAGAGAUGCUGUCUCUGGAGGAAAGGCAGGGUGGUGUAGCGGUUAGAGUGUUUGACUAGGACCUGGGUUCGAAUCCCCACUUGACAUAACGGUCACUGGGGGACCUUGGGGGCCAGUGGCUGCCUCUCAGCCGAACCAACCUCACAGGGUUGUUUGGGGGGGGGGAUUAAAUGAGGGAGGGGGGAGAAUCUCGUAAGCAACCUUGAAAAAAGUACAGUGGUACCUCGGGUUAAGUACUUAAUUCUUUCCGGAGCUCCGUACUUAACCUGAAACUGUUCUUAACCUGAAGCACCACUUUAGCUAAUGGGGCCUCCCGCUGCCGCCACGCGAUUUCUGUUCUCAUCCUGAAGCAAAGUUCUUAACCCGAGGUACUAUUUCUGGGUUAGUGGAGUCUGUAACCUGAAGCGUAUGUAACCUGAGGUACCACUGUAGUGGGAUAGAAAUGCAAUAGGUUAAUAAGAAGGGAAUAGAGACAAUUGUUUGUGCUUUGUAGUAGUAGUAGUAGUAAUGAUGAUGAUGAUGAUGAUGAAGAAGGCACCAGCUGAACCUCCUUGGGGAGAGCAUUUAGCAAAUGGGGAGCCACUGCAGAAAGAGCUUACUCUUGUGUUUUAUCCACCCUGAACCUUUCAACUUUCAGCUUCAUUGGCAAUCAAAAGAAAACCCGAUUCUCAUUUGUUCCAGUUCAGUGCCAAACUGCGAGUUUCCCCGGUGAAAGCAGUAGGGCAAAUGGAGGGUGUGUGUGUGUGGAUGAGCCCUAAGUCUUUGAAAAGUCCUUUGAAAAGGCCCCUCUUCGGUCUUCUAAUCUCCUGGCGAAACAGAGUCCACUUCCUUUAACUGAUUGUGGAUGGAGCGCAUAGAGAAAAGGUUUUUCCCCCUCUCUCACAGCACCAGGAUUCAUCCAACGAAGCUGAACCUUGGGAGAUUCGGGGCAGGUAAAAGAAAGGACAGAGUUGAACUGUGGAACUCCCUGCCGCAGUUUCCCUGCCACCUACUUGGAUGGCUUUAGAAGAGGGCGAGACAAAUUCACGGAGGCGGAGAGGGCUUUUGAUGUUGACUAGUCAGGAUGCAAAGCUCAGCAUCCGCAAAAUGGAGGCAGCAAUGCGGAAUAUCUAUUGCUGGGAAGGUCAUUUACCCUCGCUAGAUUCAACGUGCUGCCAUCUGCCUUACUGCAGGGCUGAUUCGAGGGUAAACCGUACGUGGAACAAGUCUGCCCCUGUGGCUUGAUGGAGGUGGAAACUGUCUCUCAUGUCUUGUUACGCUGCCGUUUCUACGGGGAUAUACGCUCGGUAUUUACAACUCCUGUUAUACAAAAAUCUCCAAUUGUGUCCGAACUUCAAUGUCUAAAACUCCUGGUAGAGGACAAGGAUCUAGAGAUCACGCUCAGGGUGGCCAAAUUCUGUGCGACUGCCGUAAAACUUAGGGAAACAAGCUGUACUACCAAAAUGAUCAAGGUUUUAAAUGAUAAUUUUAGGUUAUAUUUUAGUGAUCAAGAUUUAAUAUUUUUUUUAACUACCUCUAUAUUUGAAUUGGUUCUGUUAUACCCAGUUGCAAUUCAAUGUAUUCCUUUUGUGUUUUAUGGUUUUCCUGAUAUUGUAAGUGAGCCGGAACAGGUCUGUGACCGUAAUAAUAAAAUUCUAUUCUAUUCUAUUCGUAUUGCUGGAAACUGCAGGAGGGGGAAGCACUCUGGCACUCUGGUCCGGCCUUCGCAGUUUCCCACAGGCAUCCAGUAGGAUGCUGCAGUACACUGGUACCUCAGGUUAAGUACUUAAUUCGUUCCAGAGGUCUACCUUAACCUGAAACUGUUCUUAACCUGAAGCACCACUUUAGCUAAUGGGGCCUCCUGCUGCUGCUGUGCCGCCGGAGCACAGUUUCUGUUCUCAUCCUGAAGCAAAGUUCUUAACCCGAGGUACUAUUCCUGGUUUAGCGGAGUCUGUAACCUGAAGUGUAUGUAACCCGAGGUACCACUGUAUGUUGGACUAGAGGGGCCAAUGGCCCGAUACGACGGGCGCCUCUUAAGUGUCUAAACAAACUGCUUUUUACGAAAAACCCCAGGGUGCAACUCAGCGUGGAACUGCUGCCGUUCCUGCUUUCAGACCCGGAGCUCCUCGGAGUCAGAGCUUGCCUCGCUAGGCUGGUCCUGUGCUAUUUAUAGGAGCGAGUUGUGUGUACACAAAUUUUCUGUCACAAUAACUGCACGCAAACACACACACACACUCGGAGGCCGGCCGCCCCAGUGGGGCGACGUUGGGAGUUUGUUUGCGUGUUUUCAGCCUCUCUGCCUCCCUUGCCCUCUUUAGAGCUAAUUGCUUGUGUUUAACGCAGGCAAGUAAAGCCCCGGGCGUCCGUCUCCGCGGGGAGCAGCCACCUCCUGAGCCACGAGCCUGCAGGAGAAUAACACACACUUGGCCCGGGCGAUGGCAGGCCUUGGACUUUCUGCCCCAGAACUUUUCCCGCUGCGGUUAAGCCCGUUUUUGGACAUGCACCUUGCUCAAAGGGGGGGUACAUCCGAAAAAUCAGCAGUGGGGGGGAGAAGGAGGUGGUUGGGGAGCGUGAUCCGCUGCUGUUGAACCCGAGGGCUUUGGGCUUGCAGAUCGCAAGGACAAUCCACAGCUUUUUCUGAGUGGGGAAACACAGAAAGCACAAGCGGGGACCUGCAACAAAAUACUGUCGUGCGUGGAUCAUACAAUCCUAGAAUGGUGUUAAUGGAGAAAUCCGAGGGCUCCCUUGGACAAAAAAAACAAGGACACCAGCCAGGAAUACCAGAGCAAAACAGCAGCCAGUAGGCUUGGUCUUUAUUGAAGACGGUUGCGACAGGACUCCCACCUGCCACCAGGUGGAACAAGAUGGAAGCCCAGAACAAAAGAAGACCCCAACUUUUAUUAGUUACUAACCCCCCAAACUACACCCCUAGAACUACAUCACAACUACAUCAUGACUACAUCAUUGACACAUCACAAAAAGGAGGGGUUGAGGGAGGAGUUGUGGAGGUAACCUGAGUAUCUUGUCACCUGGCUUGUUCCUCCUUUCCCCCUCCCCAUGAGCCAUUUCCAGAGGACAAAGGGGAGCUGGCAGUUUCCUGCCCCCAGAGGGAAGAUCUGAUCCAUUUCCUUUGUUCCAGUCCAUGUUGAAUCCACUCCCAUAUGCAAGUCCUUUGUGACCUUGAUGGUCUUCUGUCUGGGGGGACCAUCAAGGUUGUCAUGCCAACUGGGUAGGGCUCCUGUGUAUGUGCUGGUACAGUUAAGGGAUUAUGGCCGUCCUGUAUCAAACCAUCCCUCUUUGAUAGUCCGUCCUUCAUGGAGUAAAAUAAAAGUGGACCAGUGUAAAUCCGAUGUAUGGUUGAUUUACUAUGAAUUUAUAACAGAAACGUCGUGUAUGUCAUGUGUGAGUGUGUGUCGUGUUUGUACAAACUGAAUGAUUGGGGGGGGGGGGAGUUUCCUGCAACAAUGGGAAGGGACCACGAGGGUCAUCUAGUCCAACCCCCUGCAAUGCAGGAAUCUUACGCCCAAUGUGGGGCUCAAACUCCUGACCCUGAUAUUAAAAGUCUGGUGCUCUACUAAUCGAGCUAUAUCUGCCGUCCAUUGCUAUUCUUUGUCCCAGCCAGCCAGCUGCUUUCUGUAUCCCAUACCUCCCAACUUCCGUUUUCUGGUCCUUGCCCCCCACAGACACUCAGUGUUCUGCUUAGUCCACACUGGGCUGUUUCGGCGUUUCUUCCCUUUAGAUUAAAAAAAAGGUAACGGACCCCUGACUGUUAAGUCCAGUCGCGAACAACUCUGGGGUUGCGGCGCUCAUCUCACUUUAUUGGCCAAGGGAGCCGGCGUUUGUCCGCAGACAAUUUUUCCGGGUCAUGUGGCCAGCAGGACUAAGCUGCUUCUGGAGAAACCAGAGCAGUGCACGGAAUAAUAAUAAUAAAUAAUAAUAAUAAUAAUAAUAAUAAUAAUAAUAAUAAUAACAACAAUAAUAAUUUAUUUAUACCCCGCCCAUCUGGCUGGGUUUCCCUAGCCACUCUGGGCGGCUUUCAACAGAAUAUUAAAAUACGAUAGUCUAUUAAACAUUAAAAGCUUCCCUAAACAGGGCUGCCUUCAGAUGUCUUCUAAAAGUCUGGUAACACUGUUUACCUUCCAGCCGGAGCGGUACCUAUUUAUCUACUUGCACUGGCGUGCUUUUGAACUGCUUGGUUGGCAGGAGCUGGGACUGAGCAACGGAAGCUCACCCCGUCACAGGGAUUCGAACCGCUGACCUUCUGAUCGGCAAGCCCUAGACUCAGUGGUUUAGACCACAGCGCCACCCGUGUCCCUUUACCUUUAGAUACCCCCUUUCAAAAUUACUUCUUCAAACCCAAAGCUCCUGCUAGUACUGGCCUCGUUUGCCUGGGUUGUUUUGGCUACAUAAGGAUAGGUACUGGGGAUUGGGUUUGGGUUUGCUGUCCCAGAUGUCUGUAGGAAGAUCACAAGCAAAACCCAAGCACCAGAUGACUGUCUCCUCUCCUGCGGUUUCCAGAAACUGCAAUUAGGAAGCAUUUAAUUUCAUUUUAAUUUUAAGUUGUAUACCGCCUUUCUAUAUUACUACGCCCAAGGCGGUUGACAGCAACAAAUUAUGCAACCAAGAGCACACACUUUAUAAUAAUCUGACCCAAUGCAAAAAAAAUGUAAUGAAACGUGACUUUAAAAGGGAACGACUCAUAUCAAAUAAAGUAAUAUUCAAUAAUCUAUUAGAAUAUAACAAUAAACAACAAAAUUAACUCUCAGAACAUCAGCAAAUAAUUAAACAGAAAUUCACUCUUAACAUUUGCAAUGAAGGAUAAUUAAGGUCGAUAAAAAUAACCGCAAGUCAAAUUGAGAAACGAAGACACACACCUUAUAAAACCAUUAAUUUUCGUUUUUAUUUUAUACUCUCAAUGGAGGCAGAGCGUCUUUGUGUGCUGUUAAACUAUGGAACGGGGACGCGGGUGGCGCUGUGGGUUAAACCACAGAGCCUAGGACUUGCCGAUCAGAAGGUUGGCGAUUCGAAUCCCCGUGACGGGGUGAACUCCCGUUGCUCGGUCCCUGCUCCUGCCAACCUAGCAGUUCGAAAGCACGUCAAAGUGCUAGUAGAUAAAUAGGUACCACUCCAGCGGGAAGGUAAACGUCGUUUCCAUGUGCUGCUCUGGUUUGCCAGAAGCGGCCUAGUCAUGCUGGCCACAUGACCCGGAAGCUGUACGCCGGCUCCCUCGGCCAGUAAAGCGAGAUGAGCGCCGCAAGCUCAGAGUCGGUCACGACUGGACCUAAUGGUCAGGGGUCCCUUUACCUUUACCUUUAAACUAUGGAACUCACUGCCGCGAGAGGCUCUUGUGUUCGAAUCCUGCUCGAGGGUUUCCCAUUGGUUGGCCAAUGUGGGAACAAGAUGCUAGACGAGAUGGGCUCGUGGCCUCAUCCAGCAGCCUCUUCCUACAUUUGCUUUAUCUCUUUGUCUAAACCCGGAGAAUACAAGUGUCCAAGGGAGAAACCAGAUCUUGGGGCCAGGCGGCUCACAGCUUUCCUUUGGGGUCAUGCUCCUUCCAUGGUUUAUGGGCUUCCCGGGAAAACGGUGAUCUCCACCCCAGAGAGAACGGGUGCCGUUCUUUUGCAGUCAUCGAUCGCUGGGCUUCCAAAUCCCGCUCGGAUGCUUCCUCAGUGCUCCAAAAGCAGGUUGGUUGUCAUGACAACCCCAAGGAGCUAAAAAUAGCAAGUCCCUGGUGCACAUUUGUUGGGGUGGUGGCGGCUUCCCUCCCUCACCCCCCCCCCUUCAGAGCCUGCGGAAGGGGAUAUCCCUCUUCUCUGAUGCAUUUAUUAUGAUUCUAUAUGAACAUGAACCUUUCUCCUACCACCUGUGACUGGAUUAAAGACUUUCUGAUAGAUCGGACAGAAACAGUGAAGAUCGGACGUGUAACAUCUAAUUCCUUAACAAUCAUCACUGUCACACCCCAGGGAUGUGUGCUAAGUCCCUACCUGUAUUCAUUGUAUACAUACGAUUGUGUAUCAUCUGACCCGUCUACUGCAAUUAUAAAGUUUGCAGAUGACACCACCACAGUGGGUUUAAUAACAGGUGGAGGCGAAUCAGCGUAUAGAGGGGAGGUCCAAAAAAUAUCUACACGGUGCCUAGGGAACAACUUGCACCUUAAUAUCAGCAAGAAAAAUGAGAUGGUGUUGGACUUUCAGAGAAAGAGAGGAGAACUAGCCCCACUGUAGAUCGGGGAGGGCUGUGUGGAGAGAGUCUCUUCCUUUAAAUUCCUAGGAGUUUAUCUCAGUGAAGACUUUACUUGGAAAAUCAAUACAGCCCAAGUGGUUAAGAAAGCCCAACAGAGACUCCAUCUUCUCAUAGUAUUGCGGAGAAUGACGUCAAUCAACAUUUGAUGAUCUCCUUCUACCGGUCCACAAUAGAAAGUCUCCUUUCAUACUGCAUCACGGUGUGGUGCGCUGGUUUGACAUCAUCUGAUAGGAAGUGCCUACAGAGGGUGGCGAAUAUAGCGCAAGAUAUUAUGGGCUGUCCCGUGAAUCUGCUGGAUGAAAUAGCAGAAGAACGUUGCCUCAGGAGAGUGAGGAAAAUUCUCAGGGAUGAUUAUUCACACUCUGGCUGGCACUUUCUUGAUCUCCUGCCCUCGGGCAAAAAAUAUAGAAGCACGAUUAGUCGCACCAACAGGGUAAAGAACAGCUUCUAUCCUGGGCUGUUAGGCUGAUGAAUGAAAAGAUAACAACAGGGCAACUGACUUUGGGGUUUGGUGGGUGUGCGUCAGUAAACGAGGGGAAUUAAGACUAAGAGAGCUGAGUGGGGGGUGCUGGUGUAAUCUCACUGCAUACAAGUUGUACAAGUGACAACAAAGUAUUUCAAUUUCAAUUCAAUUCAAUUUCAAUUUAUUAUCCUCCUCUCCCCCAACUCCGCCAGAUAUUCUACUGUUUAGCUUCCCUGCUGUAAAGCUGCCGCCUUUUCCUUCGCUGGAAAGGCUUUGUGGCCAUAAGAGCUGUUUGACAGUGGAACGGAUCCUUCCUUGGAGGUUUCUAAGCAGAGGAUGGAUGGCUACCUGUCAGGGAUGCUUUAGCUGAGAUUUCUGCAUUGCAGGGCGGGGUUGGACUAGAUGACCGUUGGGUCCCUUCCAACUCUACAAUUCUAUGAUUCUGUGACAGCAGGCGCAGCUUUUAUCCUCGUCCUUGUUUCCACCCUUGUGUGUUGUUCCAUUGCAUUGAAUUUAGAUUGUUUAUACCAGGGGUCCCCAAACUUAGGCCCGCGGGCCGGAUAAGGCCCGAGGGACUCGUUUAUCCGGCCUGCGGCGACCCUCUACUCCUACUGGUGUGCGCUGCGUGGGUGCCCACUUCCGGGUCGGAGGAGCACCGGAAGUGGCUUGUGCGCAUGCGCAAGCGUUAUUUCCGGUGCACAUCCGGGUUGGAGGAGGCCCCUGCACAUGCGCACAAGCUAUUUCCGGUGCUCCUCUGACCUGGAAGUGCGCCGGAAAUAGAGUGUGCUCACACGUAUGGGCACGCGCUCCCCUGCCCUCCGGCCCGCCGCUGGAGACAACGGCCUGAGGCGCGGUAAGUUUGCUGACCCCUGGUUUAUAAUAAUAAUAAUAAUAAUUUAUUAUUUAUACCCCGCCCAUCUGGCUGGGCUUCCCCAGCCACUAUGGGCGGCUUCCAAAAAAAAUAUUAAAAUACUGUAAUACAUCAAAUGUUAAAAGCUUCCCUAAAUAGGGCUGCCUUCAGAUGUCUUCUAAAAGUCUGGUAGUUGUUGUUCUCUUUGACAUCUGGUGGAGGGCGUUCCACAGGGAGGGCGCCACUACUGAGAAGGCCCUCUGCCUGGUUCCCUGUAACUUGGCUUGUCGCAAUGAGGGAACCGCCAGAAGGCCCUCGGCACUGGACCUCAGUGUCCGGGUAGAACGAUGGGGUGGAGAUGCUCCUUCAGAUAUACUGGACCGAGGCCGUUUAGGGCUUUAAAGGUCAGCACCAACACUUUGAAUUGUGCUCGGAAACGUACUGGGAGCCAAUGUAGGUCUUUCAAGACUGGUGUUAUAUGGUCUUGGCAGCCGCUCCCAGUCACCAGUCUGGCUGCCGCAUUCUGGAUUAGUUGUAGUUUCCGGGUCACCUUCAAAGGUAGCCCCACGUAGAGCGCAUUGCAGUAGUCCAAGCGGGAGAUAACCAGAGCAUGCACCACUCUGGAGAGACAGUCCGCAGGCAGAUAGGGUCUCAGUCUACGUACCAGAUGGAGCUGGUAAACAGCUGCCCUGAAUGUUUAUUGCAUUCAUAUCCCACCUCCCCCCACCCCCAGGUGGAGCGCAUGGUUCUGUCCCUCCUUGUUUAAUUCCCAGGACAACUCUGUGAGGUAGGUCAGGUUCAGAGGUGGUGAGCGGGCCAAGGCCCACCCUGUGAGCUUCGGUGGCGGCUGAGUGGGAGAUUCAAACCCUGGUCUCCUGGGUCCUAGCCUGACACUCUCACCACUAUAACCACGCUGGCUCAAUUUGCACGCCCGCUGUUCGACAGUGGUUUAGUUGUUUUAACCGUUGUUUCCCGAGCCCUGCCGCGUUUUGCACCAGGUAAAUAUUGACGAAAAACUUUGCCUGCUGAUUUGCAAUCAAGGAGGAGGAAAAGGGAAAAAAAAGACAGAUACACGAAGAGUGUGGGGAGGGAGUUGUGGGGAGGAUUAAAAGAAAUAUAUACAAGUUGGUAUUAGUAAUGGGGACCUUACGGAGAGCCUCCAUGUUCAGAGACAGUGUAUCUCCUAAUAUCAGUUGCUAGGAACAUAAUUCUUGUAGUCUGCCCUGGGUACUUACUGUAGGAUAUAAGAGCAAGAUAGAAAUAAUAAAAGGCAGUAACAGUAAAUUAAGACAGCAUCUUAAAAAGUAGAGACAUCACCUUGCCAACAAAGGUCCGUAUAGUAAAAGCUAUGGUCUUCCCAGUAGUGAAGUAUGGAAGUGAGAGCUGGACCAUAGAGAAGGCUGAUCGCCAAAGAAUUGACGCUUUUGAAUUAUGGUGCUGGAGGAGACUCUUGAGAGUCCCAUGGACUGCAAGAAGAUCAAACCUAUCCAUUCUGAAGGAAAGCAGCCCUGAGUGCUCCCUGGAAGGACAGAUCCUGAAGCUGAGGUUCCAAGACUUUGGCCACCUCAUGAGAAGAGAAGACUCCCUGGAAAAGACCCUGAUGUUGGGAAAGAUGGAGGGCACAAGGAGAAGGGGAAGACAGAGGACGAGAUGGUUGGAUAGUGUUCUCGAAGCUACCAGCAUGAGUUUGACCAAACUGCGGGAGGCAGUGGAAGACAGGAGUGCCUGGCGUGCUCUGGUCCAGGGGGUCACAAAGAGUCGGACACGACUCAACGACUCAACAACAACAACAACAACAACAGUAAAUCUAAAUAAACAGAGGAAUCUGCCUGCUUGUGUGCCAGAGCAAUAGCUGAGUAUCCUGCACCAUGGAAUAAUAAUAAUAAUAAUAAAAAAAAUAUUAUUUAUACCCCACCCAUCUGGCUGGGCUUCCCCACCCAUCUGGCUGGGCUUCCCCAGCCACUCUGGGCGGCUUCCAACAAAAUAUUAAAAUACAGUAAUGCAUCAAACAUUAAAAGCUUCCAACAGGUGGUUAGUAGCCACCAACACCGCUCCCUUCCAUGAAUUUGUUUAAUCCUCUUUUAAAGCCAUCCCACUUGGUGACCGCCAACUGCCUCCUGUGGCAGGGAGUUCCGUAGUUUAACAACGCACUGCGUAAAGCAGUCCUUUUUCCCCAUCUGUCCUGAAUCUUCCAGCCUUCUUCCAUUGGAUGCCCACGAGUUCCAGUGUUGUGAAAGAUGGAGAGAUAUUUUUCUGCAUGCCAUUCAUGGUUUUAUAAAUUUCUACCAUGUCACCUUUUACUUGCUCUGAAGCUGACGCUGCCUCUGAUUCUAGCCUCCUUGCUGGUCCGUGAGUUAGGAGGAUAACUCUUUUUGGAGGAGGGAGGAAGUUAAAUAGUGUGGCAUGAGAAUCGUGGGUUUUUAUUUCAUUUUUAAGGAACGGCAACCAGCGAUUCAAAUGCAGUGAUAUUUGAAAGAUAAACGAGAUGUUGUGUUUACUGUCUCCCAGCAACCGCAUGGAAGACGUGCUUAAUGCAAAACUCAUAAAAUAGCUUUUUAAAAAAUAAAACGAAAGUUUGUCUAACUGGAUAAACAAAACUUUUGGCAGCCUGAGUUAAAGUAUGUGGGUCUGUGCAAGAGAGGGAGAGAGAUGGAGCUCAUGGGAACUGUAGUCUGAAAUAUCUAAAGAGCACCCAGGCUGGGUCAAAAAGGAUAUUGUUGAUCUGGAAAAGGUUCAGAAAGGGGAAACCAGAAGUCAUCAAGAGGAGGAGAGACUUCCCCAGAAGUUGCAGAGAGGGUUGCAGUAUUUGGGGGAUUUUGGUUCGAAGAAAAGGCAUGUAAGAGAGGAAUCGAAUCAAAUCUUUAUUAUUAUGGUUGACGGAACAGCACAGAGAGUUAAAGGAGACAAAGUAGAAAACAUGCGUUAUCCAAAUGUGUACAGUGGAAUAAAAGAGGAUGACAUAAAAUAAGGUAGAUAGAUUUUUCCAGUUACUUAAAAUGAGCAGUCAUUUUUAAAGUGAAUGUUGCCUUACAAACUCCAAAAAGUAAAACCACAGUUCUUAGUGGGCUUUUGCUCUUUGCAGAGGAGCGCUUGGCAACGUUGAAGGUGAUGGAUGCAUGUUUGUGAGGAAUGGUGGAGGAGGGAUGCUGAUAAUAAUAAUAAUAAUAAUAAUAAUAAUAAUAUGUCAUUUAUAUCCUGCCCAUCCAACUGGGUUCCCCACCACUCAGUGUGGCUUACAGCAUAAUAAUUGUUGUUGUUGUUUAGUCGUUUAGUCGUGUCUGCCUCUUCAUGGCCCCAUGGACCAGAGCACGCCAGGCACUCCUGUCUUCCACUACCUCCCGCAGUUUGGUCGAACUCAUGUCCGUAGCUUCGAGAACACUGUCCCACCAUCUCGUCCUCUGUCGUCCCCUUCUCCUUGUGCCCUCCAUCUUUCCCAACAUCAGGGUCUUUUCCAGGGAGUCUUCUCUUCUCAUGAGUGGCCAAAGUACUGGAGUCUCAGCUUCAGGAUCUGUCCUUCCAGUGAGCACUCAGGGCUGAUUUCCUUCAGAAUGGAUAGGCUUGAUCUUCUUGCAGACCAUGGCACUCUCAAGAGUCUCCUCCAGCACCAGAAUUCAAAAGCAACAAUUCUUCGGCGAUCAGCCUUCUCGAUGGUCCAGCUCUCACUUCCAUACAUCACUACUGGGAAAACCAUAGCUUUAACUAUACAGACCUUGGUUGGCAAGGUGAUGUCUCUGCUUUUUAAGAUGCUAUCUAGGUUUGUCAUUGACAGCACAAUAAUAAAAACAUAAUAAAACAUCAGCUGGCGAUAUGAUCAUAAGGAACAUAGAUUGCUUGCUGGGGAGGGGGGGUGAAGGGUGUGCAGACUGCAGAGUUAUUUGCAUGCCUGCGGUGUGUCUUAUCGUCUAAAUAGUCUGUAGAUAGUGCUGGGAUGGAACCAGUGACCAUGGUACACGCCAUCACCAAGGACGUAGGGAAAUGUAGUUGUGAGACGAUGGAAGGAAAGUUUAGGCUGCUAGGGAGGAUGUUGAAAGCUAGGACCUUCCUGGAUAUCUUUCUCUGAAAUGCCACGGGUUCCAGACGUAGGGGCAGCUUUGCAGUGUUAAUGCAUGAAUAGCAUACCAAGGAGGGGUUUGGAUUUGCUAGGCACCCUGGGGGAACAUUUUGGGACAAACUGGGCCUGUACGAAAGAGACAGGCCCCACUUGCAGUGAAAGCAGCAAUCCCACUUGCUGUUCUGGCUUCCAGGAUAGCUGCGCAGCCUGCAUUCGCUCCAUAGGACGCACACACAUUUCCCCUUACUUUUUAGGAGGGAAAAAGUGAGUCUUAUAGAGCAAAAAAUACGGUACUUUUAAUGCUUCCGCUGUUGAAGUUAUAGGUUCCUGUACUGUUAAUACUAUAUUGUCGGCGAAGGCUUUAACCUUAUAUUCUUUCUCGCCACACUUUAUCCCUGUAAUUCUUUCUGUCUCACUUAUAUUUUUAAGUAGUACUUCCAAUAUUGAUAUAAAUAACAGAGGUGACAAAGGGCAGCCCUGUCUUGUACCCUUUGUGAUUUCGAAGCUCUCUGUUAAUCCACUGUUUAUUAUAAAUUCCGCAUUUUUUUCUUUGUAAAUUGCCUCUAUACUCCUUAGAAAAUUUGUACCUAGGCCCAUUAUUUCUAAGUUCUUUUUCAUAAAUGACCAAGACACGUAUAAUAAUAAAAUAUAAACGCUACUGGAAGGACAGAGAAGGAUGCUCUGGAGGUGAUGUCACACUGCACACCACCAGAGAGGGCACACUGCUAGCUAGAAAUCUCCAAAGCAGGGGUCAGCAAGGCUUACCAGCCAUGGGCUGGAUCAGUCCCGUGGAGAUUGUUCGUGGGCUGGACCGGCGCAGCGCAAUGCCGGAAAUUCAUGCCUGUGCAGAAGCGAUUUUUGGCGUCUGGGCAUGCGCAGAAGCGAAUUCCGGUAUCUGUGCGUGCGCAGUCGUCAUUUCUGGCACCGCUCAGUGAGUCCCCGCACGCUGUGCUGGAUUAGCACAGCAUGUGGGGACUUGCCGAGCGGGCAGCUCGGUUUGGGGGCGGCUCGUGGGCCAGUAAAAUGGUCUUCGUGGGCCGCAUCCGGCCCAUGGGCCUCACGUUGCCGACCCCAGCUCCAAAGGGACGGACCCCUCCACAGAAUUUCUGUGGGUGGUGAUAUCUGGCUCGGAAAGGAAGUUGGUACUGUGGACAGACUAUUGUCCCCCCAAUCAAAACGAGACCUUGAGCUGAUGAGUAAAGUCCAGGAAGCAUCUGAAAGGGGAGACAAAAGAGUGGUGGGUGAUUUCAGCUACAUUCACAUGGACCGAUGCGGUGUAAGGCAGAGUCCUAUACAGUGGUACCUCUGGUUAAGAACUUAAUUCGUUCCAGAGGUCCGUUCUUAACCUGAAACUGUUCUUAACCUGAAGCACCACUUUAGCUAAUGGGGCCUCCCGCUGCCGCCGCGCUGCUGCUGUGCGAUUUCUGUUCUCAUCCUGAAGCAAAGUUCUUUACCUGAGGUAAUAUUUCUGGGUUAGCGGAGUCUGUAACCUGAAGCGUCUGUAACCUGAGGUACCACUGUAUUCCAACGUCGGGGACAUGCACAACUGUUUCACACCAAGUCAGACUGGUGUCCCCUCCAGUCCAGCAUCUGUGUGCAAUAUUUUAAAAUUAGGCAUCUCUGUAGCAUCUGAACCCAGGCAUGAUCUGGUUCCUCUGGUUCCUCCACGGAAGGCACGAAACUGUUUGCUGCAAAGGCCAUCAGAUGCAAAGCUCCAUUUAAGAAAUUUCUCUCCCCAGGUACCGCCCUCAGGCCCCUCGACACACAGGUGCUUAGAGACCUGGCAGGUUUUUUCUUUUUUCUUUUCCAAAACACCUUAACCAGUUGUAAUUAGCAAGGUCAUGUGAGAGGCAUCUGAAAGGGCUGCCAGGCAAGACCGGGGGGGGGGGUGGAAAUACCGUAUUUUUUGCUCUAUAAGACUCACUUUUUCCCUCCUAAAAAGUAAGGGGAAAUGUGUGUGCGUCUUAUGGAGUGAAUGCAGGCUGCGCAGCUAUCCCGGAAGCCGGAACAGCAAGAGGGAUUGCUGCUUUCACUGUGCAGCGAUCCCUCUUGCUGUUCUGGCUUCUGAGAUUCAGAAUAUAUUUUUUCUUGUUUUUCUCCUCCAAAAACUAGGUGCGUCUUGUGGUCUGGUGCGUCCUAUAGAGCGAAAAAUACGGUGCUUUGUGUUCUAGGAACAGCCGGGACACCCACGCAUACUUUACCAGGAGUGGUGGGCCUGGGAGGGUUGCCAAUGUUUUUGCCAGCUCUCGCUCCUCUGCCUUUAACAGCAGCUUUGAUUUGCAGGUACCCCAGCUUCUCUCCAUGCUCCACAAAGCAUCCCUUGUUGGUGUAGUCCUGGCACCCCCAAACUCGGCCCUCCAGAUAUUUUGGGACUACAAUUCCCAUCAUUCCUGACCACUGGUCCUGUUAGCUAGGGAUGAUGGGAGUUGUAGUCUGAAAAACAUCUGGAGGGCCGAGUUUGGGGGUGCCUGGUGUAGGUAGAUUCUGCGCAGUAGCAGAACAGUUUUAUAUGUCGGUUUCUCCACCUUCUCAGCAGGAACAGGACAGCACUUUAUGAAAAAACAAAUUGAAACAAUGGUAAUUAGAGGAAGAAUGGGAAAGGCUAUAGCAGAGAUAUAUCACCAGCAAAGAGCAAGGUUAAUAAUAAACGGAAAUUUGACUGAAAGUUUUCCAAUCACCAAGGGGACAAGGUAGGGCUGUCCCUUAUCACCCUUAUUAUUUAUACUAGUUCUGGAAAUCCUUUUGCAAAAUCUAAGAAAGGAAGACAAAAUAAAAGCAAUUGUAAUUGGAAAAAAAAAUCCUAUAAAGUUAGACCCAAGACCCAAAAGAAAGCAUUCCAGUGGCAUUAGAAUGAAUUAAGACAUAUGGGGAAAGGGCAGGACUAAAGGUAAACUACCAAAAAACCAAAUUAUUAACUAAAAAUUUAAGUGCAGAUGAAAAUAAAGAACUCCAACAACUGACGAGUUUAGAAAUUAAAAAUAAGGUAAAAUAUUUAGGGAUCUGGUUAUCAAAAAAUAGUAUUAAUUUAUAUGAAGACUACCAACUCCCAACAGGGGCUGAAAGGAGUUGUGGUCCAAAACAUCUGGAGGGCUGCAGUGCAGUACUGACCGAUGGUGACCUCUUACGCAUAGGUGCGACAGGAGCUUGGUUGCUCUCGUCUUCCAUACCUGCCUCUCCUGGAGCAAAGAAAUGGUCUCCAUCUUCUGCAGAUUGACUUACCACCUCUCUCUUUCUUCCCUUCAAGAUCUUGUCCAACGUUGCCAUCUACCUGUGUACCAUCUGCGUGGGCAUCAUGUCGUACUACAUGGCCGAUCGUAAGCACCGCAAAGCCUUCCUGGAAGCUCGUCAGUCUCUGGAGGUCAAGCUCAACCUUGAGGAGCAAAGUCAGCAGCAGGUAAGAGAUGAAUUGCUCCGACAGUAACCAACAAUAUCUCCCUGUGUCACGUCUGCAUGAGCAGUUGAGCUGGAUAUCCAGGGAGGACAGGUCUACUCUUGGUGGUUCUUUGGUUUCUAGUGGUUGGUGGAGUCUAUGUCCAAUAGUCAUCUUUCUUUGCUGCUCCUCUCCAGAGAUGGGCUAUGGCUCAGUAGUUUUGGAUCUGAGGUGAGACACCCACAUAGCAGAAGUUGCCCCCAGUUCUGGGUGGCUCCCAACAGAUGAUUAAAAACACGAUAAAACAUCAAACAUUAAAAGCUUCCCUAAACAGGGCUGUCUUCAGAUGUCUUCUAAAAAUCAGGUACAGUGGUAACAUGAGCAGAACGCAACCCGCGUCUGCGCGGGUCGUGAUUUGCCGCUUCUGUGCAUGCACGUGACGUCAUUUUGAGCAUCUGCGCAUGUGCGAGCGGCGAAACCCGGAAGUAACCCUUUCCGGUACUUCUGAGACGCAAUCUGAAAAUAUUUAACCUGAAGCAAACGUAACAAGAGGCAUGACUGUAGUUGUUUAUUUCCUUGACAUCUGAUGGGAGGGCGUUCCACAGGGCGGGUGCCACUACCAAGAAGGCUCUUUGCCUGGUUCCCUGUAACCUCACUUCUCACAGGGAGGGAACCGCCAGAAGGCCCUCAGCAUUGGACCUCAGUGUCCAGGCUGAAGGAUGGGGGUGGAGACGCUCCUUCAGGUAUACUGGGCCGAGGCCGUUUAGGAUUUAAAAGUCAGCACCAACACUUUGAAUUGUGCUCGGAAACGUACUGGGAGUCAAUGAGGGUCUUUCAGGACUGGUGUUAUGUGGUCUCGGUGGCCACUCCCAGUCACCAGUCUAGCUACCGCAUUCUGGAUUAGUUGUAGUUUCUGGGUCACCUUCAAAGGUAGCCCCACGUAGAGCGCAUUGCAGUAGUCCAAGUGGGAGAUAACUAGAGCAUGCACCACUCUGGCAAGACAGUCUGCGGGCAGGGAGGGUCUCAUCCUGCGUACCAGAUGGAGCUGGUAAACAGCUGCCCUGGACACAGAAUUAACCUGUGCCUAGAUGCUCGACUAGAUUGCCUGAUCCAGGUUUUUAGUAGGCUCUUACGUUCGCCUCCUCCAAAGAACUUGAAAGUGGCUUACAUAAUGGAUCGCAAGCAUUGAAGGCUGUGACAGUCCAGAACAUCUUGCAAGGGAGCAGGUUGAGGGAGGUUUGUUUGCAACAACUGUGUCAUGUGCAGAGGGGAAAGGUGCGCUCACACACCAUUCCUGGGUGCUUUGGGAAGGGGGCUAAGAAUAGACAUGCUGCUCUUUUUAUAUACGCGGCUGCAUCCAAUUCACAGCUGCCGGCCCCCUGUCAACAGCUCCUGCUGUCUGUCCCACACCAAGGCGGCUCCUAACGCCCUCCAGACCCGCGUCACCGAAGUGCUAUUGAUGUCAAGCCGGAGCUGCGGGUUCAUGGGGAGAUAAACUUUUGCAGGCGUCAGAGAGCGCUCGGCUGGGUCUUUGAAGAGAUAGUUAUGCAUUGCUGUGAGAGAGACAGGCAGCAUAUCACCAGCCCAAGGCUUGUGCUGUACGACUGAUAAGCAGAGACGGGUUCCCCUGUGAGGGGCAAAAGAUAGAGAGAGAGAAAACGGCAAUGGAAGUCGAAAGGAACACGGAAAGUUUUUGAGAUGUUGACAAAUUCCUUUAAGCAGAAACUUGACCUCUGCUCUGCAUUUUUGUUCAUAACCCUCUCCCUUUUAUACAUCAGGACAGUCAGCGAAUGGCACCAGUUUUGCAUAAGACACCGGUAGGGCUGGAUUGAGGACGGGGUGUGUUCCUUUAUUUCCCCCCACCCUUCAGCUCUAAAAGAGAUCUGACCUGAACAAAUUCAACUUUGGAAGUACAGUGGUACCUCGGAAGUCGAAUGCAAUCCAUUCCAGAAAGCUGUUUGACUUCCAAAACCUAGGCGUGGCUUCUGAUUGGUUGCAGGAACCUCCUGCAGCCAAUCGGAAGUCGCAGAAGUCGUGUCGGACGUUCGGGUUCCAAAGAACGUUUGCAAACCGGAACACUCACUUCUGGGGUUGCGGCUUUCGCGAGCCAAAAUGCUGGACUCGCAAGGCGUUCGGGAUCGAAGGUACGAGUGUACUUAACAUGUGGCUGCUAAUUGGAUACCAAGAUUUUUUAAAGUUUAUUUCAUAAAAUUUAUACGCUGCUUGGUUGUGAAGAACCUCAAAGCGGUUUACGAAAAGAUGGAAUCGAGAAAGAAUUACAUCCCUACUUUAAAAAGCACAAAAGUUAAAAUGCUAAAACGGAAUAAAAUGACUUCAGCUUUCUAAGAAUCUGGGAAGGCUUGCCUAAACAAGAAUGUUUUUAGCAGGUCCCAAGAAGAGCAUAAGGAAGGCGCUAGCUCAGGCAGGGAGUUCCACAGUGCAGGGGUAAAGGGACCCCUGACCGUUAGGUCCAGUCGCGGACGACUCUGUGGUUGCGGCGCUCAUCUUGCUUUAUUGGCUGAGGGAGCCUGUGUACAGCUUCCGGGUCAUGUGGCCAGCAUGACUAAGCCGCUUCUGGCGAACCAGAGCAGCGCACGGAAACGCCUCUACCUUCUCGCUGGAGUGGUACCUAUUUAUCUACUUGCACUUUGACGUGCUUUUGAACUGCGAGGUUGGCAGGAGCAGGGACCGAGCAACGGGAGCUCACCCCGUCGCGUGACGCUGUGGGUUAAACCACAGUGCAGGUGAUGCCACACUAAAUGACCAAGUUCUUACAAACGCGGAACGGGUAUCGUAGAAUUGUAGAGUUGGAAGGAACCUGGAGAAGUAUAUAUAGGAUAUAGGAACAGGAUCAGAAACUUAGCUUGUGCAGUGCUUAGCUUUGAAAGUGCUCUAUAAUUAGUCCACUUUUAAAGCUUUGUUUUAAUAACAUUUUGUGAGAGUUACAACCCGUAGAAUGCAUCACUUUGAACUGGGACUUUGAGGGAACAUUUUGGAAGGGUUUAAAAAAACACCAAACAUUGGUGCAUAUUUAUACUAUUCUUCCCUCUUGAAACAUGCACGCAUUUUGUGCUUCUAUACUUAGGUUCCAUCUUUUAACCAUAUUUGGGUAACUUUCUCCUAAACCUUACUAAACUACUAAACAUGGUUUGUUGCUUAUAAAAGGCUUUAUGGAGAAAAAGUUCCCAGUGGGCUGAAUCCUUCUUGUUUGGGCACUGAAGUCUUGCUUUCGUCUGUAGAUCAGUCUGGAUUCUGGAUAAAUCACAGCCUUGCAAAUGUUCCUUUCUCAUAACUUGUUUGUUCAUUAUUGCUGGGGAGAAAACAACUCACUGCUUUAAAAGCACUGUGGUGGAGUCAGGUUCAAAUAGCACUGAAAAAAUAAACGGAAACCUUCCUGUCACUAUCUUCCUCAACCAAGCUAGCAUUGAGUUUGUUUGCUCUAAACACUCCUAAUCUGCCUUUUCAGCUCAGAGAAUUUUCAAGGCAACUUCCAGCAACGAAGACAAACAAUGAUAGCAAAGAUAGUUCAUAAAAUAUAAUUACCGAAAAAAAUAUAGCCAAUAAAACAGCGCAUUUCAUAGCCACAGUGGCAAUAAAAAGAACCCGAGAGAUAUUAUUCACGGAGAGCUUGGGCAAAUUAAACAUUUUUGACUCGGUGUCUAAAAUGCAAUGAUAUAUAUCGUGGAAACCACAGGAGAGGCGAAUGAAAUUGUGUUCAGAUUCUGCAUGUGGGUUCCCCACAACAGGCACCCGGUUGCCCAUCGUUAGAACAAUAUGCUGGUCUAGACAGCCUGAUCAAUCAGGGCUUUUUAGGUUCUUACCACUUGGCUCCUCUGCAAAUUUUUAGUUUAUUUGCAGUGCUUAUCUGUCUCUAGGAAAGCCUUGAUGUGUUCAUCCUAGCACAGCUUCCUCCUGCCGCUGUAGGCCUGGAAAGGAGGGAAGCUGCCACUGUUCAAAAUUCACCAGGCGCAUUUUGCACCAGGAUGCGGGUGGCUCUUUGGGUUAAACCACAGAGUCUAGGACUUGCUGAUCAGAAGGUCGGCAGUUCGAAUCCCCGCGAUGUCAAAGUGCAAGUAGAUAAAUAGGUAUCGCUCCAGCGGGAAGGUAAAUGGCGCAUCCAUGCUCUGCUCUGGUUCGCCAGAAGAAGCGACUUAGUCAUGCUGGCCACAUGACCCGGAAGCUGUACGCCGGCUCCCUUGGCCAGUAAAGCAAGUUGAGCGCCGCAACCCCAGAGUCGUCCACGACUGGACCUAAUGGUCAGGGGUCCCUUUACCUUUACCUUAUUGGCCACCAAGUGAAGAUGUCCGGGAUCCCUUGAGCUGGACACUAGACUUCUGUGGAUGCAGCCUAGAAUAAGGUUACCAGAUGUCCCUGUUUCCCAGGGACAGCCCCAGAUUUACAAAUCAGUCCCCUGACAAAAUCCUAUCAUUCCUACUGAAGUUGAAAAACGUCCCCAGAUUCAUUGAAAAAAAUCUGGUAACCUUAGUCCUAGAAUAGCAUUCACUUUUUUUUUGCUCUGCUUCAUCAUACAGCUGGAGCCUGAAGAAGAGGAGGACGAGGAAAGCAAGCCUCUAUCUCAGGCUUCCUCAAACGUGGCCCUCCAGAUGUUGUUGGCCUACAACUCCCAUGAUCCCUAUCUAGCAGGACCAGUGGUCAGGGAUGAUGGGAAUUGUAGUCUCAAAACAUCUGGAAAGCCAAGUUUGAGGAAACCUGCUCUAUCCUUUACAUGUUAUGUUGCUCUUUCAGGGAAAAUGGUGGUGGUACCUAGACAAAGCUCCUCUAUGUUUGUAUGGCAGGCAGAAAAACUGGGGCUGAUUUUCCUAGGAUGAGUAAUAGAUUUGUGGAGUUGGUUCAUCCAGUCCAACUCCCUGCGAUCGGCAUUCAAAAUUCUCCAGGUACAUUUAGCACCUGGCUUUUGGCCACUUGUGACCAAGUGAAGAUGCCCACGUGCCAGGAUUGGUGCUUGAUGUCUCCACCAUCUGGAGGUACAUGCCUGGGGAUCAUUGGAUCUUGACCGUUUUCACACACUAGCAACACCGCCUGUAGAAUUGUACCUGUUAUGUUUUAUCUGCACAAUCAGAACGAAAUUCAGGAAUCCAAAAGUCGCGUUGACAAAUACCACUAGGCGUUCCGUUUUGGCGGCUGUAACCCUGGUCUAAGGAGCCAUUUGGCGCCUAGCUUAAAUAUCUGAGUUUCUAAUGCACUGGGAACUGCCUUCCACCCCCUCCCCAGUCAAUGCGCCACCAUAAAAGCCAUUGCAGCGGCUUUCCCUGGAGAAGAGUGUCUUCGCCCGAGUCCAAAACGGUCCGUGUUUCCCUGUGGCCAAAUUAUAGAGAGCGUAGGAAGCUAUACUGACACUGACCCCUCAGCCCAUUUACCAGAGUGUUUUCAUCAUCUGGCGGUUCCUGUUCGGGGUUUCAGAUGGGGGUAGGGAGCCUUUUCCCCUCCCUACCUGGAGACUCCUGCCUAAAGCUGGGAAGCAGCUGCCAGCCCGUGCAGACAGUACUGAGCUAAAUGAACCAAUGUUCCCACAUGGAGGAGGUUAAAGUCACCUGGUGGAAUUGAUGACUUAGCCCAAUCGCGGGUGGCGCUGUGGGUUAAACCACAGAGCCUAGGGCUUGCCGAUCAGAAGGUCGGCGGUUCGAAUCCCCACGAUGGGGUGAGUUCCCGUUGCUUGGUCCCUGCUCCUGCCAACCUAGCAGUUUGAAAGCACACCAGUGCAAGUAGAUAAAUAGGUACCGCUCCGGCGGGAAGAUAAAUGGCGUUUCCAUGCGCUGCUCUGGUUCGCCAGAAGCGGCUUAGUCAUGCUGGCCACAUGACCCGGAAGCUGUACGCCGGCUCCCUCGACCAAUAAAGGGAGAUGAGCGCCGCAACCCCAGAGUCGUCCACGACUGGACCUAAUGGUCAGGGGCCCCUUUACCUUUACCUUUCAUCCAUCCCAAAUGCGGGCUAACCCAAUUAAACAAUUGGCUUUUCUUUUCACCACAUCCUUUUCUGGGUGUUUGGAAUGGCCUGUCCAUAAGAAACAGACCCUUUGCAACGGUUCCCGGGUGGGUGUGUGAUGGAGCUUCUCCUCUGCAGCUUAGGAUUUGCAUCCCCGCAGCUUCCUGUUGCUCUCGGCUGGAAGGAUUUCUCCUUGUUUAUACUAUUAUAGAUUGCCUGUUCUCUGAGAAAUCAAGAGGGAGGCCCUGGUGACAGUCCAGUUCCCAUAGCAACGCUCUCUCUGUAUCUGCUGCCAGAGAGUAACCCCUGUAGGCUCUCGGUAAAAAUCCACUUAAUUAACCAAGUUAUUUACAUUCAGAGCAAAUCCCAAAAUAAAAUCCGAACAUGCCUUUUGAAAUCUCUCUCUCUCUAUCUGUGCGGAUGAAACCAUCCUUGCAUGGAAAUCAUAGAAUUGCCGAGUUGGAAGGGACCACAUGGGUCCAUCUAGUCCAGCCCCCUGCAAUGCAAGGACCUCAACAAGACCUCCUCUUUUCUUUUUGGGGUUGGUGUGUCUGUCUGUAUUUAUAUCCUUGUUGCAUUUGGCCCUCCAGGUAGCUCAAGGUGGUGGCUUACACGGUUUUCUUCCUCUGCAUUUUUUAUCCUCAUGACCACCCUGUGAGGUAGGCUGGGCUGAGAGGCAGUCAGCUGCCUGAGGUUGCCCAGUGAGUUUCAUGGCUGGGCGGGGAUUUGAACCCUGGUCCUUCCAGGCUCUAGUGCAGUGCUCUAACCACUAAGCACACUAUCUUGCCUUCUGUUAUGGGGCAACCACCCUCUUCAUUGACUAAGAAAAUUAUACAGACAGCAAAACGAAGAAUCCUAAAUUAACAUUGCCUUCUACCAAUAAGAAAUAAUAAUAACUAUUACAAUAAUGAAAAUACUAAAAAUACAUUUACUUUCCCUUUUGAACUUCUAUUCAGGUUACCAUCAUCAAAUAUCCUUUAUUAGGCAUAGCAAACCACACAUUAUCAAACAGACACCGUAUACAAAUUGUGCAAAAUACGAGCUCAGCAUAACAAGGUUUGUCCCAGUCAGAUCUUUAACGCCAGAGGAAAUCGUAUUCUGGUUACAAUAUAUUACUAUUAUAUAAGAAUCUAUUAUAUCCUUUGCUGUCACAUAUAUUAUUUUAUUUCCCAAAUUCAACCUAACCCUCCCCUCCUCCCCACUGCUUCCCUUCACCUGUGUGAGAUCUUUCCAUCAUAAUAUUUUUUUUCUAGUUGCUUUAAUAUAAUAGAAGAACAUGAAAACUGUUAAAUUAUAAUGACUUCUUUUGUCCUUACACGCUUAACAAUUGCCUAUUAAGAGUUCUGCUUUAACACCACAUUUCUUCAUGUAUUCCCCUAUGCACUCCCAUUCUGUAUAGAAUUUUUGAUUGGCACAGCCCCUGAUUGAUGCAGUCAUUUUUGCCAUCUCGGCAAACUCACAAAUCUUAACUUGCCAUUCUCUCAUUUGUGGUCCUUCUUCUGUUUUCCAAUAUUUUGCCAUAAGUAUUCUUGCGGCUGCGGUGAUAUACAAAAAUAUAUUCCUUUUUUCCUUGGGUAUGUUGUUUGUUUUCUCUGGCUCCAGCGCGUCUGAAGCCAGGAGUACACGACAUUAGCCACAGUACAUUGGUAUCCUGCAGUUUCUCAAGAAAUGUUGCUGUGCAGAUGCUGUCUUCACCGAAUAGGAGUUUGGGGUGGGGAGCUUUGCAUUUGCCGGGAAACAGGUAAUGGGCAUGAGGUGAGGACAGUCUCCACCAGCCCUCCUACCUUAGCCAAGGAAUAGACAAGCUGCAAUAAUAAUAAUAAUAAUAAUAAUAAUAAUAAGCAGUUGCCCCAUUGUAAAUCCACAAAAAAACACAGGUUGGGCAGCAGUAGUUAAAUCUUGAAGUCAUCACAUUGCAACCUUUGCUAUUUAGUAAAGUAAAGGUAAAGGGACCCCUGACCAUUAGGUCCAGUCGUGGCCGACUCUGGGGUUGCGGUGCUCGUCUCGCUUUAUUGGCCGAGGGAGCCGGCGUACAGUUUCCGGGUCAUGUGGCCAGCAUGACUAAGCCACUUCUGGCGAACCAGAGCAGUGCACGGAAACGCCGUUUGCCUUCCUGCUGGAGUGGUACCUAUUUAUCUACUUGCACUUUGACGUGCUUUCGAACUGCUAGGUUGGCAGGAGCAGGGACCGCACAACAGGAGCUCACCCCAUAGCGGGGAUUCAAACCGCCAACCUUCUGAUCAGCAAGUCCUAGUCUCUGUGGUUUAACCCACAGCGCCACCCGCGUCCUUGCUAUUUAGAAUGUUAACUAAUUCUAAAAUUGGCAUUUUGCCUUUAUUUCUAAGUUGAAGCCUAGACGACUAAAAAAUAAUAAUGUGAGUUUACAAACAGUUAAAAUCAUUAGUAGGAUUGGAAUAUCACUUGUAGUUUAAGGUUGAUUCUGGACAUAAUGGAAGUGGUAAAGGGUUUGGAUUAACAUAGAAGAUGCGGGAGGAAAUGAUUAAUAAUGGGGCACACAAAGGGAAGGAUGGAAGUCCAGGAGAUUCCUUGGGAUCUUGUUUUUAUGGUUUAUGUUUGAUAUAUCUCUGUAAAAAUGUAAGUUGAAAAACCAAAUAAUUUUUUUUUUAAACAAAGAGUUUCCAGUAUCAAUACCUACAAAUCCUAGCCAUUACCUCAAAGUGACUCGGUUAAAAGGAUUCCAUUGUAAACUGCUGAUGGGACUUCAAGAGAUGUUAUCUUUCAGACAUUGAAAGCCUGCUUAGAAGAUUUGUUUUUCACCUUUUGUAAAAAGUGGCAGUGUCCUGUUUCAGUGGGUCAGGAAAUCCCCAGUACGAUCUCUGUUAGAACCCUUUGGGAAUGAAGGAAUCACAGAACUGUCAAGUUGAAAGGGACCCUGGGCAUCAUACGAUACAAUACGAUAAUCUUUAUUGUCAUUGUCCCAUACAGAACAACAAAAUUGAAAAAUCUACAUAAGACAUUCAAAACCCAACAAGCUGCUAUCCCAGCUAUAUCUCCCUAAAAACUCUGAUACCCCAUUUUUAAAUACAAUAUACUCCCAUACAGACUCCUUAAAGGUAAAGGUAAAGGGACCCCUGACUAUUAGGUCCAGUCGUGACCGACUCUGGGGUUGCGGCGCUCAUCUCGCUUUACUGGCCUAGGGAGCCGGCUUACAACUUCCGGGUCAUGUGGCCAACAUGACUAAGCCACUUCUGGCAAACCAGAGCAGCGCAUGGAAACGCCGUUUACCUUCCCGCCGGAGCGGUACCUAUUUAUCUACUUGCACUUUGAUGUGCUUUCGAACUGCUAGGUUGGCAGGAGCAGGGACCGAGCAACGGGAGCUCACCCCGUCACGGGGAUUCAAACCGCCAACCUUCUGAUCGGCAAGCCCUAGGCUCUGUGGUUUAACCCACAGCGCCACCCGCGUCCCUUCAUUGUCCCAUACAGAAAAACAAAAUUGAAAAAUCUACAUAAGACAUUCAAAACCCGACAAGCCUGCUAUCCCAGUUAUCCUAACCUGGUUAGCCCCCUAAUAACUCUGAUACCCCAUUUUUAAAUACAAUAUACAGCGGUACCUCGGGUUAAGUACUUAAUUCGUUCCGGAGGUCCGUACUUAACCUGAAACUGUUCUUAACCUGAAGCACCACUUUAGCUAAUGGGGCCUCCUGCUGCUGCCGCGCUGCCGGAGUACGAUUUCUGUUCUCAUCCUGAAGCAAAGUUCUUAACCUGAAGCACUAUUUAUGGGUUGGCGGAGUCUGUAACCUGAAGCAUAUGUAACCUGAAGCGUAUGUAAGCCGAGAUACCACUGUACUCAUAUACAGACUUCUUACAAUGCGUUUAAAACCAACAUCACAUUUGGGUAGAAACUGUUUCUCAGGCAUCUAGUCCCAACUCCUUGCAGUGCAAGAAUACGCAUCUGCCCCAUACGGGGAUCAAACCUACAACCUUGGAGAUUACCUGCACUGUGCUCUAAUCCAGGUGUGUCCAGAGCAUCUCAUGAGUCAAAUUCUGCCUAUGGGAACUUAGGCUCCAAGCCUCUUCUCUCAUGAGCACAAAGCAGGUGUCCUGGGAACCUCACAAGCGGGGAACAAUGAAAGGAAAUUUCCUCCCCUCCACCCUGAGCAACUAGUAAUCAGAGGAAUAUUUAUGGUACAUCAAAACGCUUUCAAAGCCAGCAGUUAAAGUACAGGUUGUUCUGAGACCAGCCCAGCAAUUAGCAUCACCUGUAUUUUAAUUUCCUGAACAGGAAGGUCUGAGCCUACCGGCAGAAGGAUAACAAGGAGGGAGCCAGUCUGGCCUCUCUUGGGGGUGAAUUCCACAGUAUGGGGGCAGCCACAAAAAAGGCUCUGCCUCGUGUCCCCAUCAGAUGUUGGUGAGACCUAGAGAUGGUGCUCACCUGAGGAUCUUAGCACCUGGGCAGGUUUGGAUGGCACUUGAAUACUCAGAAUACAUUUUUUUAAAUAAAAAAAAAACCCUAAGCGUUUUUGAAAUUAGCGAUGAUGAUGAUAAAGGAAGCUUUUAAUGUUCAAUAGGUUAUUGUAUUUUAAUAUUCUGUUGGAAGCCGCCCAGAUGGUCGGGGUAUAAAUAAUAAAUUAUUAUUAUUAUUAUUAUUAUUAUUAUUAUUAUUAUUAUGCUGCAUUUAAGAUCAAACUUUUCAAUUCUACCCCCACCAGCAUCAAAACUCCAUAGCUGCCCUUCAUUCCUGUGUCUCAGAAUGACGGAGCUUGCUUUGAUCACACCCAGAACCAAGUUGCGCCUCGGUUCUGCUUAGCAAAUGUUGCCCCGGCCUCAUCAGCAGCUCUGCCAAUUAGCCUAGGCAGCCACAGAAGAGCUAAUUAGUCUGGCAGGCUUCAUCUUUAAACACCCUAAUAGGGUGCCUAGAGAGCUGGAGGGAGGGAGGAGAGAGAGGUGUGUCUCUGAUAUAAUCUGAAUUAUUACUCUUGCCUUCUGAGCGGCGUCUCCUGCAGUGUGAAACUGCUGCAGUUCUCGGCUGAAGGAGGGUGAGCAUGGGAGCUUCUGAUCAAGCCACAGUUUCAGCAUCUGGGGGCCCUUUUGCCCAUUCCCCCCUCCCCCCCGAUGUGAAGAUUAAUUGUCAGAAAAAGUGUGUCUUGUGUAUGCAGUUUAACCCUGGUGUCUACGGAUUCUCCCCUGUGGGAAAAACAAACAAACAGCAGAUGCAAUCUGGACAUAUUCUGUCAGUUGGGUAUAAAACUGGGGAGACUGAGGAGAACAAGACUUAAGGCUGGUGGGGGAGCAAGGCACUUGAUGGGCAAAUUGGAAGGAUGUUAACUCCUUCAGUUUUCUCCUGCAAAUGUGUAUUCCCUGCAUUCCAGGGAGUUGGGCUAGAGCAGGGGUCAGGGGACGCGGGUGGCGCUAUGGGUUAAACCACAGGGCUUGCUGAUCAGAAGGUCGGCAGUUCGAAUCCCCGUGACGGGGUGAGCUCCGUCCCUGCUCCUGCCAACCUAGCAGUUCAAAAGCACGUCAAAGUGCAAGUAGAUAAAUAGGUACCGCUCUGGCGGGAAGGUAAACGGCGUUUCCGUGCGCUGCUCUGGUUCGCCAGAAGCAGCUUAGUCAUGCUGCUCACAUGACCUGGAAGCUGUACGCCGGCUCUCUCGGGGAUCAGCAAACUUUUUCAGCAGGGGGCUGGUCCACUGUCCCUCAGACCUUGUGGGGGGCCAGACUAUAUUUUUUUGGGGGAAUGAAUGAAUUCCUAUGCCCCACAAAUAACCCAGGUAUGUUGUUGUUGUUUAGUCAUUUAGUCGUGUCCGACUCUUCGUGGCCCCAUGGACCAGAGCAUGCCAGGCACACCUGUCUUCCACUGCCUCCCGCAGUUUGGUCAGACUCAUGUUUGUCACUUCGAGAACACUGUCCAACCAUCUCAUCCUUUGUCAUCCCCUUCUCCUUGUGCCCUCCAUCUUUCCCAACAUCAGGGUCUUUUCCAGGGAGUCUUCUCUUCUCAUGAGGUGGCCAAAGUCUUAGAGCCUCAGCUUCAGGAUCUGUCCUUCCAGUGAGCACUCAGGGCUGAUUUCCUUCAGAAUGGACAGGUUUGAUCUUCUUGCAGUCCACGGGACUCUCCAGAGUCUCCUCCAGCACCAGAAUUCAAAAGCAUCAAUUCUUCGGCGAUCAGCCUUCUUUAUGGUCCAGCUCUCACUUCCAUACAUCACUACUGGGGAAAAACCCAGGUAUGCAUUUUAAAUAAAAGCACACAUUCUGCUCAUGUAAAAACACCAGGCAGGCCCCACAAAUAACCCAGAGAUCCAUUUAAAAUAAAAGGACACAUUCUACUCAUGUAAAAACAUGCUGAUUCCCAGACAGUCCGCGGGCCAGAUUUAGAAGGCGAUUGGUCCAGAUCCGGCCCCCGGGCCUUAGUUUGCCUACUCAUGGACUAGAUGGUCCAUCACAGCUCUGCAAUUCUAUGGUUCUGUGUUCAAGUUCCACCAUAAAUGUGUGGCCAUGAGAGACUCUUCAUGGUUACAGUAAACGCAAGCUAGAAUAUAUUGUGCAUGCAACCUGGAAGAACAGUGCUCUUUGCGGGGGGGGGGGGGGAAUGAUUUCGGUGGGAGUGGUGAAUCGGUUUUAUUCAACACACUUUAGUGCAAGAAUUCUAGCAAGUUGAAGUGGAGCGAUUGAGAUUUGCAGGGAGUGUGUGAAGCCAUUUUCUAAUGUUGCUUCCCAUGUCGUACAUACCUCUUUCUGCUGUCUCCAGUCCAAACAGGCUUGGCGGUUUUGGGAAUCAAGCAAGGAAGCCUGCAAAACCUUUGAAGCCUUUUGCUGUGAUACCUGCAUAGCAAGGGGGUUUCUGUUAAAUCCCUGACAGAUGGCUGCCCAGCCUCUUCUUAAAAACCUCCAUUGAAGAAGAGUCAACCACUUUCCAAGGUCGUCUGUUGAGCAGCUCAUAACACCAGAAAGUUUUGUCUAAUGUUUAGUCAGAAUUUCCGUUCUUGGAAUUUGAAUCCACUGGUUCGAGUCCUUCCCUCUGGAGCAGGAGAAAACAAGCUUGUUCGCUCUUCCAUGUGGCAGCUGUUGUGAACAAGAAUCUGCCCUUUUCCCCUUAUGGGGUAUCUAAGAGCCCAUAUAGAGUCCUUACGUAGGUUCCCUAUUGGUGGGAGAAAAUAACAGAGGCCAACCAGAGAAUAUUGAGAAGCAAAGCAGCUCGUAAGCCUGAUCUUUAUGGAUCUGUUGCAACAGAGUCCUCACUCACCACACGCAGGAGGGAGGAGGAACCCAGAACAAUGGUGUGCAAGCCUUUAUUUAGACUUUUGAAACUGCCACCCUGUAGAUCAAGACCACCCCCAGAAACAUCAUACCUACAUCACAGAAAGGGCGGUCUACAGCAGAAAUCUGAGUGCUUUGUUUACCUCCUGUCUGCCAGGUUACCUGUUUAAUGGUCACUUGAUUGGAUUGCCUGGGGAGCCUGGCCAGUCUUUUGUAAUGAUAAAUACUUAGUUCCUGAGCUUCCAGACCCAUGAUUAUCUUGGUUGCCCUCCUCUGCACACCUUCCAGCUUCAUAGCUGUCAAGUGUCCCUUAUUUGAAGGGACAGUCCCUUAUUCCAGCGCCAUGUCCCACUGCUGUCCCUUAUUGAUGGAUGUCCCUUAAAUGUCCCUUAAAUUUCAAAGGAAGCAGCUCCUCUCCCUCCCUCCCUGCCGGCCAGGGAGGAGGGAGGCUCCAACUGUGUUGCUUGGCUGUGUUGCUCACCCAAUAAGAAGUCUAAGAACGGCUGGGGGGUGGAGCUUGCAUGCCUUGUGUGUGGCUAGUUAAUGCAAGCUGAGGGGUUUUUGAAUGCUGGAUGCCAUUUUGUUGGACAUGCUGCUGCAAACUUUGCAGUGCAAAGCCAGGCUGGGGAGCCAUCUUAAGUUGAGGCUGCAUAGGCCUUGUGGUGCAUGUGAUUCAGAUUCUAUUCAGUUGAACCUCUGGUUACAAAGUUGGUUGGACAGUGUUCUCGAAGCUACCAGCAUGAGUUUGACCAGACUGCAGGAGGACAGGAAGACUGGAGUGCCUGGAACAGGUGAGGCUGCAGGUCCCUUAUUUUGGCUGCUGGUCCCUUAUUGUCAAGGCUGCUGGUCCCUUAUUUUCAAAUCUGUAAGUUGACAGCUAUGUCCAGCUUGUCAACAUCCUUCUUAAAUUUGGGUGCCCAGAACUGAACACAGGACUCCAGGUGUGGUCUGGCCAAGGCAGAAUAGAGCGGUACUAUUGCGUCCCUUGAUCUGGACACUUGACUUCCGUUGAUGCAGCCUAGAAUAGCAUUCGCUUUUUUUGCUGCUGCAUCACACUUCUGACUCAUGUUAAGCUAGUGGUCUGCUAAGACCCCCUGAUCCUUUUUCAGAUGUACUACAGUGGAACCUCAGUUUUCAAACGCAAUCCGUUCUGGAAGAACGUCCAACUUCCGAAACAUUUGAGAACUGAAAGUGGGAGGAGCCUCAGUUCAAUAGGGAAGCUCAAAAUGGAAGCCGCGUCAGACGUUCGGGUUCCGAGAAACGUUUGAAAACUGGAGCAUUUGCUUCCAGGUUUUUGGCGUUCGGGAGCCGAAACGUUUGAAAACAGAGCCGUUCAAGAACUGAGGUUUGACUCUACUAGUAAGUCAGGUGUCCCCCAUCUUAUAUUUGUGCAGCUGAUUGUCUCUGCCGAAGUGUAGAAGCUUACAUUUGUACCUACUGAAACUGAUUUUGUUCGUUUUGGGUCAGUUCUCCAGUCUGUUAAAGCAUUUUGAACCCCAGACCUAUCACUUGGGGUGGCAGGUAUUUAGAAAUACAGUGGUACCUCGGGUUAAGUACUUAAUUCGUUCCAGAGGUCCGUUCUUAACCUGAAACUGUUCUUAACCUGAAGCACCACUUUAGCUAAUGGGGCCUCCUGCUGCUGCCACACCGCCGGAGCACGAUUUCUGUUCUCAUCCUGAAGCAAAGUUCUUAACCUGAAGCACUAUUUCUGGGUUAGCGGAGUCUGUAACCUGAAGUGUAUGUAACCUGAAGCAUAUGUAACCUGAGGUACCACUGUACCUCUGCCUUGUAGAAACAGAUGGCUCCUCACCUCCUUCUGUUCUCUCUCUCACACACAAAAAGAAGUUUAUUACUCUUUUUCCUUCUUCAUCUCUCGGCUCAAAUAAUUUCUUUCCACUUCCUGUAAUUCGGCCUGGAUGUCAGGUGGGGUCGCUAUGGCAACCCAUUUCCAUGGCUGCAAAUGGCAAACAUUUCCAGACAGUUGCCCCUUCUGGUGCCACAAAACACACACCUAGACAGAGCAAGCAAAUGUCUCCCUGGCAAAGGGGUGAACGUCUUUCUUCCUGCAAAAGGUUUCCAUCACUCCUGCCUGCUCAAACCGGGUCUCAACCAAGCUCAGAAACAGGGCCAUGGUUUUUGUCCCAGCGCAAGGAGACAAGGAGAACUGGAAUUUCUCUAAAAACAAGCUGGAUUUUCAAGCCAGCUCUGCAACAAAACGUUGCAGUUCGAAGUGUUCCUCUUCAGGGUUUCAGCAGCCGGUCAGGGCCUCAUCGAUGAUUCUGCACGCAGUCCAGUCUUCCUCCUGCACCAGCAGGCAUAGUCUUCCUUAGACCGCUUUGGGUUUGGGGCACUGAAAGUACGGCCCGUAAUUCAAACGAUAGUACGGUGGUACCUCUGGUUGUGAACGGCAUCUGUUCCGGAGGCCCGUUCGCAACUUGAAAGGAACGCAACCCGCGUCUGCACGGGUCGUGACUCGCCGCUUCUGCGCAUGUGUGUGACGUCAUUUCGCACAUCUGUGCAGGCGCAAGCGGCGAAACCCGGAAGUAACCCUUUCCGGUACUUCUGGGUUGACGCAACCUGAAAAUGCUCAACUUGAAACAAAGGUAACAUGAGGUAUGACUGUAUAGAAAUUAUUUGAAUUGCAGGUUAUGAGGUUUCAUAAGCCAGUGUGGUUAGAGUAGCUAGGCAGUGGCGGAGCAAGCCGACCAGGAGCAUGGGACAGCGCGCAUGCCCUGCGCCCUGGCGUGGGGCCAGCUGCCUGCAGGGUGCUCCGUGGGGCCUCCGAGGAGUCUGUCUGCCUCCUCUUCCCCCUCAGCUGCCCCACAGCUGAGGGGGAGGUGGUGGGCGGACCGUUUGGGGCAGCGCGGAGCCCAGGAGAGAUGCGUGGUUCAGGCGCACUGCAGGUCCCGUGGUGAGUGCUGCCUUGCAUUUUGUUGCCCCCCUCAGUGGUGAUACCUGGGGCUGCCCCCCACCCCGCCCCUGGAGCUAGGAUCUGGGAAACCUGGGUUCAAAUCCCCAAAGCUAUUGGGUGACCUUGGGCCAAUCACUCUCCUACCUCACAAGGUUGUGUGGGUGUAUUGGGAGAGCUCAUGUACUGCCCCAGCGUGAGCUCCUUGGAGGAAAGGCAGAUUUUGAACGUGAAUAAUAAUAAUAAUAGUAAUAAUUUAUUUAUACCCCGCCCAUCUGGCUGGGCUUCCCCAUCCACUCUGGGCGGCUUCCAACAAAAUAUUAAAAUACAGUAAUGCAUCAAAGAUUAAAAGCUUCCCUAAACCAGGGCUGCCUUCAGAUGUCUUCUAAAAGUCUGGUAGUUGUUGUCUUUGACAUCUGGUGGGAGGGCGUUCCACAGGGCGGGUGCCACCACCGAGAAGGCCCUCUGCCUUGCUCUUUUUCACCGUUUAACUGUUGCUUCUUCUGGGAAAAUCUUUUGGUUUACUAGGAUCUUCACUUCCUCCAUGUACCAAUACCACUUUCCUUUAGCAGACGUGGGCUUGGCUUUUGUGAGGCCCCAGAGCCUUCUGUUUCAGAUCUAGACCAUCUCCUAUGGUGGGUGCUUAUGGCAGAUGUAUUUGUACAUGGAGUUUGGCAACACACGCAGCUUCCUCUUGGCUUACAAGGCUUAUUAUUAUUUUAUUUAAUCAUUUAUUAUCAAUUAAAUUUGUAUACCAUCUUAUAACCGCAGGUCUCAGGGUGGUUGCAACAUAAAACCACAAUAUAAAAAGACAUAAUACGUAAUAAAAACAAAAACAAGGCCAUAAUCCCCCGCCUCCCAACACAUUUUAAAAGGGCACAAUUCCGAGCAGAAUCCAAAGUGUUGGUGCUGACCUUUCAAGCCCUAAACGGCCUCAGUCCUGUAUACCUGAAGGAGCGUCUCUACCCCCAUCGUUCUGCCCGGACACUGACGUCCAGCACUGUGGGCCUUCUGAAGGUUCCCUCGCUACGAGAAGCCAAGUUACAGGGAACAAGGCAGAGGGCCUUCUCGGUGGUGGCACCCACCCUGUGGAACGCCUCCCAUCAGAUGUCAAGGAAAUAAACAACUAUCUGGCCUUUAGAAGACAUCUGAAGGCAGCCCUGUUUAGGGAAGUUGUUAAUGUUUGGUGUUUUAUCGUGUUUUAAAUAUGUGAAGGCAGAGCAGAUCCAUCCUGGUUAGUAGCCAAAGCCUCCCUAGCCCGCUCCUCCUCCAUGAAUUUGUCCAAUCCUCUUUUAGAGCCAUUUAGAGCAUGAGUAGGCAAACUAAGGCCCGGGGGCUGGAUCCGGCCCAAUCGCCUUCUCAGUCCGGCCUGCGGAAGGUCCAGGAAUCAGCAUGUUUUUACAUGACUAGAAUGCUUCCUUUUAUUUAAAAUGCAUCUCUGGGUUAUUUGUGGGGCCUGCCUGGUGUUUUUACAUGAGUAGAACGUGUGCUUUUAUUUAAAAUGCGUCUCUGGGUUAUUUGUGGGGCAUAGGAAUUCAUUCAUUCAUUUAUUUUUCAAAAUAUAGUCCGGCCCCCCACAAGGUCUGAGGGACAGGGGACCGGCCCCCUGCUGAAAAAGUUUGCUGACCCCUGAUUUAGAGCAAUGACCCCCCCCUCCCCUUUAGACUUCCCAGCUCAGUGUGCAAUGGUUGGGGGCUGAGCCUAGGGAUGUUGGGGCUGAGUGUCGCUGUGCAGGGACACUUUCCUCCCACCUCCUUGCUUAUCUCCCCCCCCCCCACUUUGGAAGAGCCCCUGAACCUUGUGCCGUAGUCCUCCGGCUCCUGGACCAUCCCUUUUGUGGCCCGGGUGCUUAGAGCUCCUGUAGGUGGUUGGCAUGGCAACUUCAAGCACCCGCUUCCUCCUUCCAUAGAGAGAAAGAUGCUAGAGUCAACACCAAGCAGCUGCGAGGAGGGAGCAGGCUGCUGGCAGGUCACGCUCCCACCCGCUGGGUGGGCUUUUGUGGCUGCGGUUGUUGUUGCUGCUAUUUUAUUUAAAAAUCUGUAGAGUGCAUUCAAUGCACAGUGGACGCUUGGGUUGCGAAUGUGAUCUGUGCGGGAUGCACAUUUGCAACCCACAGUGGCGCAUCUGCGCACGCGCAGGUUGCGAUUCGGCACUUCUGCGCAUGUGCAAAGCAUGAUUUAGCGCUUCUGUGCAUGCACGAGCGCCGAAACCUGGAAGUAACCCGUUCUGGUACUUCUGGGUUUCGGCGGUCCGUAACCCGAAAAAACGCAACCUGAAGUGUCUGUAACCUGAGGGAGGACUGUAUAUUUCCCCACCAGCGGGGGGUCCUGAUCCUAAGAACAUAAAAAGAGCUUGCUGCAUCAGGCUGGUGGCCCAGCAAGUCCCCCAUAGGAGCCAACUCCUAGGGGCGGAGGGGUCUUUGGGCCCCCCAAUAAAAAAAUCGAGGGGGCCGUCAUCACCCCAAAGUUGAUGGGCAUUGCCAUUCAAAUAAUGUGCUUGCACAGCAUCAUGGGAUCAAUUAUAUGGGGCAGUGCUUACCUGGAAACCCCCCCUCCCCAUAUUUUAUUCAAGUUGGCACUCCUGUAGAAGAAGAAGAGUUUGGAUUUGAUAUCCCGCUUUAUCACUACCUGAAGGAGUCUCAAAGCGGCUAACAUUCUCCUUUCCCUUCCUCCCCCACAACAAACACUCUGUGAGGUGAGUGGGGCUGAGAGACUUCAAAGAAGUGUGACUGGCCCAAGGUCACCCAGCAGCUGCAUGUGGAGGAGCGGGGAAGCGAACCCGGUUCCCCAGAUUGCGAGUCCACUGCUCCUAACCACUACACCACACUGGCACUGGGGAGGCUUUUCCAUUUUCCUUGACCUUGCAGAGAAAUCAUUUGGUCAGUUUGGGAGUCAAAAUGAUUUCAGGGCUGUUUUCCUGUGCUGCUUCAGACAUGUGGUUUAUAUAUUUAUGUACAUGUUUGCCUGGUACAUUUAUGAACAUUUAUUAUAUAUAAAAGACCUUAAUUUUUUUAUUUCAAUAGCAUGCUGUGGGAGGGGGAACCCUCUUCAGCCUGAGGGCCAUAUUUUCUUUGAGGCAGCCUUUCAGGGACUGCACGGCAGUGGUGGGCCAAAGGGGGCAGAGAAGCAAAUGCAAUAUUUACUUUCCUACAGUAGUCUAGUUUCUGCGCACCACCCUCCUCUCAAACGUAGCAGAGUUGAAGGCCAGAGGCAAAAAACCUUGUUAUACAAAGCUUGGUCAGCAGGGAGGGUGACCUAGGGCUAGUCUUCGGGGGGGGGGGUCAGGUAGAGAGACCUGGAGAGCCACAUUUGAACCCAGGGUUUGUGAUUCCCCAGCAGGGUUUUAUUUCUCCAUUUUUCUUGGUUUGGAAUGCGUGGCUGUUGUGAAGAGGGGCGGAGGCAGCCGGUUUGCCUGGACAGCUGAAGUGUUUACAGCAGCCGGUGAAAUGAAAACUAGGGGUUUUUUCUAUCUCCUGCCCCCCCCCCCCGUGUGCAAGCCUUGGAGUAAGGCUGGCUUGAGCCGUUGAUGUUUGCUUUUUUGCGUCUGCCGUUGCCAUUUGCCUCCCCCUGGGAGUUGUUCAGGGAGGAUGCUGUGGGUAUAAUUUGAUGCUUUGGUUUUAAUGAGGAUGAUUUGACAAUACAGAUCGGUUCAGGAAAUGAAGGAUGAGAUGCUAAGUGCCGGCUGACGCUGAGUGUCUGAUGUUCCGAAGGGGGAAAGCAAACUCCCAGCCAGGAAGCUAAGGAAAGCUCCCCAAGAAAGCUAAAGAUGAGACGCGAGAGAUCUGUAAUGAGAUCUUCCGAUAUUUCCACUUUGGGUUGAAAGCAGGUUUCGUUCAGAGCUGUGGACCGCUGUCUCCCCACUUGCAAUUUCUUGCAGCUGGUGUUCAGAGGCGUACGAACACUGGCAGUGGGAGUAGUGAUCAUCAUAGCUAUUAUGGCUUGCAGCCAUUGGUAGCCUUGCCCUCCACAAAUUUGCCUAGCCCUUUUCGGAAGCCAUCCCAAGUUGACGGCCAUGGCUGCAUCUUGGCAGUGCAAAUUCCACAGUUUGACCGUGCACGUUGCAAAAGGAGUAGUUUUGUUUUGUUUUGAGUUAUUAAAGCAUUCAAAUACAGUGGUACCUCGGGUUACAGAUGCUUCAGGUUACAGACUCCUCUAACCUAGAAAUAGUACCUCGGGUUAAGAACUUUGCUUCAGGAUGAGAACAGAAAUCGUGUGGCGGCAGCAGGAGGCCCCAUUAGCUAAAGUGAUGCUUCAGGUUAAGAACAGUUUCAGGUUAAGAACGGACCUCCAGAACGAAUGAAAUUCUUAACCCGAGGUACCACCUUCUGAAUUGCUGGGAUAACGCACUCUUUACAGAGAGUUGGUUUUUCUCACAUUUGCAUAGGAUGGGAUGAGCCUGUCAAAAUAUCCGAUCGUCAGCUAUGAGAAGGGCUGUGUGAUGUGUAUUAUAUUUAGUCACUUGCUUCUGUAUUGUUAGAAAAAGCCAAAAAAAGGAAUGUACAGGCUGCGAGAGCUAUCUGAGGAUCUCCCUGAUGUAUUUUGGGACUGAUUCAGACAACCGCAGCAGGGUGGCUUGAAUGGGGAAAGAGGUGGGCAGCCUCCCACGUGGGUAGCUGCUUUGGGGAGAUGGGUAGCUCUCUACAUCCAGCCUUUGCCAACCUGCUGCAUUCCAGAUGUUUUUUACUCCUGGCUGUAGUCAGCUGGCUGUGGCUGAUGGCAGUUGUGGUUCAGAACAUCUGGAGGGAACCAGUAUGCUAGGUCCGGGGGUAACCCGAGCAAUACGGUCCAGGUCCGGUCCCAAAUCCAAGGGUUCCGCGAGGAGUCAAUCCAAGAGGGCCAAGGCAGGACACGUGGCAGAAAACCAGACAAGAUCAGGCACAGGAUCACAGGCAGGUUCUGGCAAACAGCAACGUUGCUCCCGCAACCUAGGGCGGGGUCCGACAGCCUUUUAUAUUUGUCGGGUAACGGCCGGUCCUGAUUCCCCAGCAACUCACCUCCCUGUCUCGCCUGAAGGCGAGCACUCCUCCUGCAAGUACUCAGGUCUCUCCUUCUCUCAGACCUCAGUCUCUGCAGCUCGGGAGACGUUGGUGGGUUACUAGACCCAGAGGCCGCCUCAGCCUCCCCUGAUCCAACUGGUGGUGGAGCAGCUGUAAGUGAUGGCCCAGCUGGAGGCAACGAGGUCAUCCCUGCAUCUGGAGCCAGGGCAGGCUCAGGCCCCUGACUUGGCUCAGCUGGUGUUUGCUGCAGGGGAACCUGUGCAGACUGGGAUUCUUCAGGAUCAAGCCCCAGACUUGGUUCAGAUGAUGCCUGAGGCAAAGGAUCCGGUGCGGACUGAGACUCCUCUGGUUCCGAGUCCGAGCCCAAGUCCCAGGCCAUCACAACCAGGUUGGCAAAGGCUGGUGUAGACCUUACAAGGCUGGAGAGACCCAUGGCUGGCCCUCCUGCCCAUCCACAUGAGAACAUAAGGAGAGCCUUUAGCUGGAUCAGGCCAGUGGUCCAUCUGCUCCAGCAUCCUGUUCUCACAGUGGCCAACCAGAUGCCCAUUAUGGGAAACCAGCAAGCAGGAUUUGAGCACAAGAGCAACUCUCCCUUCCUGUGGUUUUUGGCGCUGUGCACUGCUUAAUGUGGAACAUGAACCCCUUGUGCAUCCUUUAAUGCCCCUUGCAUACCCACCAGCAUUUAUCUGAUGAAAAGAGGGAUGUGCUAUUCCAUCAUCAUCAUCAUCUUUAGACCCUGCCAAUCUGACUUGGUUGCUCCGGCCCCUCUGGGUGGCUUCCAACAUAUAUAAAGACAUAGUAAAACAUGAAAUAUAAAAAAAACCUCCCUAGACAGGGCUGCCUUCAGGUGUCUUCUCAAGGUUGUAUUGUUAUUAAUCUCCUUGGCUCAGCAGGUUGCAUAACUCUGUACCCUCCAACAUUUCUCUGAUGAAAAUACGAUACGAUACUAUACAAUACGAUAAUCUUUAUUGUCACUGUCCCAUACAGAACAAUAUUGAAAAAAUCUACAUCAGACAUUCAAAACCAACAAGCCUGCUAUCCCAGCUAUCCCAGGCUGGUUAGCCCCCUAAAAACUCUGAUACCCCAUAAUUAAAUACAGUAUACUCCCAUAGAGACUACCUUACACUGCAUUUAAAACCAAAAUUGCGUUUGAAUCUCAGGCAGCUAGUCCUAGUCUUUAUAACCCUGUACCUUCUUCCAGAAGGCAAAAGCUGAAAGAGAUCAUUUCCGGGGUGCGCACUAUCCUGCGCUAUCUCUGCAGCUUUCUUAUGGCACCUGGAAGCAUAGAUUUGAUCCAAGGUUGGAAGAGUGCACCCAAUUAUUCUCUCCGCAGUCUUUACAGCCCUGGACAGCUUUGUUUUUUCCCUGACCGCGCAGCUCCCUAACUACACACACCUUAGGGACAUCCUAAGGAAAAGCAGGACAUUCCGGGGCAAAUCAGAAUCCGGGACAGCUUCUGUAAAUCCAGGACUGUCCCUGGAAAAUAGGGGCACAUGGAGGGUCUGUUGUUGUUCAUACAAUGUCCACCGGAAACAGCUGCUGUCCCAAACUUUCUCCCUGCUAAAUCCAGAGUUUUCUUAUGCUUGGAAAAUCUGGAAAGGACAGCUGCUCUGCUUUAAAAGCUCUCCUACCAGCUUUCCAUGGACACCGUUGUCUUCUGUUUUUUUUUUUAAGUGGGGUUUUUUUUAUGUGGAACUUCCUCUAAAGAAGUUCCUCUAAAGAAGCAUGGUUGCUUGUUGGGUUGAAAUAAACGACAGACGAAUGACAAGUGUCAUAUGGGAGGCAUCUCUCGAGCGUGUCUCGGGGAGUCCCUUUUAUUGAAUAUUACAGCAUUGCCACAUAUGUGCUUGUUGCUGAUUGGUUAACACGAAUACAAUGCAAGGGUUGCAUAUAGGCAUUAAUCAUCAAUAGAUUAAAGGUUGGGAAAGGGAACACAUGGUUGGACAGGUAUGAAAACCUCCUUAUUAAACUAUUACUAGUGAUUGAUAUUACAAGACUUAAAAGAACACAACCACCGCACUCCGCAGACGUGGUCAACCAUGCAUCAAGAACAGGUCAGGGUACGAUGUUUCAUGAACUCAAUGUGAACUAAACAUUCUAGGGUGGGUGGGUGAGGAAGCAAUGCUCCAGCUUAGAGCGGUUUGCCAGACUCAUGUGCAGAAGCAGAACUUCCCAUCAGUUGCUUGAAACAGCAACUGGGGAGAAUGGAUGCGAAAACUUGGGUUAAAAUCGCCUCCGGGACUGCUAGGGGACAAAUUGAUUGAGUAAAAUUGUGGAUUUCGUGGGCAAGUCUGUGUGGGCCCUAUGGCAGCUCGCUGUGUUUGUAUGAUUCGUUAUGCUCAAGGUACAGCCCUGGUCUCCGCUGCGUUUGGCCAGCCUGUCUAAGGAAUUGCUCCUGUAAGAAGGUGAUGGUGUGUUCAUGGAACAAUCAUCGUUCUUUGUGCUGUAAGUGCCACCAGAGGGAAGCUGCCGGCACAUUUAUGCCAGAGCCUGACAGCGCGUCGUGACGCUCCGAAAUGCGGCGGUUGCAUUCUGCUGGGGUGGUACAGGUGGUGUCUACGAACACAAGAAUAGGAAGAAGAUUUCGCACAGAGGAAGGGAAGAGGAGAGUGGCAGUAAUAAUGUCUCAUUUCCAAAGGAAAUGUUGUAAACACUGUCUGGGGUAUGCACUGACACACUGAGGCCUUUGGAUGGUAGCAGGUGCCCUAAAGUGGCCACUUAGGGACCAGCAAGAAAGAGAUCAAAAGAAGGACAGGUUUGCAUACAAAAUGUGUGCAUGCUGAUUUAUAGGCACAGGUGGAAAUCGAGGAAAGGUUGCUGUAAUUUAAACAGAAAUAGAAUACAUCUGGGCAGGAUGGUGAUGGCGCGUUCCAGCUCAGCCUGCCCUCCAGGUACUAAAGCAAUGGUUCUCAAACUUUUUUCUCGGUGCCACACUUUCGGAAUAAACAAUGGUUUGCACCACAGCAGAUGUUUUAUUGAUAAGAAAGACAUCGGAAAACAAAAUGAAACAACUCCUAGCGGUGCUUGAUUUAGAACACAGAACACAACUACUUUAUAAUACGUUUGUGGGGCAUCUGGAAGGUGCAAAACAAUGCAACUACACAUUCUGCAAAUUAAAAAUAAUAAUCAUUUUUUGGCUACUGUUGUUGGCAUAUGUCUGUCUUGGGAGACAAAGGGAGGAGGGCGUCUUUGUGGGUGAAGCCAAACUGUUGGAAGGUUGCAGCGCCUGCUGUGGCUGUAGAGACCGAUGCGGGAGAGACAUGUUUUGUUGCAGCCGGGGCAGAGCAAGGCGUCUGGUUGUUCUGACGCAGGUUCGCCAUGACAUUUCUUCUCUCUGUGCUACUCCCAGCUGUCAUUUUUCCACUGGUCACUGCUGUGAAUGCAUGACCUGACUACAUGUUUCCAGGCGGUCGUCUGCAUGGAAUUCCCACACAGUGGAGUUGAUGUUACUAUAUUAUACUAGGCUGAAGUGUUUAAAUGUUUCUUUGAUUGUCCUUGAAUCUUCCUGCUGCACUUGCCACCCUCUCCUGCCGCACCAAUAAUAAUAAUAAUAAUUAGUAAUAAUAAUAAUAAUAAUAAUAAUAAUAAUAAUAAUAAUAAUGAUUUAUUAUUUAUACCCCGCCCAUCUGGCUGGGUUUCCCCAGCCACCCUGGGCGGCUUCCAACAAAAUAUUAAAAUACAGUAAUGCAUCAAACAUUAAAAGCUUCCCUAAACAGGGCUGCCUUCAAAUGUCUUCUAAAAGUUUGGUAGUUAUUUUUCUCUUUGACAUCUGCUGGGAGCAGCGUUCCACAGGGCGGGUGCCACUACCGAGAAGGCCCUCUGCCUGGUUCCCCGUAACUUGGCUUCUUGCAGUGAGGGAACCGCCAGAAGGCCCUUGGAGCUGGACCUCAGGGUCUGGGUAGAACGAUGGGGGUGGAGACGCUCCUUCAGUUAUACUGGACCGAGGCUGUUUAGGGCUUUAAAGGUCAGCACCAACACUUUGAAUUGUGCUCGGAAACCAGCGUGGCUCUUGGUUCUUCAUCUUGAAACUGGACCAACUCCUUCAUGGAGAGCCAGCCUAGUGGUUCCCUCUAGAAGUUCAGGACUGCAAUUCUCAUCAGCCCCAACCAGCAAAGCUGUACGAUGCAGGAACUGACAGGAGCUGGACUCCAAAAUACCCAGACAGCCCCAGGUUGGCCAAGGCUGGAAAUUUCAUCCUAAGGUUUUCCACACGCCUAUGCUGAGCUCCGCCUCUCUUGCUUGCCACAGGAUAAGGAGGAAAUCCUGAUAUUGUUGUUGUUGUUGUUGUUUAGUCAUGUCCGACUCUUCGUGACCUCCUGGACCAGAGCACGCCAGGCACUCCUGUCUUCCACUGCCUCCCACAGUUUGGUAAAUGUCAUGCUGGUAGCUUCAAGAACACUGUCCCACCAUCCUGUCCUCUGUCGUCCCCUUCUCCUUGUACCCUCCAUCUUUCCCAGUACCAGGGUCUUUUCCAGGGAGUCUUCUCUUCUCAUGAGGUGGCCAAAGUCUUGGAGCCUCAGCUUCAGGAUCUGUCCUUCCAGUGAGCACUCAGGGCUGAUUUCCUUCAGAAUGGAGAGGUUUGAUCUUCUUGCAGUCCAUGGGACUCUCAAGAGUCUCCUCCAGCACCAUAAUUCAAAAGCAUUCAUUCUUCAGUGAUCAGCCUUCUUUAUGGUCCAGCUCUCACUUCCAUACAUCACUACUGGGAAAACCAUAGCUUUAACUAUACGGACCUUUGUUGGCAAGGUGACGUCUCUGCUUUUUAAGAUGCUGUCUAGGUUUGUCAUUGCAAUCCCGAUAUUAAUUGACUGUAAUUCCAGGGUGGUCUUGCAGGUGAAUAAGUCUUACCCAACCUUCUCACAUUCCCCUUCUUUGUGUCCCUGCCUCAGGAAGGCCUGAUGCUGUCGAUUUUGCCCAGGCACGUAGCUGACGAGAUGCUCAAGGAUAUGAAGAAGGAUGCCAGCCAGAAGGAGAUGCAGCAGUUUAACACCAUGUACAUGUACCGCCAUGAGAACGUCAGGUAAGGAGCGGGACUUCCUUUUGCAGGGAGUUCCACAUGCGAGGUGCCACUACCGAGAAGGCCCUGCCUGGUGCCGAGGCAGGUUUUGCUUCUCAAGGAGACACAGAGGGGAGUCUUUUGCCCAGAGCUCAGCAAACGAAGGAGGCACAAGGUUUGCAGCUGGGAAACUGAGAUUAAAGGCUAAUCCAAACUUCAUUUUGUGCUGUGCUUUCCAGGUGCACCUCCACACUUUAAAGCUCUGCGUCUGAAUAGGUUCGCUGCCGUCCCCAGAGCAUUCCCCAGGAAAAGCACCUCCAAAAACAGGGCUUACAUUGCAAGAAAUAUUGAAAUAUCUGAAAUAUUGUUGGUGCUGUACAUAAAUAAAACGAAUAGUCUCACAAUUUAGAAGUGUUGAGACAAAGAGGAGAGGGGACUUGGAAGGGAACUGAGGAAACUUCACGCAAGCUGGGUGAGAUGUAAAAUAGUAGCUUAAGCUGAGAUACAGGCAGACCAGAAGUUGGCACCUGUCUGUCUUGCGAGACAUCCGUGGAGACUGAUGUGAGAGAGACAUGUUUCGUUGCAGCCGGGGCAGAUGAAGGCAACCAGUUGUGCUACUGCAGUCAUACCGUGACAUUUUUUCUCUCAGUGCUCCUCCCAGUGGUCUUUCCUCCUCUGGUCACUGCUACGGACACACGACCUGACUGCUUGUCUCCAGGCAUUGCGGUCAUCUGCAAGGGAUUUCCAGUAAGCAAAAUAUCGCCAAAGCCAACAUGAGAUCUGAAUAAAGGUUAUAAUAAUAAUAAUAAUAAUAAUAAUAAUAAUAAUAAUAAUAAUAAUAAAUUUAUACCCCACCUUUCCCGGUUCAAAAACCGGGCUCAGGGCGGCUAACAACAAAUUUAAAACCCUUAAUUGUAAAAGCAGCAUAAAAUACAGUAUAAAAACAUGGGUAACAAUAAAAUUCAAAAUUCAGAAAUCAAUUUAGGGGAAAUCCAUCUAAUAAACAUUAGAUAAUCACCAGGGCUAGCUGGCUGAAUUGGUCCUACUUGGGCCAGCGAGGAGGCCAGGGGAGAAUUAGCUGUGGGGUCUCAGAGCGGGUGAUCUUCCUAAAAGGGGAGGGGGAAGGAAGAGAAGGGAAAUAAAAGAUCAGGCUGAAUUAAAAUUAAAAGCCAGGCGGAAUAGCUCUGUCUUACAGGCCCGGUGGAAGGAGGUUAAAUCCUGCAGGGCCCUAGUCUCAUGGGACAGAGCAUUCCACCAGGUUGGAGCCAUCACUGAGAAGGCCCUGGCCUUGGUGGAGGAUAGUCUGACUUCCUUAGGGCCCGGGACCUCUAAACUAUGGUUAUUCAUGGACCUUAAGGUCCUUUGCGGGGCAUGCCAGGAGAGGCAGUCCCGUAAAUAGUAGAAUCACCAGGCCGAAAAAGUCAAUUUUUGGAGGAAUCUAGUUGGCCCCCAACUUGGUACAGGAGCUUCUUGCUACAGCAGCUAUUCGCAUGACCUGCCAACCUAAUCUCCUUUGGUCCUUCUGUUUCACAGCAUCCUCUUUGCGGACAUCGUGGGUUUCACGCAGCUAUCGUCCUCCUGCAGCGCCCAGGAAUUGGUCAAGCUUCUGAACGAGCUCUUCGCUCGCUUCGACAAAUUAGCAGCGGUAAGUUUCCACGGCAGACCGUGCGUUCCUUCAGGAUUUGCCCUCUAGAAUGCUGGCCGGACUGGUUGAGUUGGGGAUGGGAUGUCAUGGGAACAGUCCUUGUUCCAGUUAUACACCGCUUUGUGUGUACAAUUCCUUCUCCUGUGUGGCGCCAGAGGCCAGGAACAGGAGGGACAUAAUUGCAUAGCUGUCAACUUACAGAUUUGAAAAUAAGGGACCAGCAGCCUUGAAAAUAAGGGAUCAGCAGCCAAAAUAAGGGAUUUUAGUCAAGCAGCUGAAAUACCAAGUUAAAAGGGACCAGAUAAUUUUGGAGAGCAGCGCCAGUUUUUAGCCCUUCGUUUCCAGAGGUUGCUGCUCAAGACACCAGCUGAUGAAACACUGCAAUUAAAGAACUACAAGCAGCAACCACUUUUUGCGCAAAACGAAGUCCAAGCUACGAAGAUGCUGCUGCAAUUCUGCAUCUUUUCUCUCGUGCUCCAUCUGCAGCUCUCAAUUCCAUCAGGCGGGGCGAGAGGAAGAGAGGGGAGGGAAAAUAGCGCCCAAAGUAAACCCGCAGAUCAGACCAUCUAUGCUAGUCUACCACUACAAAUCUAUGGGAGAAGCACUUGCGGUCCUUCCUCCGCUUUCCCCCUCUACGGUUAGCCCUUGGAACACCUGCCCGCGCCUCCGCCUCCUCCUCCUCCUCUUUCUGAACUGCUUUCUCUAUGGUUGCCCUCACUCUCCUCUCAAGGCUCCUCAUCAAUUCAUAGACCAUGCCAGGCUGCCCAUCUCAUCCGGGUCCUUCAGCGGCACAGCCGCAGUACGGCCUAGUGGGAGCGGCGGUGAGAGGCAGAGGGGAGGCCCCAGGCAGAGAUGCUCAGUUCAGCAGCCGCGAGGAGGAUGGUGGCGGAAGGGCCCGAGGCUUCCGCCAGUCCCGGCAGGGAGGGGCUCCCGGGGGCCAAGGCUGGUGAGAGGGGGCCAGAGGGGGCCGGGCCGGGCAGCCAAGCAACACAGUUGGAGCCUCCCUCCUCCCUGGCCGGCAGGGAGGGAGGGAGAGGAGCUGCUUCCUUGGAAACCCGGGAAAUUUAAGGGACAUCCAUCAAUAAGGGACAGCAGCGGGACAUGGUUCUGGGAUAAGGGACUGUCUCUCCAAAUAAGGGACGCUUGACAUCUAUGCACAAUUGCCCGAGCAGCGCUGAGUUCUGCCACCUUGUUUUCUUGGCCUUGUGGGCGUUCUCAGAAAAGCACUCCAUUGCAUGAGAUUAACAGCGCUCAGGGACUGAGAGGUUCAUAUCCUGGUAAACUGAUACCUUUAUAUAGCUGCGUUUCCUGGAAUAUCAGAAUAUAAAACCUAUUUACGAAGCCCAGGGACACAUUAUCCUCUGUUCUAAUUCAGCCUCCAUCAGGCUUUAGCCACUCUCUUCAGGAACAAGAGAUUUCAACAAGAGAUUAAGAAGAGUUUCCUGAGAGGGCGGGGGGGGGGUGGAUUUGCUUUUUAUCAGUGGAAGAGAACUGCCUCAGAAAUUGGGGCGGGUGGCGGGUUUUGCCUUGAUUAGAGAAUUUUAAGAAGAGGCUGGACGGCCACCAAUCAGGGACGCUGAAUUUCCAGUGUUGGCAGAGGGCUGGAUUGGAUGACCUUUGGGAAACCCCCUAACUCUGUGCUUGUAAAAAGCUGGGCACUGCUCUGGACCAUGGGGGAAGCUAGUGUGGCAGAAUCAAAGCAUAAGAUGAGCAUGGCUGUUGGAUCAGGCCAGGGCCGGAUUUAGGUUUGAUGAGGCUGUAGGGUAGUGAAGAUAAUGGGGCCCUUUAUAUGUCCAGCUGUCCUUUGUCUACAACAAAUUAUCUCUCUUUUUUGUGUUGAAUAUAUGCUAUAUGGUAAUUGAUGGACCUAAUAGGUAUCUAAAGCUAUUUGCACAUGUUGUUAUGCAACCAGUCCAUGCAGAAUGUAGGCACCCUAUAUACAGAAAUGAGCAAACCAGUGAUAUUUUAGGGAGCAGGCUAGCAGGCGGGGCCCAUUGCUUACAUCAUAGGAGCCUACACAACGCAAAACACCGUUGCUGUAUGUAGGUUUUAUUUUAUUUGUUUUUUAUCUUAUAUUUUGGAAAUGUACAUCCAGUUGUCUUUUUCUUUAAAUUUUUUGGGACCCCCAAGAGAGUGGGGCCCUAAGCUAUAGCUCACUUAGCUUAUACAGUGGACGCUCGGGUUGCGAACGUGAUCCGUGCAGGAUGCAUGUUCGCAACCAGCAGCGUUUGCAACCCGCAGCGGCACGUCUGCGCACGCGUGGGUUGCGAUUCGGCGCUUCUGCGCAUGUGCAAAGCGUGAUUUAGCGCUUCUGCGGAUGUGCUAUCACCAAACCCCGGAAUUAACCCGUUCCGGUACUUCCGGGUUUCGGCGGGUCCGUAACUUGAAAAAACACAACCUGGAGCGUCUGUAACCCGAGGUAUGACUGUAUGUAAAUCAGGCGCUGGAUCAGGCCUAAGGCCCAUCCAGUCCAGACUCCUUUCUCACCGUCUCCAACCAGGUGCCCCCACGAGAAGCCCAUAUGCAGGACCUGGGAGAGACAGCGCCCUCCCCAGCUGUGAUUCCUCCCAGUAACUACUGGUAUUCACACUGGUUCUGAUGGCGGAGCGAGAACAGUGGACAAGGACCCAAGGACAAUAGGUUUCAAAUCCCUGCUCAGUCACCUUUGCCCAGUUGCUCCCAGUAUAAGUUACCUCCCAGGGUUUGCCCUGGAACUGGCAGGCUAUGCACAGCCCUAGAAAAUACAUAUUUUUCCUCCAUUAAGAAACAGACAAAUAAAUGUAUAAACCUCAGUAUUUUUUGGUUUCUAAGAAUUCACAGGCAACGCUGGAUGCUCUCUGUGAGUCUGCUGUAUAUUUUGCAAACUAGUUCAUUUCUUCGCUAUGCUUUUCGACACCUCUUAAGAUGUCGUAACCAAGUUUUUCUUUCAUUUAGCUAUGUAUUUAUUUCUUGCCCUUCAUUCUAAGGUCCCACUGCUGGUUACAGCAUCAGAAGCAAUAUUAAAGCAACUUAAAAAAACUUACAACCAUAGAAAUACGGUUCCUGGUACCAAGGGGGCAUGUGUUUGUUUAUAUUUGAAUACAGUUGGCUGCCAUCUUGAAUCAAGAUGGUGGACUGAACUUUGAACAGCACUGAUUUUUUGGGUUUUUUUAGGAUUCCCAAACAGGGCUGGGGAGGAGCCUGCUGGUCUUACAAUAAAGAAGGGCUGAAUGCCUUCAAUUUUAUGACCUAUUAUAAUGCCAGCUGUUUAAAAUCCACAUUUUUGUGGCAGAGAAGAAUAAACCAUCAAUAAACACUGGAGCAAAACUCCUCCUUUGUCUGCCUGGGAGCAGUUCUAUGGAUGAUCAUUUGAAUCCUUUUUAAACUCACGUGAUAAUCCUUUUAUACUACCAAUAUUUGUUUGGGAAAUUGCUCCUUUUUUUAAUUACUCUUGCAAAUUUUCAUGGUUACCGUCCUCUGUUAUUUAAUUAAGGCCUUGUUCCGUUGGGAAAUAGACAAAACUGGGUUGGUAAGAUUUGUGAAUGCAACUCAGAGAGGAGAAACAGCUUCUCUUUAACUAAACAGAGAGGCUGAAUGGAUAAGGAAGGGUGUUUUGGGCUCCCAACGCUUUCUGUUAGGAGACUUCAUUCCAAGCCAUGCAAGAAAUUGUACCCAAAAAACCAGUUUCAGCAGAUCUGAAGGUCAGCAUGGAUAGAGCAGCCUGCCCUUGAAACAGAUAACUUUGAAUGUCAUCAAUAUAAAUACAAACGUUUUAAAUAUAAAUGUUUUAAGUAGAAAUAUCUUUUUACUGAUUGUUUUAUUGUUCUGUUCUUUAUUUAAACUGCUUUGAGGUGGUUCUGUUUUUUUGCGCUUAAGCAGGAUGUAAAUUUAUUAUGAAAUAAUAAAAUAAACAAUUUUAACAACUGCGGGUGCCGAUAACGUGGUGCUGAUUAACUCCAAGGUUGCAGGUUUGAUCCCCGUAAGGGGCAGCUGCAUAUUUUUGCAUUGCAGGGAGUUGGACUAGAUGAUUCUUGCUGUCUCUUCCAUCUCUACAAUUCCAGGAUUCUCUUCUUCUUUGGCCAUCACUUGUAGCUGAGGAAGAUUGUCUUCCGUAAACACAGUUUUAACAAUGAGUCCAUAAGUGACUGUGGAGGCCAAUUCUGGAUCCACAUGUCCUUCCAUAGCUGUCAACCGUCCCUUAUUUGGCGGGAAGGUCCCUUAUCCCAGCGCCGUGUCCCGCUGCUGUCCCUUAUUGAUGAUGUCCCUUAAAUUUCCCGGGUUUCAAAGGAAGCAGCUCCUCUCCCUCCCUCCCUGCCGGCCAGGGAGGAGGGAGGCUCCAACUGUGUUGCUUGGCUGCGUUGCUCACCCAAUAAGGAGUCUAAGAACGACUGGGGGGGUGGAGCUUGCAUGCCUUGUGCCGAUCAAAUCGGCCGCGUUGCCUGGGGACUCGCCUUUGCUCAGCGCUUCCCAGCGGAGAGGUGACUGUGGUUUUCCUUGCUGCAUUCCCUUUGCCGGGUUGCUGCGCUGUGGGAACCACCACUUGAGGCUUCGUUUGGCUGCUGGCUGGGCUUUCUGCCUUUGGCUCGGAGGGGCUCAGAAGUCGAACAUACCUGUGUUCAGAAAAUCCCUUAUUUUGGCUGCUGAUCCCUUAUUUUCGAGGCUGCUGGUCCCUUAUUUUCAAAUCUGUAAGUUGACAGCUAUGCGUCCUUCCACAGUGGGGACAUAGGUUUCCUGGUGGGAGUUGAUCAUGGUGUGGAUUUGCCAAGCGUGCCUUCCUCUUAGCAUGUUUCUCCCUUGUGUCCUGAAUUCGAGUGUUUUCAAAGCCCAUGACACCUUUAAACCUCUUUUGUUGACCACCAGCAUUACGCUUUCCAUGAGGCAGAUUUCUACAUUAUGUCCUGGCAACGCUCCACUGUUGGAAUUACUUCCUUUUCUUUUCCUUUUCCCUUUCCUGCUCUUCCAGAAAUACCACCAGCUGCGUAUCAAGAUCCUGGGAGACUGCUACUACUGCAUCUGUGGUCUGCCCGAUUACCGGGAAGACCACGCCGUCUGUUCUAUCCUGAUGGGCCUUGCUAUGGUGGAGGCGAUUUCGUAAGCGUUCCUAUUAAUACAUUUAUUUAUCUGGUUUUCAAAUUAACAUUUUACAAUCACAAACAUACACCACAAAAACAAGAUUCCAAGGAAUCUCCUGGAAUUCCCUCCUCCUUUGUGGGUCCUAUUAUUAAUCAUUUCCUCCUGCAUCUUUUAUGAUAAUAGUCCGAAUCUUUCACAUCUCCAUUAUAUCCAAAGUUCAUCAUUAAACUACUAACGAAUUUUAACUGUUUACAACUGUUUAAAAUGGUUUUUAAGGUAAAUUGUAAAUUUCCCCCAUUCCUAUUUAAAAUUCUGGUCUUCCUGAUUUCUGAUUCUUCCGGUCAUUUUUGCCAUUUUGGCAUAAUCCGUCAACUAUUUCGUAAGCAAUUCCUGCCUGCAGUUCCGGUAUUUUUGUGGCUCUUAACUCUUGGCAUUGGCUCUGGCUUCAUUUUUAUUUUCCAUCCAGAGCUUCCUUCCUUUCUCUGGAAGGACUGUUGGUAUUUCAUGAGCAGGAUCCGGAGGCAUGCUGGAAUGUUAGGCUGCCCCAAUCAAAGCACAUUUGAAGGCUCUAUCACACCAUCCCAACAAAUCCACUUCUUUCUUUUCUUUUAAUAAGCUUUUUUACUGUUUGGAAAGUGGUGGCUAAGUGCAGGGGAAAGUGUGGGAUGAACGGAGGAGUGGUGGGAAGACGUCUGACAUUCCACCCCACAAGGUGGAAUGCAAGAUGAACACAUGUUAUGUUGUUAUGUUAUGUUAUGUUUAUUUAUAUGCCAUCUUCCAGCCCAAAGGGCUCCCAAGGUGGAUCCCAGGAAUAAACAUACAAAUGCAAUAAUGAUGCAAAUGAUACACGUUCGAAACAUUCCAAGAGUAGUUUUAAAAAACCCCACACAUCCUUGUUCCUGCCAGAAAGGCAAAGGACAUUCCCUGCAAAAAUGUUGAGAAGGCAAGGAUACUUAAGCAACAUCUUUGUCUUAUAAGCCCUCGCUGCUUCCAGCAGACUCUGACCUACAGACAUUUGGUUAUCCCCAUAACCACAUCAGCAGGAAUGCUGAAUAAAGACCAGGUGUAAUCUGUUAGAAUUCCUGCUCCGUGAUUGCAGUCAUGGGAUUAUUGUCUUUCACAUGAGGGUAUAUGUUUUGACUCCACAGAGUGGGAAGUGACGGAGACAGGAUGUUUGUGUUACUGUGUUCCGUGAAGUGGGACUAUUGUCCUUUGUUCUUUUUCUCUUUGCUGUCUGAUGCUAGAGAGAGAGGGAGCCAUGUUGCAGUGAUCCGUGUGUGUUUAUAUGUAAAUAAAGUAGAUUAGCCAAAAUGCUGAGUUGUUAAGCAAACUGCGAAGACUCUGCAGAUCCCUAGGUGUGCCGAUGUCUGUUGACAUCGGUCGCUGUGAUGUUCGGGCAGGAGAAAGCUUUUGAAGCUCCGAUCGACCAGGAGGGAGAGAACAUGCCAGUCGGGCAUGUGUCUCUGCCAGGGUCCUACUCAAGUGUAGGACGAGCUCCUGACAAGUCUCUGCGUAAGCUUUGUGAAAGCAAAGCAGGAUGAAUGCUCAGUAUUCAUGGAUCUGCAAUAGCUCAGCCGGUAGAGCAUGAGACUAGAUGGCCCUCUGUGGGAAUGUUGAAGGUGGCAGGAGAGGAUAUAUUGUUUAUUAAUAUCCUUCCUAACUUGCGCUAGCAAGUUCCUUCACUUAGCAGAGUGCAUUCCCCUUCUUACGCAGGAGAAAGCUGGUCGCAAACUCGUGUGAGUUUCUUGAGACAAUAAGCAAUUCAAUCUGGCUGGUCCAGAUUGAGCUAUGUUCUAAUAUUCCUGGUAAGACCCCUUUUGAAUCCCUCCUAAAAGAAUAAAGACACCACAGUCCUAUUCAUAAGUAACAAAAAGUAGUUUUACUCGCAAUCAGGCAGAGCGCACUGUGAUCCCUGAAAGCAGGCUUUAGGCUUAAAGUUACAAACAUGUACAAACCGGUCUACCCCGUAUGGGAGAUAACCUGGGGAACUGCUGUGGGAGCCAGCAGUCCUGUCCAGCUGAUGCAGGAAGCAGGCAGGACGAACAGGAAGGUCGAAAAGAGGACGGUAGCAGCGUGACUUUGCCUUUUACCAGGUCUGGAAAGGUCACACCCACCUACUAGUCACAAGCAAGAGGAAGGAUGCUCCAGGCCAGGAGGAACAGGAAGUUUCAACUGGCUGGACCAAACAUCCCCUUGCAUGCCACUCUAGCAAAACAAGGAAUGUUGUACUUGACUGCUCCCAGUGGAUUACAUCCCACACCCUCGUGGUUCCUUCAGCUCUAUGAUCUGGAGGAAUCCUUCCUUCCUUCCUUCCUUCCUUCCUUCCUUCCUUCCUUCCUUCCUUCCUUCCUUCCACAAAGAUCCAUUGUUGAGAUGGUUUUCCUGGACCACUUUUCCUGCUCUUUCCUGAAAUCUGUGGGAUCAGAGAUUUGCAGCCCCAAAUAUGGCUGCUUCAUCUGGUGUGUACGGAUCUCCCAGAGGCAUGGACUUGCCUGUAAUAUUUCUCUGAUGGGUUAGGAUCUUUGGACCACCUCCCUGCCCUUGCCUGCCUUCCUUGAACUAAGCCAAGUAUUCUUCCUUCCCUGACUCAAGCCAGGAUUCUCACACCUUGUGGUUCUUCUCCUAAAGAGGUGGCCCAAAUGCAACUCUCCAGGCCCCUCUAUGUGGCCCUUGGGACAAUCACCAGGCCCCUCUCCCCAGGCCACACAUUGCCCCUUGCUCGCCUGGAGGGAGCAGAGAAAGGGGUGUGUGAAUGUAAGAGUAGAAACUAGCCUCCUAAGGGGGAAAAAUGGCAUUUGUCGCUCCACCCACUUUUGUCUCUCACUCCAGACAUUGCCAUGUGGCCCCCAGAAAGUUUGUCCAGAAGGGAAUGCUGCCCCCAGGCCCAAAAUGGCUCCUCUUAUUAACGCCUGGCGGCUUCUGAGCUGUGAGCUUUUAUAUGAGCUGGAGACCUUUCUCGACAGAUCUUCUUUCCACCCACAGAGUUCAUCACUAAACAAUCUCCCUCUCCCGCUAAUUAUUCCUCCUCAUUUUUCUAAAACAAAACUUGGUCUCAGGGACGGAAAGCUCUUAAUGUUUAUGGAAAAUUACCAGGGGAUAGCAGUGAAAGCUGGCUUAGUAGCUCGUUUAUAGAAACAAGGGACAGUCGUUUAAAUUCCAGGCGUGCAAGAAGGGAGAGAGGAGUGGUGGGCUGCUCAGCUCUGUUUUUUUGGAAACUCAGAUCUCUUUCGCUAUAUGAAUGAUAGAGUCCUUCACAGCUGAAGGAUCCCUGACAGAUGGCCACCCAACUUCUGUUUAGAAACCUCCAACGAAGGAGAGUCUGCCACCUCCCGAAAGAGUCUGUUCCACUGUCAAACAGCUCUUACUGUCAGGAAGCCCUUCCUGAUGUUUGGUGGCAACAUCUCACACCCCUUGUCCAGAAUCUAAUAGAGAUGUCUUCUUAAGGACACAGUAUAAACCUGCUAGAUCAGGUUGGGUGGCCCAUCAAGUCCAGCAUCCUGUUCUCACAGUGGCGACUCUCUUCCCUCCUGCGGUUUCCAGCAACUGGGUUUCAGAAGAGUUGCUUCCUCCAGCUGUGGAGGCAGAGCAGAACCCUCCUGGCUAGGAGCCAUCGAUAGCCCUCUCCUCCUCCAUGGAUUUGUGGCCAUCCCUGCCUCUUGGGGGAGGGAGUUAGAUGUGCCUCUUCAGGCCUGCUGCUCAAGUUUCCAAACUUCUGGCUCAAAGUCGUUUUUUAAAAGUCAAACACAAGGGUUGUGUGUUUUUCCUAUUAAGCGCAAUGAUUCUUCUUCUUAUCAUCAUCAUCAUCAUUAUUUCUCUCUCUUUCCCUAUUAUCUGUCUAUCAUCUAUCUGUCUAAUUUCUCUCUCUCAUCUAUAUCUCUAUAUCUAUCUAUCUCUAUCUCUAUGUAUCUCUCUAUCAUCUUUCUUUCUUUCUUAUAUCUACCUACCUAUCUAUCAUCUAUAUCUCUAUCAUCUAUCUAUCUAUCUAUCUAUCAUCUAUCUGUCUAUCAUCUACCUACCUACCUACCUACGUAUCUAUCUAUCUACCUACGUAUCUAUCUAUCUAUCUAUCUAUCUAUCUAUCUGUCUGUCUGUCUAUCUAAUCUAUCAUCUAUCUAUCAUCUGUCUAUCGAUCUAUCUAUCUAUCUUAUCUAUCUAUGUAUCAUCUAUCUAGCUAUCUGUCAUCUGUCUAUCUACCUAAGUAUCUAUCUGUCUGUCUAUCUAAUCCAUCCAUCUGUAUCAUCUAUCUACCUACAUAUCUAUCUGUCUGUCUAUCUAUCCAUCUAUCUAUCUAUCUAUCUAUCUAUCUAUUAUCUAUCUACCUACAUAUCUAUCUAUCAAUCAAUCAAUCAAUCAAUCUAUCUAUCAUCUAUCUAUUUAUCAUCUGUCUAUUUAUCUGUCUAUCUAUCUAUCUAUCUAUCUAUCUAUCUGUUUCUACCCCUAUCAGCUGCCCUUCACCCUAAUGUCCCAGAGCAGGUUGCAGCAUUAUAAACAUAUUAACCAAGACAACAAGAACACGCCAACAGCAUACAAAUCAACAUGGCUAACUUGCUCCAACAACUGACCUCUGUCCCGCAACGCACACGUAAACAAACCUUACUGCAGUCAGCUGAAGGCAACUAACCAUGCCCUGGGGCCCCCAGCCCCUCUCACUGAAAGCUAAUAAAUGAAAAGAAAGGGAGCCUAUCCAUGUGAUGCUGACACACAAAUCUUGCACAUACACUAUGGAAAAGAGGGCAGGUUUGCCACCCCCUUCUCUCCCCCCACCUCUCUUUCCCCCUAACCUUAUAUUGUAUACAACAUUUAAAGUGUCACAUUCAAUAGAACUGUACAAAGGACUUCAUGAUCUGAAAAGAGAGACAAUGUGUUGUUUAUUAUUAUUAUUAUUAUUAUUAUUAUUAUUAUUAAUGAUUAUUAUUUGAAUUUAUAUACUGUCCUAUAUCCGGAGGUUUCAGGCCGGUUCGCAGAACAAAAUCAAAAUAUAAAACCACAAAAUAUAUAAUCAAAAUAAAAACAACAACCCAAUAACACCCCCCCACAACCCCCCCCCCCACAUUUUAAAAGGGUAUAGGAUAGGGGACUUUGGUAACCCAAGAAAAUCUUUAAUAAAAACCAUUUUAAAAACCCAACAUUGACAACAAUUUAAAGCAACUUGCGUUUGAAACCUUUAAAAGUGUACAGGCGAAGCAACCAAAGGAAUGGCAAACGAAUGCUGGCUGGUUGUCUGUGAGCUGCUGGGGGCAGAUUUUUGUUUCUCAAGAAUUGAAUUGUGUGUUCGUUGUCAUCGUGGGCUCCUUCCUCCCCAGCUACGUCCGAGAGAAGACCAAAACAGACGUGGACAUGCGCGUGGGGGUCCACAGCGGCACCGUCCUGGGCGGCGUCCUUGGCCAGAAGCGCUGGCAGUACGAUGUGUGGUCCACAGACGUGACGGUGGCAAAUAAGAUGGAAGCCGGGGGCAUCCCAGGGUGAGAGGAGUUUCCCCACUGCUUCCUAAAUGUCCUGUGUCUGGGAUGGGGACCAUUCCAGCAUGUUAGGCUUGCUAAGAUGUAUAAGACUGAAUCAGAUAAGUGCUGGAGAUGCAAUGAGGUUGAGGGGUAUCUUCUUUCAUAUGUGGUGGACUUGUAAAAGGGUAAAAGAGUAUUGGGAGACAAUUCAUAAUGAACUGGGGGAAAAAAUGUUUAAAAGCACUUUUCCAAAAAAACAACGACCAGAGUCCUUUUCGUUGGGGAUAAUUCAGACAGAAAUCCCCAAGUGUCUAAAAAGGUUAUUUAUGUAUGCCACUACUGCGGCCCGUGUUUUGCUAGCCCAAAAAUGGAAAACGAGCAAAGUCCCAACUAAAGAAGAAUGGCAACUUAAACUGAUGGCAUAUGCUCAGCUUGUGGACCUUACAUAUAGAAUAAGAGAACAAGGAGAACAUAUGUUUAAAAAAGAUUGGAAAAUGUUUAUUGAAUAUAUGGGGGGAAAUUGUGUAUAUUUUAAAAAGUUGACAACAUUAAGAUAAAUUCAACAGUGUAGAUAAGUUUUGAUGGAUGUAAUAAUGGAAUACUGAAUUGUUUAAAGGUAAAGGUAAAGGGACCCCUGACCAUUAGGUCCAGUCGUGGCUGACUCUGGGGUUGCGGCGCUCAUCUCGCUUUACUGGCUGAGGGAGCCAGCGUACAGAUUCCGGGUCAUGUGGCCAGCAUGACUAAGCCGCUUCUGGCAAACCAGAACAGCGCACGAAAACGCCGUUUACCUUCCCGCCAGAGCAGUACCUAUUUAUCUACUUGCACUUUGACAUACUUUCGAACUGCUAGGUUGGCAGGAGCAGGGACCGAGUAACUGGAGCUCACCCCGUUGUGGGGAUUUGAACCGCCGACCUUCUGAUCGGCAAGCCCUAGGCUCUGUGGUUUUGUUUAUGUAAAAUAUGCAGGGAUUUAUGACAUGCAAAAUGAACCAUUGAAAGAGAAGAAGGGAAAUAUUUUAAGGUUGUUUAAAUGAAUACUCUUAAUUGUGAAACAGAAAAUUUAUAUAUAUGGAAAUCAUUCCAGCAGGCGAGAAAGAAGAGAGGACAAAAGAAAUAGGAAAUACAGAGAGAAUCGUGUUUCUUUUCAUAAACUCAUGCUAUACAGCCAUGGUGGUCUAGUGGGUUGGACAGCAUAAACCCCCAGGUACAAACCCCCACCCAGCUAUGACAUCCACUGGGUGACCUUCGGCCAGUCACCUUGUUGUUUAGUCGUUUAGUCGUGUCCGCCUCUUCGUGACCCCAUGGACCAGAGCACGCCAGGCCCUCCUGUCUUCCACUGCCUCCCGCAGUUUGGUCAAACUCAUGUUUGUAGCUUCGAGAACACUGUCCCACCAUCUCGCCCUCCGUCAUCCCCUUCUCCUUGUGCCCUCCAUCUUUCCCAACAUCAGGGUCUUUUCCAGGGAGUCUUCUCUUCUCAUGAGGUGGCCAAAGUAUUGGAGCCUCAGCUUCAGGAUCUGUCCUUCCAGUGAGCACUCAGGGCUGAUUUCCUUCAGAAUGGAUAGGUUUGUUCUUCUUGCAGUCCAUGGGACUCUCAAGAGUCUCCUCCAGCAAGUCACCUUAACCUACCUCAAAAGCUUGUUGCAAGCAGACUAUUUUUUGGGGGGCGGGACUUUUUUUUGGGGGGGGGAACUAUAGCCAAAUGAAAGCUAUAGUUCUCAUUUACCUGCUGCAACCAUUCCAUAGAGCUGAAAGCACAGAGAGUCAGAAGGAUUAAUCUGCAGGAUAUUAAGCAUUUCACUGGUUCAGGUAUUUAGCAGGAAGCCCAGAAUUCUUACCCCAUUCUGCCUGCGCAGUAGAAUAAGUUGUAGCAAGGAGGAUUUGAAUGAAAGGCAAGGGAAGGAUAAUAAAUAAAUUGUUGUAAAAUAAGUUGUAAUACAAUAGAAAGUAAAUGGCAGUUACGGCGGCAGGUCAAGGAAGACAACAGGAACAUCGUGGACGUAAGCAGGGGAAGUCAAAAUGUAAGAAAUUGUUCACUGAAAGUGAAUUGAAUAAUGUCAAGUUUUGUGUCAAAAGCUAAUAAAAAUUAUUUUUUAAAAAAGAAGGCAAGGCGAGGAGGAGAAUUCAACAUACAGAUACAUGGGUUUUGUUUUUGUUUUUUCAAAUUUUUAAAAAUUAAAUUUUCCAAAUUUUAAAACAAACAUAUCAUCAAACAUAAAAAGAAAACAUCCAAAGAACAAACAAACAAACAUCCUAACUAUAGAAAUUCCGCUUUUGUUAACAUUGUUAGAUGACUUCCUCAAAUCCCUCUGGCUGAGUUUCCAUAUACCGUAUUUUUUGCUCUAUAAGACUCACUUUUCCCCUCCUAAAAAGUAAGGGGAAAUGUGUGUGCGUCUUAUGGAGUGAAUGCAGGCUGCGCAGCUAUCCCAGAAGCCAGAACAGCAAGAGGGAUUUCUGCUUUCACUGCGCAGCGAUCCCUCUUGCUGUUCUGGCUUCAGAAUAUUUUUUUCUUGUUUUCCUCCACAAAAAACUAGGUGCGUCUUGUGGUCUGGUGCGUCUUAUAGAGCGAAAAAUAUGGUAAAUCAUUUUAGCAGUUUUCCAAAACUAAUUUUACAUAAAAUUUACUUAGUCCCAUUAACAUCUUUCUUUCUUUUCGUUUUAACUUUUAUCCAUAGUAUUCUACAACAUCACAUAUUUAAAUCCUAGGCCGAUUUGGUACUCGCAAGUAAUUCUGUUUAAGUUAUCUCAACAUAUUUAACUAAAUAGUCUUUAAAUUUCUUCCAUUCAUCUUGAUACUCCUCCUCCUUCUGGUCACAGACUCUUCCAGUCAGGUCGGCUAGCUCCGAAAAGUCCAUCAUCUUCAUCUGCCAUUCUUCCACUGUUGGUACUUCUUGUGAUUUCCAAUUUUUGGCCAGCAAAAUUCUAGCAGCAGUUGUGGCAUACAAAAACAAUCUGACAUCUUUCUUGGGCAAUUCCAAACCUAUUAUUCCAAGAAGAAAGGCCUCUGGCUUCUUAAUAAAUGUAUAUUUCAACAUUUUUUUCAAUUCAUUAUAAAUCUUUUCCCAGAAGUUUUUCACCUUGGGACAAGUCCACCACAUAUGGUAAAAAGUACCUUCUUUUUCUUUACAUUUCCAACAUGGAUUAUCACUCUUAUGAUAAAUCUUUGCUAGUUUUACAGGGGUUAAGUACCAUCUAUACAUCAUUUUCAGAUACAUGGGGUUGAUUUUUUUUACCGCUUCCCCAUUAUACGUGGAACGUGUUGUUUUGCACAUUGAUCUUCCGUGCUGGCUCUAGAACAGGGGUGAAGAACUGUGGCUCUCUGGACUCCCAUCAUCUGUGACCAUUGGCCAUGCUGGCAGGGGCUGAUGGGAUCUGGAGCGCAGCAACCUCUGGAGGCCUCUGGCUCCCCACCUCUUGCGCUGGGGCUGUCUACUCGGCCGUGUUUCCCCUCCCUCCUUGCAGUUGCUACAAAGCACAAAUAAAUGUGUGCUCGUAAGCUGUCAGAAAUUGUUGCUUCGGGGCAAGGAUCAGGCCAAAGAGUGAAACGCAGUCAGCCGAGAAGCAAAAAGGAGCUAAUGAAUGUUCAUCAUUCCGAGAGGGUCAAUGGUGAGGGCCUUUCGUGCGUCUGCUUUGGAGGCAAAGGGCUUGGCUAUUAAUAGCGCUAUCUGGGCUUUAUUUAGAAGUUGCAGUACCACCCCCACAGCCCUGAAAUGCUAAAGGACUGGCCAGCUGUGGCUUCUGUGAAGGCCGGAUUUGGGGAGUUGUGUUCCAGCAUUGCUGCUUGACAGCGAAAAAGUAUUUCAGAGCUGGGAACUAUGUGCCAUCCAGGUUUUUAUCCUAUUCAAUUCCUUUAUGUAUUAACAAUGAUCUGUGUCCGGUUCUGGGUGCCACAAUUUAAGGAGGAUAUCAACAAGCUGGAAAGUUGGGCAGAGGAGGGCAACUGAGAUGAUAAUAAUACAGUGGUACCUCGGGUUACAUACGCUUCAGGUUACAGACUCCGCUAAUCCAGAACUAAUACAUCGGGUUAAGAACUUUGCUUCAGGAUGAGAACAGAAAUAGUGCUCCGGCGGUGCGGCGGCAGCAGGAGGCCCCAUUAGCUAAAGUGGUGCUUCAGGUUAAGAACAGUUUCAGGUUAAGAACAGACCUCCAGAACAAAUUAAGUACUUAACCCGAGGUACCUCUGUAAUAAUAAUCAAUUUUAUUUAUACCCCACCCUCCCCAGCCAGAGCCAGGCUCAGGGCGGCUAACACCAGUUAAAUUACAGUAAAAACCUAAUAGGGAAAACCAUGCAAUUUAAAAUGAAGCCUCAUUUUAAAAGUAGCCCAUAGAUCAAAACCAUAAGGGGAAGGAAACAUAAAGGUCAGACCGAGUCCAAACCAAAGGCCAGGCGGAACAGCUCUGUCUUGCAGGCCCUGCGGAAAGAUGUCAAGUCCCGCAGGGCCCUGGUCUCUUGUGACAGAGCGUUCCACCAAGUCGGGGCCAGUACUGAAAAGGCCCUGGCCCUAGUUGAGACCAAUCUAACCACCUUGCGACUUGGGACCUCCAAAGUGUUGUCGUUUGUGGACCUUAAGGUCCUCCGACGGGCAUACCAGGAGAAGGGUCUGGAAAGCAAGCUUUAUGAGGAACGGUUGAGGGAAUCAGGGAUGUUUAGCCUGGAAAAGAGGAGACUGAGAGGAGAUUGGAGAGCCAUCUUCAAAUAUCUUAAGGACUGUCACAUGGUAGAGGGAGCAAACUUGUUCUCUCCUGCUCCGGAGGGUUGGACCCAAACCAAUGGAUUCAAGUUACAAUAAAAGAGAGCCCAACUAAACAUCAGGAAGAACUUUCUGAUGGUAAGAGCUGUUUGACAACCAACAAGAGGUUGGGUGGCUUUCUGCCAUGGAUGCUUUAGCUGAGAUUCCUGCAUUGCAGGGGGUUAGACUAGAUGACUCUGGGGGUCCCUUCCAACUCUACAGUUCUGUGAUUCUGUGAAUUUUUGUACACCACAAUUUCAUUAAAAAACAAACAAACAUCCAAGCAGUUUACAACUGUAAUACAACUUCUACCAGCACCAGCCACCCAUGACCAGGGCAUGAUGGGAUUUGUAGUCCAACGACAUCUAGAGUACCACAGAGGUUCCCCGGCCACGCUCUGGCUUUUCCUGCAGUCUCCCCUUCCGCUAUCUCUGACCUCUGUCCUUGGCAAUGACCGCCUUGCCUUUGAUGUGGCCCUUACAGGCGUGUACACAUUUCUCAGAGCACAAUGGACUGCCUGAAGGGGGAGUUUGAGGUGGAGCCGGGAGACGGCGGGGCCCGCUGCGAAUACCUGAAGGAGAAGGGGAUCGUCACCUACCUCAUAGUGGUGACCAACAAGCCGCUCAAGAACGGGAUCAACGGUGUGGUGAGUGUUCUUGGCUCAUAGGGACAGAUGUCCCAUUUGUCCAACGUUAGGGCUGGCACCGCAUGGAUCCGGCGGAGGCAAAGGAAGUUUGGCCUUGCAGUGCUCUGGGAAGCCUUCCGGUUCCUUUUUUUAAAAAUAUAUAUACAUUUUUAUUGAUUUUUUAACAUAUCAGUUCCAACAGUCAUACAACAUAUCUUCUCAUCUUAUACAGUGUUUUAGACGUCCGUCAACACCUCUGAUGAUUUUCCGUUCUUUAUCACUUAUUCUGCAUAUCUUAAUUUCUAUAUUGCAUUUAAUUGUCCUUAACUAAUAAUUCUUUUCAUAGUCUUUCUUGUAAUAUUUCAGAUAAUACACCUUAAAAAACUUCUUGCAAUCCUACCAGCGUAAUCUGUUCAUCACAAUUACUUUUCAAAUAGUUCAUAUAUUUACUCCAGUCCUCUAAGAAUCUCUGAUCCUGGCAUUCCGGUCCCUACGUUGCAGUAGAUUGGGGAGUAGCCAAUGUGGUGCCCUCCAUCUCUUGCCGGACUCCCAUCAGCCCCGGCCAGCAUGGCCAAGGGUUGUGGUCCAAUAAAACCUGGAGAGCACCAUGUUGGCAAACCCUGCCCAGAACACUGAGAAAGCUGAGAUUUCUCCAUUGCAGUGGGUUGGACUAGAUGACCCUUGGCUCCCCCUUUCAGCUCUACGAUCCAUUUCCAAGCAAGGAUGAUGAAAGAUCAGCCUUGCUGUCAUUUUCUUGCACCAGAACUGGGCUGGUUGGCGAAUCGGACGUUUAUGUUACAAGUCUUUCCCAAGCUGGUGCCCUCUGGAUCUUUAAUAAUAAUAAUAAUAAUAAUAAUAAUAAUAAUAAUAAAUUAUCUCUACCCCGCCCAUCUGGCUGGGUUUCCCCAGCCACUCUGAGCGGCUUCCACAAAGACAAAUAAUAAUAAUAAUAUUUCAUUUAUAUCAUGCCCUCCCCAGUCAAAGCCGGGCUCAGAGCAGCUAACAACAGUAAAAAUAGCACAGUUUACAAAAAAUCACAGUCAAUUAAUUGAAAUACAUUCUAAAAUCAAUUCAUUCUAAAAUCAAAUUAAUGGCAACCAUUGGGCUAGAUUUCUAUGAGGAUUACCAAAGGAGAGAGGGGGUCAGACUGUGCCUUGGCCAAAGGCCUGGCAGAACAGCUCUGUCUUGCAGGCCCUGCGGAAAGAUGUCAAGUCCCGCAGGGCCCUAGUCUCUUGUGACAGAGAGUGUUCCACCAGAUCGGGGCCAUGGCUGAAAAGGCCCUGGCUCUGGUUGAGGCCAGCCUAACCUCCCUGUGGCCCGGGAUCUCCAAGAUGUUUUUAUUUGAAGACCGUAAGGUCCUCCACGGGACAUGCCAGGAGAGGCGGUCCCGAAGGUACGAGGGUCCUUUAAAGGUUAAAACCAGCACCAUAAACCUGAUCCUGUACUCCACCGGGAGCCAGUGCAGCUGGUAUAGCAUCGGGUGAAUGUGAUCCCACGGCGAGGACCCUAUAGGGAGUCUCGCCGCGGCAUUCUGCACCCGCUGGAGUUUCUGGGUCAGUCUCAAGGGCAGCCCCAAGUAGAGCGAGUUACAAUAAUCUAGUCUGGAGGUGACUGUCGCGUGGAUCACAGUGGCAAGGUCAAGGCGAGAGAGGUAAGGAGCCAACUGCUUAGCUUGGAGGAGAUGAAAAAAUCCCGCCUUUGUUAUAGCUUUGGACUACAACUCCCAUUAGCGCCAGCCAGCACUCCUGAUGGGAGUUGUAGUCCUUGGGGAAGGCUGCUGCUGUAGGCGAACGAGUGACAUGAAAAGGGAUUUGAUUGCAGGAGGCUGCUUCUCUGCCUCAGGUUGUCUCCAUGUUCUACAUUUCCAUUCCAAUCCACUUGGGCGCUGAGGAUCAAUAGUUGAUUAACAAGCCUAGUUCUCCGUUCAGCCGGGAAUCUAAAUAGCCUGUCCCAGCGGGCUAAUUGCUCUCGGGGUUAAAGAGGAUGCCUUCCGUUAGUGCCGUGCUCAAAAUUUCAGAGCCGGUAGCCACAAUGGCCGUGCCUGCCUCUAUAGUUGAGAGCAACAAUUCUUCUGAAUAUCGGUUGCUGGAAACCCCAGGAAGGGAGAGGUCUCUUGGGUUCGAAUUCUGCUUGCUGGUUUCAGACAGGCAUCUGGUUGGCCACUGUGAGAACAGAAUGCUUUUGGGGGGGGGAAAAUCAUUUAAAAGCACCACUGGGACAUGAAAUUUAUUACGGUCAGAGACCAGCCUGAGAAACACAAAUGGAACUACAAUCCCAAAAGCAAAACAAACAUUUAAAACAACACACAGCAAUGGAUUUUAGGUUUAAAAGUGCGAUAGGCAUAUAAACACACAAAAACUUUAAAAUAGACUACUGUAGAGGAAUGACCCAAAGUUGCUCGUCGAUCUGGGUUUGGGAAUUUUCUUAACAAACUAGAUUGAAUCAGGGGGUGGUCUGUGCCUACAGAUCUGUGCGCAGAAUCUGGCGACAAUCCUGGUCAUCUUGUGGUCUUUGCCUAAGAGGAGAAGAUCGAAUUUUUGCUUUACUGGGAGGUCAGCAAGCCUCACCAGCAGGGGGUCAAUGGUUUCUCUACGUGCCUCAUCCUAAAAGGGACAUCAAAAAAAUAUGUGUUCAGGGCUUCCUAUCUCCCCCAAAGGACAGGCGCAAAUUCUCUGGAAGUACCACUGUGUUUAUUUGAAAGGUUUAUACCAUGGGUAGGAAACUAAGGCCCGGCUGGGGGCCGGAUCCAGCCCAAUUGCUUUCUAAAUCUGGCCUGCGGACGGUCCGGGAAUCAGGGUGUUUUUACAUGAGUAGAAUGUUUCCUUUUAUUUAAAAUGCAUCUCUGGGUUAUUUGUGGGGCCUGCCUGGUGUUUUUAAAUGAGUAGAAUGUGUGCUUUUAUUUAAAAUGCAUCUCUGGGUUAUUUGUGGGGCCUGCCUGGUGUUUUUAAAUGAGUAGAAUGUGUGCUUUUAUUUAAAAUGCAUCUCUGGGUUAUUUGUGUCGGAAAUCAAGCCUAUAUCGGGAGUAACUGGCAACACUCCCAGGCACCCAGCUUGGUCUCCUGUUGACCUCCCUGUCUGCAUUCCCAGCAAGAUCCAGGCUAGGUCGCGAUAGGCGAUUCUUCUCAGCGUGAGAAGAACACACCCCCUCCCUCCUGCUCUCCCGGCAGGGAAAAGGAGAUAGACAGAAACGUUUUUACAUGCUUUUAUUUCUGUCUUUGAAGCAUAACAGAAAACAUGACUGCUCUCUUCAAGCUCCAGCAGUCGAGAGACAAAAGCUUCCUGUACUUCCUGUACAAGAGCAAGAGGAAGAGCUGAUAUUACACUCUGAGCUAAUUCCAGUGUAUUGCCCUGUGAAUUGACUGUCCCUCUGUUUCCCACGGAACAGUCCCAACAUUCCAUCAUGUUUUGUUUUCAAGCUAGCACUUUGCAGCUGCAUUGCUUCUAUAUCGUAACAAUUUGUGGGGCAUAGGAAUUUGUUCAUUUCCCCCCCCAAAAAUAUCUGAGGGACAGUGGACCGGCCCCCUGCUGAAAAAGUUUGCUGGCCUCUGGUUUAUACCCUGACUUUCCUAAAUAUAGUAAGGUCCAAGGCAGCUACUGACAUUGUGAUUAAAAUGAUUAAAUUAAAUCAAAAUGUUAAGCCAGCCUUGGGCAACCUGGUGCUCUCCGGAUAUUUUGGACUAAGGUUCAGAAAAGGGCAGCCAGAAUGAUGGAUGGAGCCACUCCUGUACGAGAAUAAUAUUGCAGCAUUCGGGACUUUUCAGUUCAGAGAAAUCAGAAGCGAAAGAGGAUGCGAUAGAAGUUUAAAAACAGGAAGCAUCCCUCUGAAAAGCCCCCAUAUGCGAUUCAAAAUAAAACUUUAGAAUACAAUUUCAUUAUAAACAAAUGAAAUUGGGUGGGAGUGGGAGGAUACAGGCAGACUCUUCCUUAGCCCCACGGAACGUCCUUCCCCAACUUGCCCCGCCCCGUGGCAGCUGGCCCCACCCCCAUGGGCUCCUGGCCCCGCCCCUGGGCACAGAGCACAUGCGCCGCCACCAGGCGCCCAAUUAGCUUGUUCCGCCACUGGCCUCAGGAGCUCCUCUCUAUUCCCUGCCUUGGACCUCCUUUGCCCAUGUCCUUGUUUCCCUCUGCAGAAGCUGUCUGUCUCUUCCUCGCACGGCGAGUCGCCACAGCUGAUCAACACCAAGGAGUGCAACGGGAGCAUCAACACCACUUGCACGACCCCCGAUGAGGCCGAGGAGUCGGACACCAGGGUACGAUGGGGCUGGGGAAGGCCGAGAAAGAGCCACAAGGCCAGAACGCACCACUCAAAUGCUUUCCCCAAGGAAAGCACAUGGAAAUUGAGAAUUUAUUUAUUUUUGAAUUUGCAUUUUAUUUAUUUGUUAACAUUCUUAUAUUACAUCGGUAAACGCUGUCAUAUUACAUUACAGGACUUACUAUAAUAUGAUUUCCAACAUGUAUACAAAAAUUAUAUACAAAUUUUAUAGACCUAGAAAGAAAAUGAAACAAAAAAAGAAAAAGAAAAUACAAAACAAAAACAAUUCCCCCCCCCACAAAUCAUAUACAUACCAACACACUAGACUUCCUGUCCAUCCCGUUGUAUAUUCCUUUUUUUACAAAUGAAUGUACUCUUAUUAUUGUAUAUUUCUUUACAUUUUAUCUAAUCCAUUCCUAUAUCAAUAUGUGCUCUUAGUCUUAUUUCUCAACUCAGUCUCACUCCAACGUUAAUCAAAUGCUAGCAUAGAUAGUGAACCUUUACUGUAUUUUUGAACAUACGUUUUAUAUCUAUCCCACUUUUCCAUAAUUUUUUGUUUUGAAUUGCCUCUCAGGAUAUUGAGAAAAUUUGCACAGCUGGGCAUACCUAACCAGUUGCUCCCCUCCAGCGCACAACAGAAAUCGCCUGAGGCGAUGCACACUUUUUUACAAAUGUAAAAGCACAAGUUGUUUGUCUGUUUGUCCGAAGCACGUUUCCCUCUCCCUUCAGCUGAGAGAGGUUCCCAGACUGGCUUACAAAGAUCAAUAAUGACUAUCAUAAAAAUAAUGGAGCCACAGAGCCGUAAAAAAGAUGACAAAAUUCAAUGGGAGCCUCAAGGAUCUACACACCAGUCACUGAAUAUGCUGGAAUAUCUGGGGAUUUAUUUGUUUUUUUAAAGCCUUUGAUAGUUGAGGACCCUGCAGGCAUCUUUGGGGAGAAAAGCAUCCCAAAGGGGUGUCAAAGCGUUGUGAGAUUUCACAAGGAACUGACCAUGUGUUCUCACACCUAUUAUUUCCAGUCUUGAGGGCUAGAAACUUGGCUUUGUUUUAAGUGAAAGUGUUUAAGUGUUUAAGUGUUGAACGCUUGAACUCUGUGUGCAGUACCAAUGACGAAGAUCCUGAGCGGAAGCAAAAACAAAUAGAUGUAGAGCAGAUAGAGAAACUUUGGGAUGGAUUUACAGGAGGAAAGGCUUCUCUUGUUUUUGUUUCACUUGCUUGCAUCCUGCCUUCAGUCUAGGAUGGCUUAAUCAACACUCACCCUUGAGUGAGCUGUCUCUCCACAAACACACACCACUUCCUGGCCCCUGGUGUGAGAUUUCACAUUUCCAUUCCCUUUUAAAAACAUGAAAUUUAUGUGCUGUCUUUCCUGCAAGGAACUAAGCUCACCCAGCCUAAGUUCGCUUAGCGGUCUUUGUGAUUUGAGUGGGAAUUUGAACCCCUGGGCCCCCAGGCCCCAGCCUGGCACCCUAACCACUGCGCCAAACUGCCUCUUCCCUUCUGCUCAGGUGGUGAACCCCUCCUUCCCCAACCCGCGGCGGCGCCUGCGCUUGCGUGACCUGGCCGAGAGGGUGGUGGACGCCUCCGAGAACGAACAGGAGCUCAACAAGCUGCUGAACGAGGCCUUGUUGGAGAGGGAGUCUGUGCAGGCGUAAGUCUUCCCUCCUCACCACACCUUCGAGCGUGUCUGGUGUGGUUGGGGGUUGGAGGGAGUUGUGGUCAGAAGCAGCUGGAAGGAACUGGGUUAGUGCCCAUGUACGGAAGUCCUUGGCUAUUUUCUGUUAGGGUUUUUAGACCUUUAGACCAGCCACCUUUCUUCCAUCAUGGAACCCAAGGUGGUUCUUCAGCGGUCUUCCACCCAGGCUUAGCAUCGGCAAGGCGAUGCAGUUGUGCAGCUGUAAGCACUAACUUGCUUAGUAGACAUGCCAACAAUCCUACUGUUCAGUACUGGAGAGCUCUGAAGCGCCUAGCCCGAUAUUUGAAGGGGACUUUGCACUACAGGCUGAGGUUCACCAGCCAGAAGACUGGAGGUCUUGAAAUCUUUGCAGAUGCAAGUUUUGGAAGUGACACCACGGAUGGUACAAGCACUUCUGGAGUGUGCUACAUGUACAACCACUGUCUGUUUGACUGGCUGUGCAAAAAGCAGGCGACAGUAAGCCUAAGUUCCUGUGAAGCAGAACUCAAUGCCCUGUCAUUUUCACUCAUGGAUUGUGAAUGGCUGAUGCAACUGUUUCAGGACAUCAAGGUUUCUGUGAAAGAUAGAUCCUGUUUGGCUUUGCUGAACUCAGAGAGUUGCAAGCAAAGAACCAAGUACUUGCAGAUUAAGUUACAUCGUGCAAGAGAGUGUAUUCAGAAAGGACUCAUUCAGGUGUCCUACGUGCCAGGAAAUGAAAUUCCUGCUGAUCUGUUGUCUAAGGUUGUUAACAGAGAACAACUUAAGGUUUAUGUACAGAGGUUGCAAUUGGUACUACAGGUACUACAGGUUACAUGGAAAGGGGGAGGAUGUUAGGUUAUAGUUCCGUUCCACCUUAAAAGGCUCAGGCAUGAUUGUUGUGUAUCACAUGCCUGUUUACUUCCAGCACUGUCUGCUGGGAACUUCCAUUUUGUAUAUAGCUUUUGUUUCUGGCUGUUUUCCUGGACACGGAGGCAAGCAGUCAUGUUUUCCUUUGUUCUGAAUUAUGUUGAAUAAAGCUGUAAAUAUGCUCUCCUGUCAGCAUCUUUUGUUAUGGAGACUCUGCUGGAAGCGUGUGCACGGGUCGUGGAAUGUCUCUGAGGUUCGUGUUGCUAAUUGACUGGUGCUGUUCCACGGGAGACCGGUGAUCGUCCAGAGACGACUGGGGGCCUGCCUGAUGCCUCCGUCUCCCUGGCAGUAUCCCAACAGUGUGUCCUCAGACCACGUCCCGGGAGCAAAUACCUGAUUUACCAUUUUGGAAAAUGGAAACCUGAGGUUCUCAGGAAGCAGGGCACCAGAAAGAAGUCUGGAGGCCAGACCAGUGUCCUACCUGGUCCAGCAUCCUGUGGCCAACUGGAUUCUCCCAAGGGAAACCCGCAACCAAGACCUCAAAGCAAGAGCCCCCUCUCCUCCUGUGGUUCCAGCAACCAGCAGAUGGAAGCAUAGCUUCCUCCAGCAGUGGAUUCCCAGGGUUUCCCAAAACUCGGCUCUGCAGCUCUUGUUGGACUACAACUCCCAUCAUCCCCGACCACUGGUCUUGCUAGCUAGGGAUGAUGGGAGUUGUAGUCCAACAACAGGUAGAGACCCAAGUUUGGGAAACGAUGGGGUGUCGAGCAUAGCCAUCAAGGUUAGCAGCCCUUGAAAGCCUUGUUCUUCAUUUGGAAGGCUCAGAUAGGAGACAGUGAAAAAAUGCCUUAGAUAACCUGGUUGGCUGGCAUCCGUCUGUCUUGGGAGACCAGGGGAGAGUGCACCUCGGUGGGUGAAGAAAACCACUGCCAGUCAGAGUAUGUAGCACUGAUCUAGAUGGGCCAUGGUGUGAUUUUGCAUGAGGCAGCUGUACAGUGGACCUGAGGACUCUUCUCCUGCCCAAGGACAUACAGGUCAAACUUGAAAAAUUAGAAUAUCAUGGAAAAGUUCAUUUAUUUCAGUAAUUCAACAUAAAAAGUGAAACUAAUAUAUGAGAUAGACUCAUGACAUUGAGAUUGUUAAUUUGGGGUUUUCAUCAGCUGCAUGCCAUAAUCAUCACAAUUAUAACAAAUAAAGGCUUGACAUAUCUCGCUUUGCAUGUCAUGAGUCUAUCACAUAUAGUAGUUUCACCUUUUAAGUUGAAAUAAAUGAAGUUUUCCAAGAUAUUCUAAUUUUUCAAGUUUUACCUGUAGAAGGAUGGUCCAUCUAGGGCAGAAUCCUGCUCUCACAAUGGCCGGCUGCAUGCCUGUGGGAAGCCUACAAGCAACAGCACUCACCUGUCAGAUUUCCAGCAGUGGAGCUGGGACAUAGCUGUCCUGCAGACCUUCUAGGAAUCGUAAGUUCUCCUCACGUCUCUUGUUUCUGGCAGGAUGAAGGGCAGAUCCACCUAUCGACUCUCCAUGCGCUUCAUCGACCCUGAGAUGGAGACCCGGUACUCCGUGGAAAAGGAGAAGCAGAGCGGGGCAGCCUUCAGCUGUUCCUGCGUCGUCCUCUUCUUCACCGCCCUCGUGGAGAUAUUCAUUGAUCCACAGUGAGUGCAGCUUGGUCAAAAAUGACAUGGGUGUCAAAGUGCAUGCCGUAGGUUUGCAUGAUCAUUGUAAACCAUUUCUCUCUCUCUCUCUCUCUCUCUCUCUCUGUGUGUGUGUGUGUGUGUGUGUGUGUGUAUACACACAAAAUAAAAUGAUAACAAAAAUAAGAAAGUGGAUCAAUGCACCCUGUUGCUCUAGUGUAACAAAUUCACCAACACACACACAAAACAUUUAGGAAUGUGGGAUGAACAAUGGGAAGCCCUAUAAACACCCCCAAGCAAAUCAGGAUGGAUGGAUUUGCUGCAUUUUAAUGUUUUAAUGUUGUAUUUUAAUAUUGUUUUUUAAGUUGUAUUUCGAUCAAUUGUUUUAUAUUGGGUGUUAGCCGCCCUGAGCCCGGUCUUGGCUGGGGAGGGCGGGGUAUAAAUAAAAUUUAAUUAUUAUUAUUAUUUAAUAUGUUCAAACAUUCAAGAUUAAAAAACAUUGGGUAAGUUUUGUGUAGAGAUGUGAAGAGCUGGGAAAAAAACCCCUGGAAAUAUGGGGGGACAUUUUCUCUCAUUUCCCCCCUUUUUUCAGAAUCAAGGAGGGUGAGGGACUCAGAAAAAAAUGGGGGGAGAAUGGGAUUUCCUCCGCUGCAAUUUUUCUAUCCCUGCCCCCCGCACCAGGUUUCACAUCACCAGUUUUGUGCAAGAAAGCUGGGAUGAAUGCUGAAAAAAGCAGACUCUCUAGAGACCCCCUUAACCCUGGAAAGCUCAGGGGCAGCCCUGUGAGUAGCCUGAAGCCGGCGGAACAUCUGCUAGAGGCUGAUGGGAAGGUCUGCUCUUUCCACCCACGUUCCAUCUUAAGACAAUGAGUGAGCGUAGGCUGGUUUUCUCCAGAUGACUCUCUUUGCACAGCAUUCAAAGUUCGUGGGGAAGUCACAUGAUGCUGGCUGCUUAUUGACCCUGUGGCUAACCACUGCACCACACUGCCUCUCACUAUAUGCUUUUAGAUUUAUUUAUUUUCCUGCCGAGAAUUCUGCUUCCUCUCAAGUCUCUGUAGAGCAAUGGAUCCUUGACUUACAUUUUGCCUUUCUCUUUUUCUUCCUGCCUUGCAGGCUGAUGACAAAUUAUGUGACGUUCGUUGUCGGGGAGGUUUUGCUGCUCAUCCUUACCCUCUGCUCUCUGGCUGCCAUCUUCCCCAGGGUAAGGGCCUCUCCCCACAAGGCCUCUCCCCUCCCCUCUCAACACACACACACACACACACACACACACACACACACACACACACACUGAAUGCGCAGUCAUUACUCAAAUGCAUCCAUCAAAUGUAUAUUGUGCCCUUUCUUGCAAUGGAGCUCAGGGUGGGCUUGUGGGGAAAUAAGACUCCUGCGCCCCAAGCAAAUCCUUCGGCACUGGGGCUCCAUGCUUCCCCAGGACUCAGCCUGGGGGAAAUGUGCUUCCAUUGUGUUGUAUCCGAAUUAGCGCUGGGUAAUGUGUCCCAUGAGCACUAUCAACUCCCCUAUCCUCUCGCACACGUGUUCAUGCUUUAGUUAUCUCCCGCUUGGACUACUGCAACACUCUCUACGUGGGGCUACCUUUGAAGGUGACCUGGAAACUGCAACUAAUCCAGAAUGCGGCAGCUAGACUGGUGACUGGGAGCAGCCGCCGAGACCAUAUAACACCGGUCUUGAAAGACCUACAUUGGCUCCCAGUACGUUUCCGAGCACAAUUCAAAGUGUUGGUGCUGACCUUUAAAGCCCUAAACGGCCUCGGUCCUGUAUACCUGAAGGAGCGUCUCCACCCCCAUCGUUCUGCCCGGACACUGAGGUCCAGCUCCGAGGGCCUUCUGGAGGUUCCCUCCCUGCGAGAAGUGAAGUUACGGGGAACCAGGCAGAGAGCCUUCUUGGUGGUGGUGCCCACCCUGUGAAAUGCCCUCCCAUCAGAUGUCAAGGAAAUAAGCAACUAUCUGACUUUUAAAAGACAUCUGAAGGCAGCCCUGUUUAGGGAAGUUUUUAAUGUUUGAUGUUUUAUUGUGUUUUGAAUAGUCUGUUGGGAGCCGCCCAGAGUGGCUGGGGAAACCUGGCCUGAUGGGCAGGGUAUAAAUAAUAAACUAUUAUUAUUAUUAUUAAUUCUAGGGGUGCUUCCGGCCCUCUGGAACAUAUUUUGGGAAGGUGUGGUAUGCCCCCAGGUUGUGUGUGCGGGGGGGGGAGGGGUACCAGGGGUCAUCUAGCCCAACCCCUGUGGGGCAUGGCCCUGGGUCCGAGAAAGGGCUUCUCCUCCAGCUCUGCUUCGAAUGCCUUCCUCUCCCUACAGGUUUUCCCUAAGAAGCUUGUGGCUUUUUCCACGUGGAUCGACAGAACGAGGUGGGCCAGAAACACCUGGGCCAUGUCUGCCAUUUUCAUCGUCACCAUGGCGAACAUCGUAGACAUGGUAAGCAAAUCUUGCGGAAGAGCUCUGCCUGCCCUCUCCAAAGCACGGUGAAAAGAGUCGUUCUGGGAUGUGCGAAUGUCUCACUUAGCACUGAAGGCAAGCCGGUGGUGUUGUUUCCAAAAUAUGGCAUUAUGCUAAAAGCAUUGUGUCUUGGGGUGGGGCAGCCACACUCCUACUGGCAGCUUUCUGACUGCAGUUGGACAAAAGUACAGUCAUACCUCAGGUUACAGACGCUUCAGGUUGUGUUUUAUUUGGGUUACAGACCUGCCAAAACCCGGAAGUACCGGAAAGGGUUACUUCCAGGUUUCGGGGGUCGCACAUGCGCCGAAGUGCCGAAUCGCAACCCAUGCGUGCACAGACGUGCAGCUGCGGGUUGCGAAUGCUGCGGAUUGCGAACAUGCAUCCCACACGGAUAAUGUUCGUAACCCGAGCGUCCACUGUAAUGGGCAUCUGUGCUACAAGGACAGCUGUCCCCAUCUGGGUGACUUCCAGGUGAUUUGGACCACAGUCCUUGGUCCCACAAAACAUCUGGAGGGCACUGGGUUGCUUUUCGUGGGAAAAGGAAAUGCAUGGUUUUGAGACACUUGGUUUCAAAAGAAAUAUUGCUUAACAGAAAGUGGAGAAGAUGCAUGUGAAUGUCUUAAAUAGCUUUUUUUAAACGUAACCGGCCGAUGGAAAAUCGGAAGGCCAUUUGAGUUUCCUUGAUUUCUUCUCUUCUCUUCUGGGUGGAACCCUGUGCCACCUCGACUCUAGCCCUGAACGCGCAGAGGGUCCAUUGGGGAGGGAGUCCUCAUGGGCCCGAAGUCUCCCCAUCACCGCCCUCCCCUCCCCUCUUUUUCCUGACAUCCCUGUGAACUCUCCCGCUUCUGGUUUGCAGAGCAGUGCGGUGCAGAUCAUUAAGGGAAAUUAGCAGAAGGCCAGCUGCGGCUGGUUUAUUUUUAGAACCUGUUAAUAAUUGGCCAGACCUUGAACCCUUCCCGGCUGACGCGGCUGAUACGGAGGCGCUGCCAUUUACACGCUGGGAGACCUUGAGGAGCUUUAAGAAGGCCUCUGGGCGCUGUGGGGUGGAUUGAUGGGGAGGGAGAGAGCUCUGAUCUCUCUUUGCAAAAAGAAAGAAAGAAAGAAAGAAAGAAAGAAAGAAAGAAAGAGAAAAACACAAGGAAAUCUCUGUGCGUCUGAGCACACUCUACCUCCACACACCUUUAACGUGUGGUUGACAGAGAUGGUGAACGAUCAUAGUAGUUUGGCGAAAUGGACGAGGAGAGAUAUUGGUUGAGGGGUUGGAAGAGCAAGUGUCCCGGACCCUGAAAUCAUCAUCUAAGGCCCUUCUUUGUGUCCCUCCUCUGUGAGGGGUCUGGAGGGCAGCAACACGAGAGCUGGCCUUUUCUGUGGUGGCUCCCUGCUUGUGGGAUGCUCUCCCCAGGGAGCUUUCCCAGGUGCUUUCAUUAUACAGUCAUACCUCGGGUUGAAUAUGCUUCAGGUUGAGCGUUUUUAAGUUACACUCCGUGGUGACCUGGAAGUAAUGGAACGCGUUACUUCCAGGUUUCGCUGCUCAUGCAUGUGCAGAUGUUCAAAAUGACGUCAUGCGCAGAAGCGGCAAAACACAGCCCACACAGUCGCAUGUUACGUUCUACUCAGGAUGCGAACAGGGCUCCAGAACGGAUCCUGUUUGCAUCCAGAGGUACCACUGUACACUUUUAGGCGCCAUGCGACGAUGUUCCUCUUCAAUCAGGCCUUGGGAUUCUUGCGAAGCGCUCUGAGAUCUUUUGAUUAAUGCUGGGAGACCCGUUUUCCCUUCUAAGAGGUACAUUUCCCAAAGUUCCCCAAGAAGAGGGAUUGGUCGUUAAACCACUCUGGGAAUUGUAUCUCUGUGAGGGGAACAACUCUCAGCUCCUUUAACCGACUACAUCUCCCAGAAUCCUUUGGGGGUGGUGGGAAAGCCGUGACUGCUUAAAGUGGCAUGAUGUUGAUUUAAAUGUUGUGACCCGAGAAACCAUCAUAUUUUUUUUCUCAGCCCUCAGAAUGACAGUGUUGUGACUCUUUUUCACCCUCUGGUGGCUAGGGAUCUUAAAACAAAUCUCCCUGAGAAAUCUGUUUCCAAUGGGUUGGUUUGUGCAAAUUCAGCAGGAAGAGUUUAUUUAUAAGAAUUAUAGCACUAAGGAAGGAGGUGGGUGAAUGGGUAGAUUUGAGCGAAUUCCGUUUUUUAAGAAAGCAAGAAUACCUGAAGAGUGUAAGAAGAAUCAUCUAGUUCUCCUAAAAGCCAGCUACUCCACCCACAAGUUUCCCAGCAGGAAGAAUUAAAGUGAUAAUUUCGACAAACUUACUGAGUGAGAUCCAUCGUUCUCUCUGAGAUGAAUGCUUUCCUUUGCCAGAGACUGGGCAGGUGAGGAAGGUCAGUGGCUGAAACGGAACAAGCACCAGUUUCUGUUGUGUCUGAUGAAGAUGGUUUUAUUUUGGCAGGCUUUGGGGAACUGAUUUCUUUUGAUAGAUACGUUUUAAUUCCAUAGAUAGUUUCAUUACUUCUAAACAACAACCUUCUGUUAAGUUUUUAGCUAUGUGUGUUUUAUCUGUGUUGGUUUGAAAACGUUGCAAGCUGCCUCGAGUCCCAGUUCUGGAGGAAAGGCAGGACAUAAAUAAAGGAACAACAAUAACAGCAGCAACAACUCAACUGCCGUAGGGCUGGGUGAUAUAUUGCUAUAUCACCCAAAACCAGUUUGAAGUCCAUAUCGUGAUACAGUAUUGGUUUCGUGAUUUUUGAACCGGCAAUAUAUUGUGAAUCAUGCUUUGUGUGUGUUGCAAAAAUCACAAUGUGGGGAAAACCGUGAAGCCAGCCCAUGCCUCUAUAUAGCACCGUCCCUAUUUUAGACAUCGUGAUAUACCAAUAUAUCGCGAUGUUCAGCUGGAGAUAUAUCACAAUGUCGAAAACCAGCUCCAUCCAUUGUGAUAUACUGGCAUAUCACGAUGUUUAGCUGGUGAUAAAUUGUGAUGUUGAAAACCAGCUCCAUCCUUCUUUCAGACAUCACGAUAUACCAGUAUAUCACAAUGUUUAGCUGGUGAUAUAUCGUGAUGUUGAAAACAAGCUCCACCCUUAUUUCCAGUACCAGUAUAUCACAAUGGCCAGCUGGCGAUAUAUCGUGAUGUUGAAAACAAGCUCCAUCCUUAUUUCAGACUGUGAUAUACCAUUAUAUCGUGAUAGUUAGCUGGCGAUAUAUCGUGAUGUUGAAAACCAGAUAUCGCCCAACCCUAAUCUGCUGUUUCUGCCUCUGCAGCUUAGCUGCCAGCAGUAUUACAAAGACACCUUUUACAACAGCACGAUGCAGGCACUGCAAGACGGGGGCUGCGUGGAGAACCCCAAGUACUACAGCUACAUCACCGUGUUGGCGCUCAUCGCGACCAUCAUGCUGGUGCAAGUCAGCCACAUGGUCAAGCUCACCCUGAUGCUCAUGAUUACCGGUUCGGUGGGAGUGGUCAACAUCGUGGCCUGGGAGCACAUCUUCGACAAAUAUGACGAGGAACGGUUCCAAGAGAGCAGGUAAGCCCCCCGGGGUCAGGGGUGUUGGCACCUCGGGGUCGAAAGGCCAGCUGGCUCAGUCCCAGCUGAAACGUCUCCCUCUCAGCCUUGCCGCUGCGACGAUUCAUCAACCUCUGCUCCGAUGUACAUCAGCGACUCAAGCUUGCAGACUUGAGCACACUUGACUCAGCAGUGUAUACUGCGCGACAGAAGAGGCUUGAGGCUGUAGAUACAUACUAAAACUACGCAUUUAUUUUACAUAAAUCAGGACAAGGAAACAUGUUGUCUCUCCUUGCAUAAAAACAACAGCUGUACAGAGUGGACGUUCCGCUUACGCCAGCAAUCUGUGCUGGAAUGUAAACAGACACGUGGCACGCAACAAUCCCAUGUCUGCAGCAAAAGGUGGAAUGGAAUCCCAACAUCGGGGAGCAGUGUGGGGUGAUGCACCUAGGGGGGUGGUGGGGAGGCAGGAAUGGAAGAUCUCACUAUGUGGAAGAGCACAGUUCUUAAAAAAACAACCAACCAACCCACACCACUAAGAUCUUCCUGUGUUCUGUGACUUAAGCCUGCAGGUUGGCAUGGUUCAUAAUGGAGAAACUGCUGCAAAGCUAUUAUUUGCAAAAAUGAAAAUCAUAGCGUGUUCUUAAACCACUAUGAAUAUGAUCCUUUUACAUGGGUUUGUAUGUAUAAUGGUAUUUUAGGCACUGUGACUUGCAGUUAUUUUUGUUGAUCACAGUUUAGUGAUUAUUUAUUGUAGUUGUUAAGAGUGAAUUCCAGUUCAAUUACUAUUUGCUGAUGUUUUGAGAGUUAAUUUUAUUGGGUACUGUUAUAUUCUACUAGAUUAUUGACUAUUACUUUAUUUGGUAUAAGUCAUUCCAUUUUAAAGUUAGGUUUCAUUAUGACAUUUUGUAUUGGAUCAGAUUGUUACAAGAUGUGUGUUCUUUGUUGUAUAUUGUAUAUUUUGUUGCUGCCACCUUGUGUAUAGCAAUAUGGGACACUAUGUGGUCUAAACCACUGAGCCUCUUGGGCUUGCCAAUCAGAAGGCCGGCGGUUCAAAUCCCCGUGAUGGGGUGAGCUCCCGUUGCUCUGUCCCAGCUCCUGCCAACCUAGCAGUUCAAAAGCAUGUCAAAGUGCAAGUAGAUAAAUAGGUACCUCUCUGGCGGGAAGGUAAACGGGAUUUCCGUGCGCUCUGGUUUCCGUCACAGUGUUCUGUUGCGCCAGAAGCGGUUCAGUCCUGCUGGCCACAUGACCCGGAAAGCUGUCGGUGGACAAACGCCGGCUCCCUCGGCCUGAAAGUGAGAUGAGCGUCGCAACCCCAUAGUCACCUUGGACUAGAUUUAAUGUCCAGUGGUCUUUUAGCUUACCUUAGAAUGGUGGUGUACAAAUUAAAAGUGAAAUGAAAUAUUUCUAAAUCCUACAUAAAUCCAUCUGUGUAGAAAACUAGCACAUCAAGGGGAAAGGGACUAAUCUAGUCUUCUCCCAAAGAGUGGCUUUCUCCAUGCCAGGGAUAUUGUUUGGUUUAUACCAGGGGUGGCCAGCUUCCAAGAGACUGCGAUCCACUCACAGAAGUAAAAACUGGCAGUGAUCUACCCCCAUUUUUUAGGGGUUCAGGUCAAAGUUGAUGAGCUUUUUGAGGGGAGGGGAAAAGCCCAGUUUUAGGGGGUUCGGGGGGCAUAAGUUUCUUAGCUUUGGGGGGGCGCAACGUUUUUACAUUAUAUUGGGGUCAAAGAGAAACAGCAACUCACCAAAGGAUCGCUGGGGGGGAAACAGCCUCGGUUCUCCAACAAUGGAGGGCGAGGCUGGAAGGGGGCCAGUGAUCGACCAAAACCUCACAGGGAUCAAACACUAGAUCGCGAUCAACCUGUUGGGACACCCCAGGUUUAUACCAUAGUGAUUUGGUUUUGCUGGAGGUGCAAAUCAGCCUUCCACUUUGUGGCCACGACUAAUUUUGCUCUGCUCUGCAGGUCCUCACUGAUUCCGUCCAAAUAUUCAAUGACAGCGAUGAUCUUAGUGAUGAUGGUCAGCUUCUACUAUUUCUCGCGCCAUGUGAGUAGCCUGCCGGUCUCUCUCAUUCCCAGAAUCUGAAGGUCCAUGACAGCAGCAACAGAACAUAAGCAAUGAUGUCCCCUUGGGAUGUGUAUAGAGUCCAGAUGUUCCUGGACUCCAGCUCCCAUCAGCCUCAGCAGCAUGGCCAAAGGAUUGGGAAUGCUGGGAGUUGUAUUCCAACAACAUCUGGCAAGAUAACCUUGCUACUCUCAUAUGCAAACUACUUCUCCAUGUUCAUUCAUGUCCUUCCAGAGCAUGAAAGGAUGGGCAGAUUUUACUCAGUUGUGUUGGGGAACCAUUUCCCAUGGAAACAGUGGCACUCAUCUGCCAGGGGCCAAAGCUGCUCUCUGCCUCACAGGCUGGCCCAGAAACUGGCAUAUUUUCCAAAUGCAAAAGUACCCGACACAAGUGUAGCUUUGGAUCAUCUAACUAUAGUGGCGGAUUGUCCUUAAGGCACAACCGAGAUCGGACAACCCACGUUUAUUUGAGGCCUUCCUGGGAUGACUCUUUGGCAGGUGGAGAAGCUGGCCAGGACUUUAUUCCUGUGGAAGAUAGACGUUCACGACCAGAAGGAGCGGGUCUAUGAGAUGAGGCGCUGGAACGAGGCCUUGGUCACCAACAUGCUGCCAGAUCACGUCGCUCGACACUUCCUUGGCUCCAAGAAGCGGGACGAGGUGAGCAUCAGAAGGCGAGCGGCUUGAAGGAUCAGGCUGGGAGAGGGUAGUUAAGGCUGUCUCUGUGCCAGAGACCAGGGAGAGCUUUCACCAGCCACAGCAGAUGGUUUUGGGCUAGAUAGAUAAAUGCUGUGGCAUUUGGAGCUUCCUGUGUUCAUAGGUUGAUUUCAGAUUCCAAAAAAAACAUCUGGCUGUUUGUUGCCCUCGGCCUCAUCCAGCUGUGGUCUUCAGCUAUUAAAGCAGCGUUUCCCAAACUUGGGUCUCCAGCUGUUUUUGGACUACAACUCCCAUCAUCUCUAACUGGCAAUACCAGUGAUGAGGGAUGAUGGGUGUUGUAGUCCGAAAACAGCUAGACCUAGGUUUGGGAAACACUGUAUUACCUACCUACGGGACCGCCUCUCCUGGUACGCCCCACGGAGGACCUUAUGGUCUUCAAACAAAAACAUCUUGGAGGUCCCGGGCCACAGGGAGGUUAGGCUGGCCUCAACCAGAGCCAGGGCCUUUUCAGCCGUGGCCCCGAUCUGGUGGAACGCUUUAUCACAAGAGACUAGGGCCCUGCGGGACUUGACAUCUUUCCGCAGGGCCUGCAAGACAGAGCUGUUCCACCAGGCCUUUGGCCAAGGCACAACCUGACCCCCUCCUUUGGUAAUCCUCACAGAACUCUAGCCCAAUGGUUGCCAUUAAUUUGAUUUUGAAUUGAUUUUAGAAUGAAUUGAUUUUAGAAUGCUGUGUUAAUUUUAUUGUUGUUAGCCGCUCUGAGCCCAGCUUUGGCUGGGGAGGGCAGGAUAUAAAUAAAAUUUUAUUAUUUUUUAUUGAAGAAACUAUUACAGAUCUCAUUCGUCCUUAUCCCUGCGAAAUAUCUCAGCAUCCAAUGAGUUGAUUUGCAGAUUUCACCACUGGUCAGAUCUGUGUCCUCUGGAGCUCAUAGAGGUUUUAAGCAGGAAUUCCAAAGUGUAGGGUAUUCUCAUCGUCUGCUCUAUCCACUAAUGGUAACACCCAAAUUGGCUGCGAGAUCCUGGACUCUGUUUCUGCUUCCUUCCUCUCCCUCCUGUUCAGGAGCUAUACAGCCAGUCUUACGAUGAGAUUGGCGUCAUGUUUGCGUCACUCCCCAACUUUGCUGACUUCUACACAGAGGAGAGCAUCAACAAUGGCGGGAUCGAGUGCCUGCGCUUUCUCAACGAGAUCAUCUCGGAUUUCGACGCGGUGAGUCGUCCCAGCCAAGGUGGCUGGUUGGCUAGUUUGCUGUAAGGGAGUCCAGAAAGGGAGGAAAAUGAUGUGGUCUUGAAUGUCUUAGCUUGUGGUUUUCUUUAUGGUGUUCCUGCUAAGGAACUUUACAAUUCCAAAUAAAAGAAUCAGUAAGUAUAUAACUCUUCAAUUCUAUGAUUCUGUAAGGUACAAAAGCUAAUGCAGCAAACCAGCAGAAUUUCCUCGGGCUGAUGAUCCAUCAUGGAACCACAGAAUUGUAGAGUUGGAGGGGGACCCCCAGUGGUGAUCUAGUGCAACCCCCUGCAAUGUUGAAAUCUCAGCUAAAGCGUCCAUGACAAAUGGCCAAACAACUGCUGCUUAAAAACCUCCAAGGAGGGAGAGCCCACUGUCUUCUGAGGGAGUCCGUCUCCCCAUCGAAAAGCUUUUCCUGUCAGAAAGUUCUUCCUAUUAUUAUUAUUAUUAUUAUUAUUAUUAUUAUUAUUAUUAUUAAAUUUAUAUGCUGCCCUUCAUCCGUAGAUCUCAGGGCGGUUCGCAACAUAAAAAGACUAUUAAAAAACAUAAAAUACAGUGGUACCUCGGUUCUCAAAUGUCUCCAUUGACACACAUUUCGGAAUGCUGAAAACCCGGAAGUAAAUGCUUCUGUUUUUGAACGUGCCUCGGAAGUCGAACGUGUUUUUCAAUUUUCUCAAUUGAAUUUGUUGACAGCCCUUUGAGCCUCGGUUUUCAAACAUUUCGGAACUUCUGGAACGGAUUACGUUUGAGAACCGAGGUACCACUGUACAUAAUUGAACAAAAAUAAACCAAUAACUGCGCCCCCCCCCCGCCAAUCAUAGAAUCAUAGAGUUGGAAGAGACCACAAGGGCCAUCGAGUCCAACCCCCUGCCAAGCAGGAAACACCAUCAGAGCAGUGGUUACUCAGAAUCUCUUUUCUUGCCAUUUGAAUCCGUUGGUUCAAGUCCCUCCCCUCUGCAGCAGCAGAAAACAGACUCGCUCCCUCUUCCAUGGGAGAACCGUUCAGGUAUUUGAAGGUGGCUCUCAUAUCACCUCUUGGUCUUCUCUUCCCAACUUCCUCCACUGUUUCUCAUGAGGCCUGGGUCCCAGACCCUUUGCGCAUGCACCUGGUGCAUUAUGUGCUUGCUGGAGUGGGGCGGUGCGUUAUUUGCUUGGUGGGGAGUAGGUGUAUCUGCCCCUCCAUCCAGGGAAGGGGAUCAUUAGCCAAGAAGGAGGGCAGACCGGCCAUAGAGUGCCAUUGUUUCCAACCAACCCCACAGCAACCGCUAACUGGUUUGCUGAUCCCUAUAGUAAUCACGAUAUUAUUAUUUUUUUGGGGGGGUGCUUUUUGUCCAUUGAUUCCCACAGCUCCUGGAUGACCCUCAGUUCCGCUGCAUCACCAAGAUCAAAACCAUUGGCAGCACCUACAUGGCAGCUUCUGGAGUGACCCCCGACGUCAACACCAAGGGCUACAACAAUGCUGUUAAGGUAAACGGAAGGGAAGGGGAUAGUUUGCGCAGCUGUGGGGAGGAAGUGAAUAGAAAAGCUUAUUCCAACAGCUGAUGAGAGCUGCUGUCUAAAACAUCCGGAAGGCACCGUAUUAGCAAAGGUUAUAAUAACCAGAGGACGCGGGUGGCGUUGUAGUCUAAACCACUGAGCCUCUUGGGCUUGCUGAUCAGAAGGUGGGCGGUUCGAAUCCCCGCAACAGAGUGAGCUCCCGUUGCUCUGUCCCAGCUCCUGCCUACCUAGCAGUUUGAAAGCACGCCAGUGCAAGUAGAUAAAUAGGUACCACUGUGGCGGGAAGGUAAAUGGUGUUUCCGUGCGCUCUGGUUUCUGUCAGAGUGCUCUGUUGCACCAGAAGCGGUUUAGUCCUGUUGGCUGCAUGACCAAGAAAACUGUCUGUGGACAAAUACCGUCGCCCACAGCCUGAAAGAGAGACGAGGGCUGCAACCCCAUAGUCGCCUUGGACUGGACUUAACUAUCCCAGGGGUCCUUUACCUUUACCUUUUUACAAUAACCAGGGGAACUCCUGAGUCCGGCCCACUAGGUUUGUGUAACAAGCACUGCAGCAUGUCAAAUCCUUCUGUUGAGCCUGAAUGAGAGAGACUUGACCAUUUCUCCUCUAUUUCGAGUGACAGAGCUCUGAGAAGGAACUUAUGGAAGAGAGAGGAGUCACGGGUUCUGCUCAUUCAAUGCUUGAAAAAGACUUUUUGCAUCCAUUUCAGAAUUAACAAAUGGGCUUCAGUUAAUGUGCAGAAUAUUAGGAAUAAAGAAAGAGCAUUAGUGUUCAAUAAAUACAAUUUGGCUGUAUUCAUUCCCUUUGGAGAUGUGCAAAGUAACUCACUGUGUUAACAAGAAUAGAGGAUCUAUUGCUCAGGAGGCUCGUGAAGUACUUUGGAGUGGAGUUGUGCCUCCCUGGGGGACCUAAUCCUGUCUGCUUUCCUUCCUUUGCUCGGCUCAGAAGGAAGAUCUUUCGGAAAAGGAGCGCUGGCAGCACUUGGCAGAUCUUGCCGACUUUGCCCUGGCCAUGAAGGAGACACUGAUGAACAUCAACUAUCAGUCCUUCAAUAACUUCAUGCUGAGAAUAGGCAAGUGGAAGAUUUCGGCAGAGCCUAAAGAACGCGGAUAGACAUUUUCCCCAGCUGUAUCAGACACAGAGUCCUUCACAGACAUUGGCUGACAGGAGAACCGGGACAAACAAUAACGCUGAAUAGCUUUACGGAAUUUACUGCUGCAAGACGCAGCGGUGGCAUUGGGCCCAGGUGGUUUUAAAGAGAGAUUGGGCAGAUUCAUGGAGAGGGGAGGUCCGUCAGUGGCCCUAAGCCUCAAUACCAAAACAGAGCCUCCAGAUUUCAGGCAGUAUACUUUGACACGUUCCUGGCAGAGGGAGGGUGGGAGUGGUCAACUGGGAAAUGGUUGUGGGCUUCGCUGAGGCAUCUUGGUUUGAUUUGGCAAGGGGUUUCUUACAUUCUCCAGCCUCCUCUUAGUUUGGCCCUGCACACUGGGGCAAAGACUUUACGCACUUAUAACUUGAACAGAGAGCCAGUGUGUUGUAGUGGCUAGAGGGUUGGACUAGAAUUUGAGAGAGCAGGGUUCAAAUCCCCACUUGGCUGUGAAGCUCACUGGGCGACAGCGGGGGCCAGUCACGCUGCCUCUCAGUCUAGCCUGCCUCACAGGGUUGUUGUGGGGAUUAAAUGAGGGGGUGGGGAGAACCAUGUAGACCAGCUUGAGCUCCCUGGAGACAAACUUGUGGGGUAUAGAAGCAAUAAAUAAAUAAUACACGUUUUCUCUCUCUCUCUCUCUUGCAUGGCUUUGGCAGGCAUGAAUAAGGGGGCAGUGCUUGCAGGGGUCAUUGGUGCCCGCAAACCUCACUACGAUAUUUGGGGGAACACAGUGAACGUGGCCAGCCGAAUGGAGUCCACAGGCGUCAUGGGGAAUAUUCAGGUGAGGAGGGUUGUGAAGGGUUGCGGUGGUGGGAAUGAGAGUGACUCACACAAAACUUCCAAGGUAGCCUUAGGUUCUCCAGAAUAUUAGUUGAAAAACCACACCUUGUUAGUGCAUUUAGAGGAGAGAGGAAGAGCCAGCCAUACUUUUCAUUUUGCACAAACCACCCUUUCCACCUAAACUGCCGUCACAGUUCCCAGGCGCCUCAGAGCAGUGCAGGGUCAAAACAGCCCAGCAACCCUGAGUUCAAGGGGUUAUUGAAGUCUAUGCCUGUAUCUAUCUCUUGACCAUCUUCUCAUCUUUAGGAGCAUAAUUGGGAAAGCAAGGCUGAAAGCACAGCUUGGGUUUCCUUGCGCACUGUUUAAUUGUGUGCUUUAUGGAUUGUGUGAUCAAAUCACAUGGCAUUUCCAGAUCUCACAUUGCCCUUUGCAUAGGAUUGCCCUCCAGCAGAUGUUUUCUCUUUCUGGCUGCUGUUGGUGGUGGCAACAUCUAAGCCCAAGCAACCCAGCUCCCCAGCAGAACGUACCACUUCCUGUCCAUUCUCAUUCUGUCAAUCUGAAGUCUCGUAGAUACAAGACAGGAUGGGGUGAAGCAGCCAACCUGCUGCCCUGCAGAUGUUUUGGGCGCCUCUUGCCAUACGUCAUUGGCUCGACCGAUGCAGCUUGGAGUCCCCUCGACAUCAGAUUGCGGGAGGGAGCUUUGCAAGGUUGGUCCCGCCAGAUGGUUGCAUCCAUACCUUCUCCCUCCUCUUUUCCAGGUGGUGGAGGAAACCCACUUCAUUCUGAAGGAGUACGGGUUCCGCUUCGUGCGCCGAGGGCACAUCUUCGUCAAGGGCAAAGGGGACCUCUUGACCUACUUCAUGAAAGGCCGCGAGAAACAAGGAUCCUUCGUCAACGGCUCUUGCGUGACUUUGCCUCACCAGGUGGUUGACAGCUCAUGAUACCUCUUGGGCCUCGCAUGCGUCCAUUGCGGAAAAGGGUGGGUGCCUCUUGCGCUGCCCAAGGAGGCGCAGUUCUCGGCACCUCCUACUCCGGGCGGGAGACUGAUAUACACACCACUAACACCAUUAGAUUUACAGGAAACCACCCCCUCCCUUUGCCUGUUCCUUUCUUCUUGGAGGGUUAUUAUUUGUAAAGGGGCUCCCUCUGACAGCAGUGCCUGCCUUUGCCUCGUGACGUCGACUGCAGAGGAGUAAGGAGGGGUCGGUGGGAGGAAUUCCUGUCUCUUGCACAAACACACGGGCUCUUGCACAUUUGGGUCUGGAAGCGGGAGUAGAAUUUCCACUGCAGCAUCGCUUGAGUAGGGUCAACCUUGGCUACGUUACCUUUUUCUAGUCCAAGAAAGGGGCAGGGGAUGUGGUCUUAAUUUUCCACGUGCCUGGCCUCUGCAUAGAGCUUUUUGCUGAAACAAAUGCCAACUCAGGGUGGGUAUUAUGGCAAGCAGGCUGGGAGAGAAAGCCAAAUGAGAUUCGUGGUUGGGUUGUUCGUUCUUACCUUUGGAGCUCACCUUUUACCACAAAACCACUGUAGGUAAGUAGGAGAAAAGGGGCGGGGGGGAGAGAGAGAGCAAGUGCAAUCUAUUUCUUUUGAGACUAAGAAGAUGUCCUAUUUCAGAUACAUUAUAUAUAUAAAUAUAUAUAUAUAUAUAUAUAAAAGAUACAGAUUAACUUUAUAUUUUUAAUUGCGUCUUAAUUCUGAGAGUGAGGUGGCUCUUUCAAGCCACAACUUGCAUCUUUUUUCUGCCCUCACCUCUGCUGAUGCUGUAAAAGAGAGAGAUUUAUAUAGCCUGGUCCAAGACUGUUUUUACACCUUCAUCCGAUUGUUAAGUUGAAAUACAACCUGUAAUUAUUUCUCUAGUUUCUCAAAUAGAAUCAGUUUGGUUUUAAAGUUACAA